AGGCAUGCAAGCCUCUCACUUUCUCGCUCCAGACACUCUGUGCUGGGCCAGCCACAACAGAGCGACCUCGCGCUCUCUCUCUCUCUCUCCCUCUCGCUCUCACGGGCUCGGCUCUUCUUUCAGCGUCCCGCCCUCAAAGGGUUAAGCGGCCGCUGCCUGCCGCUCUUUGCUAGACGGCUGAGUUUCGAGGAAGGCGCUGUUUGAGGCAGGCGUCGCUGCGCGCUGCUGUUGCCGCUGCUCUUGCAGCCACCCGCUUGUGAAACCCGCCAGGCAGGCUCGCUUUGGGAAGACGGAGGGGCACCCAUCUGGUGCAUCGAGGAUCUGCUUUGGGGAAAGAGGGGAGAAAGAAAGAGAGAGGGAGAGAGAUUUGCGGGCCGGAGGCGGAGAAGAACGAGGCAUUUGGUCAUGCUCAGCUGUCUUUUGCAUCUUGGCGCUCUGGGUUGAAUGACCGGCUGGACAGCGGCUCCAGAAGAUCCCUCCGCUGGGCGCUCUUCGGCGAGAGAAGCCUCUUCGGCGGCGGCGGUGGAAGCCGGAGAUUAUGAGGACGGCGAGCGUGGCUCUUGCCAGCUAUGGAACAAAGCCAGACCUUGGCGGUGAUCCUUAAAUCAGUACAAUGCAGGAAUCGAGCGGCUGCCCUCGCCACCUUCCUGACCCAGUGGGGUUUGGGUGAGCUCCAGCGAGAGGAGAAACGCGGCGCACUCUCGUCAGGUAAAGCGAAUUCUAUUUCCUCGCUGCCUUCGUGCUGCAGGCGCCACCAUCUGAGAUGGAUGGAUGGAUGGAUGGGGAGAAAGUACUCGGGCCAUUUCAUUCGCCCAGGGUUCCAAGUUUCAUUCGGGGGGGGGGGACCAGAGAGGCGUGCAAGGUUAGAUUCGGUGUGACUCCGGAGCGAGCGAGGGAGAGAGAGGUGGAGGCUGUGGAUUCUCUCUCCAUAGGCAGGAGGAGUUGUGUAUGCAUUGGGUAGGGGCAUAAUAAUGAUAAUGAUAAUAUAUUUGCGAUCCUGAAAGUACCUACUCCAGAGUAGUCCCCUUCAAACCAAUGACAGUUCGCUUUCUGCAUGGCAGAUUAAGUUUGGUGGUGCUAGUUCAAGUACACACACGAACACAUUUUCUGGGUGAAUUAGUGACGGUGUCUCCUUUCCAUUGCCCACCACUCUCGCGCAAAAGGUCCACGUGGGUGGAUUCUGAUGGCUUCUGUAAAUCAGGCCGUUCCGUGCCUUCAAGUUCAAGUUCUCAAGCCUUGAGGUAGUGACAAUCGUGUGUGUGUGUGUGUGUGUGUGUGUGUGUGUAUGUGUGUAUGUGUGUGUGAAACGUUUCAAAACGGUGCCUCUGCUCCGCCGGUUCGUCUUUUGCGUCCGGAACCUGUGCGCCUUUACGCGCAAGGAAGCUCCGGCGAGUUCAACGGGACUUUACGUCCCUGACAAAUCUGCACCAGAUCGGGCUGCAAGAGUGAGGCGCAAGGGUUUGAGAAGAGCAGCGUCCUCCCUUCUCUCUCUCCCUCCCCGUGCAAAAUAAGGAUCCAGAAUCAAUCGAUUGGAGAGCUCUGAGUGGCUUAUUCCCCCCCGCCCCCGCUGCCUGCACUCCUUCCUUUUAGCGCCCCUCCCCAUUUUAAUCCAGAUCUACUGCUGACGGAAACAAACCUCCUUUCUUCCCCCAUCAGUCAAUCACUGUCUGGCAAAUGUCUUUCCUCCACCACCCCCUUUUCGCCUCCGCAGAAGAGGGGUGCGGGAGCGUUAGGGCUGGGUUAACUCCUUCGAGUCCGGACCCUCAUUCAUGCCGAGUUACCGGGAUACCCUCCCGCACCGUCUUGAUUUCGCCGAGACUCCCCCCGCUUUCCUCUCCAGCGGCGAUUCUGCUUUUGUGAUAACAGUGCCAGCAGCACUGCGUGCCAGGCUCUCGUCAGCGCUUCCGUUUCAGAGCCUGGCUGGAUGCUCCCUCUGGCUUUCUUCUCCGGGGUCUGCGCACCAGCAUUUUCAUUUUUCGAAGGCAUGGGGGGGGGGGCUGGACCCCUUCAGCGGGUUUAGGAGUUCCUCUGUCUUGGAAAAGUACAUAGAUUGCAGGCUGUGAACCCCGCGAGAGCCAUGCCAGGAAUGAACCAUGCCAUGAUCCCCAAGCUCACAGACGGGCUGCGAGAGAGAGGGACAUAUUUUUGGUCUGUGCCCAGGCUUUGAUAACAGCGUGUCUCGUCAGGAACAUGGGAAGUUGCCUUAGUCCAGUAGCGUCUACAGGGACUGGCAUCAACUCUCCAGGGUUUUAGGGUUUCAGUCUCCUACAGCCUUGCCUGGAGAUGCCGGGGAUUGAACUCGAGAUCUUCUGCGCGCAAAGCAGGCGCUCUGCCACUGAGCUACAGCCCUUCCCUCCUUGAGCUGAUUCCAUUUCUCCGUGUAAUCUGGGCAAUAUCAGAGCCCUCUGCUUUGGAACAGCCAUGCGUGCUACCUUCCCUUGCCAUAUAUGUACCCCUUUUCCUGCGUUUGGGGAUGUGCCUUCGGAGGUAGCUUAGGCCCGUGUCCAAAAUGCCCAAUGCGUCUGUAUGCCCCGCCAACACAUUGCUGGGGAUGGGUGGCUGAGGCAAGGAGAGCGAGCGUGUGGCUUGUACGUGUGAUCGAAGGGAGAAGGGGGAAACGGAAAUACCUCUAACUGGCUCUUAGCGUCAAUAGGACGUUUCGCUCAAGGGAAUUCUCAUUAGUUUGAGUCCAGGCCUUCUUCACUCCAGCGUCUGCACUUGGGUUUAUUUAGCUUAUACUUGAUUGCUGUACACUUGAUGGCUCUCUGCGGAGGGUGUGAACUGGCUCCGUGGAAAAGCCUCGCGCUUGAGGCCAUGUGGGCUUUCUCUUCGUGGCGUUGGGUCUGUGGUGGCCCACGCACACUUUCAAGGCACCCUUUUGCGUGGCAGUCAUCAGAUGAUGAGAAGGCAGGUGUGAAACCCUCCCUUUCCCUGCAGAUGAACCAGGAACGAGUUCGCGACACUAGUGUCAAUCCACUGGGCUCUUUAGCUCAGAACCUCGAGUCCAGAUGCUCGGAGGAGGGAAAACAAGUCAGCAUGGGGGAAAACAAAAUCAGGAGUGGUUUCAAACGUUUCUUAAAAAACUACCCCCUCCUCCAAAAGAAGAAUUUGUAGGAUCCCUGAAAUUGACAAAUUUCACCGAGUUCCCUCCCUCCCUGGUGCUAAAAAUUAAUAUCAGAGACAUGCAACCCGAUAAUGUAUAUUCAUUUUUUACCAGCAAAGUAUUGCAGGUACAGCCGCCUUUUUUUCUCCCUCCGCUCCAUUUGUAUCUAGCAAAGCUCUCAAAGAGUAUAAAAACGAUCAAUUUCGUUUUAGUCUGGUGAAAAUGUGCCCUCCGUGCAGUAGCCGAAAAUUUAAAUAAAAGGGGUUUACUGGCUGCCCCCCUCGCAAAUGUAGCAUUUGGGGUUGAAGAUUAUUUAUUCAGUUAUGAGGCAGAGACGUCUAGAUUUCUUCUGUCCUUUAGAAAAGUCAAGAUAACACAAAUACAUGGCUGAGGUAUUUAUUGAUUUGAUUUUGCCAGGUAAAAGUUCAAAGGUGGUGGUGGUAAUGGGGAUCUCACCGUAGGAUGCAGACUUGUGAAAUAACACCGCUAUGGUGAACAUUCUGCCUCUUUCCUCCCUUCCCCUUUCCUAAUGACUACAAUUAAUUCAUUUUAUCCCAGCGAAGGGAGUUCCUUUCCCUGCAAGCGGGGCGCCUGCUCAGCGCAGGAUAAAACCAAGUGGCUUUUUAUUCUUAAUGGUCGGGAUCCUUGGGGGGGGGGGACCAGAAAAACUCAAAUCCUGCCUGCCAUGGAAGCCCUGCUGAUGUUUUUGUCGGGGAGCCUCUAUUGGGGCAAUUAAAGCAGCUAAUGACACGCGCGCCCGCCCGCCCGCACGUCCAGAGCAGAGCCGAGAAGUAGAUCGGGCUGAGCGCCUAAGAUGCCGCUUGGUGCUGUUUCCCGUAUUCUAUCUGAUAGCUGCGCGUAGAGGGGAGGAGGGGGAGAGACUAAUAAGAAUCGAGGCAGAAGCGCCUCUUUGGCUAAAGAACUUGACGGUGAAGGGUGGGUUAAAUAAUUAAGGGGGGGGGGAGAACCCGAGCCCGACUUUGCCUCUUGGAAAGCUUUCAGGCUGCAGCCCUGCCUUCCAAGCAUUCUUUAAACUCGCCAUGUGGGAGGAACUCCAGGAGAGAGAGAGAGAGAGAGAUGGCUAUCAACCCGAAUUCAUUACUGUAAACAUCUCCCUGGGGUGUCAGGCGAGCAAAAGGGAGAGAGAGGAGAGGGAGAGAGGGGUGGGGGAGACAGAAAGGCUCGCCUGCCAUUAGAGUCCGAUCGGAGAUCUCCUGACGCCCAGGAGCAACCUGCCAACGCGGCUGGACUUUCCGAGCCCAGAGGGGAAAGAGGCGCUCGAGCGCACACGCGCUCACGCAUGCACGUCUGCAUGCGCCCGGCGCCCCCGGAGGCUUCUGGGGUGCUGCUCGCCUGCGCUUCCUCCUCGUGGAAUCCUCAUUCUCCUGAGCUCUGAGGACCAAGGGGAGAAAGAAAAAAAAGAAAAAAAACCCCAACCCCAGGCCAGGGGAAAACACCACCACCAAACUGUUCUCUGCAGGCUGAUUAGAGCUCGCUCCUCUCCCGGACGUCUCUGUUGAUUUCGAGUUGUUGGCGUCGCUCUCUGCCUGGUGUAUCCUCUCUCUCUCUCUCUCUCUCCUCGAGAGGUGGGGACCGAGGAGAGAGAGGAAGAGGUGUGCGCCUUUGCGCUUGCCUUCUCGGGGAUGCUGGAGCCCCGGGCUGCGCGUUGGAGGCGAAAGGAGGAGGAUGUUGCCGCUGCCGCGUAAGCGGGGAAGGCGGAAGAAAGUGCCGCGCUCGCUCCGCAGAGCAGAAGCAGCAGCAGGCGGCGGCCCCGGAGGCGAGCGCCGCCCGCAGCCUGCGGGCGAGGGCAGCAGCAGGAGGCGGAGGACAACGACGACGACCCCACCGCGGCAAGGGAGCGAUCCCACCGUUGCUGCUCCCCCAGCGCAUCGGAGACCAACGUUACUGCUGCUGCUGCUGUGGCGGCGGCCGCCAAAGUUUGGGGGUCUUCGCUGGAGGGGGGGCAGAGACUCCCCGGGGAUUAUGCGUACCCGAGGACGACGCUUCAGGAUCGGAGCCUGCAGGUACAGUCGGGCUCGCGUCCCUCUCUCAGGAUUCCCCCCUACCCCGAUUCAACGAUUCUAAUAUUCCCCCCUUCCCAGAAGAAGGGAAGCCCCCCUGCCAUUACAACCAUCGCCCCCAUAGUGCCAGAUGCAAAAAGUUCGUGGCCUGGGAUCCAGGUGUGGACGGGAUGAGGGGCAAAUGGCCAGUUGCCUGCUUAGACUAGAGGGGUGGUGCGCGAAUGACAGGGACACACGCGCAGGCAUCCCCACUGGGAAAUUUAUCAGUGGCUGUAUGUGACAAGUGGAAAGGGAAAGAUGCGAUCGCUGUGCAGCAGCUUGUGUAUUUCAGCCUGUGUGUGUGAGAGAGAGGAUGAGAAUCCAGAUGAACGUAGAGGGCAGCUUUUUACUUUCUCUCCUUCAUCCCCCACCUGACUCUUGACUGUUCCAAAUGUGCCCUCUGGCCAUUUCCUAGCCUUGAAAGGGACGACCCGCCUCUGUCCCCUCCUCCCAUCAGUAUCCUCACACCAUCGAGCAAAGAGCUACUACUUGGCAUUCUGGAAGCAAGUGAGGUUUAUAUUUUGGAAGAAAGAAGGGAAGAGAUUUCCUUUUGUGUGUGUGUUAUGGAAUGGAGAAGUUGAGCAGAUGAAAGACAAGCUGGCAAAGAGAAGAUCAGGUUAAGUCAGUGCUGACAAGCAUUAUGAAAUUCAAAUGGAGGGGUGCGGGGAGGCAGCGGUAAAUUGCAUCAGUAUUCAUCAGAUUCCCAUCAAUAGCUACAUAAAGGCGGAUCUGAUGGCUUGGGGGAGGGAGGAGGAGGCAGAGAUGGCAUUUCAAGUCCAUCAAGUGGACAGCAGCCUUAUUUCAUGAAGCUGGUCUGAGGGUUACUGACAAGCCAGAGAGAAAAGAGAGGAGGGGGUUGAAGCAAGCAGCUGGGGGGGGGGGGGAGGAAAGCAGCCUGAAAACUGAGGGAGAAGCCAUCAACCUUCCUCUCUGGAAUGGAGAAUCAGUCAACAGGAGCUUUUAAUUAAUUUUAAUGGAGGAAAUCUGUUUUAAGGCUUACAAUAAGCUAAUAAAGUCCAAGGCAGAAAUCCAUGCAGAAGCCUGGACUUGUGUAUAGAAAGUGCUGAUUAGAUUUUUGCCUUUGUGGGAUUUUUCAUUUUUUAUCUUUGGUUUAGGAGAGAAAAAGAGAGAGAUAGAAGGAGAGAGCAUUUGCUUAGCAUAGGCAAAGCCUAUCCUUUAACACCCAAGCUUAUUUACCUUCUCUUAGUGCUUACAAACCAAUCAUGCCAAUUGGGAUCUGGAAAGUAAUCUUCUCCAGGCAGCUUAAUCCUGCAGUCCUCAUUGAGACAAAACUCCCAUGGAGUUCAUUCAUGGAUUUAUUUACGUAGCAUGUACUAGAGAAUUCCUGCUUCAGUGGGACUGGCAAAUCCAUUCUGGAUUCAAGAGGGACAAAAGGACAGUCAGGCCAUCCCAUCAUGGUCUGUGUCACUGAAAUGCACUGAAAAUGGCAUUUUUUGACCAUCUUUAUAUUAACAGAAAGAGUACUAUGCUGGCAUGCUUUUUUGUUUCUUUGUUUUGCUAUCCUAGGAGGCAGGGACUCCUGCAAGCACAGGAGGGGCAAAACUGGGCAGUAGGCCUUCUGAGAUAACGGUGAUUCAUUUUCCUUCAGAAUUGCAGUAACCUAUCUGAUCUAUUGAAAAGAACACAGAAUAAAGGCAGGAAAAUGUUUUGCAAGCCUUGUGCAACUAGCCUUUUCUGUUUAGAUAUGAUAGGACUGUUUCUUCUGAUUCUUUUUGCCUAAAUUACUUUUAAGAUGGGCAUAAUCCACACACCCCACUAUGCUUAUAUUUCAGCAAACAAAGACCACCAUCACCCACACCUACUCAGCAUCUUUCAAAAAUAAUUUUCACCCAUCACACUUAGAGAAUCUCCAUUCCCUUCUCCUCCUGCCAGUUUCCCCUGCAUUAAGUUGACCCAUCAAAAUAUUGCACUUGGAACACUAGGCAGCCUCAGUACUUUUCACACUGCUCUGAGCUCACAAAUGCCUUACCCAAAACUUCCCAUGAGUCUCAAUAAGUGGUAAAGUACCUCACUUUUUGAGAGGAUGUUCUGCUCCUAUACAACUGGGAUUUCACCUUGGUUUUAAAACAGGCUCAGUUAGUUGCAGGUGGCAUUGCAAUGGUUAAAAAGAAAACAAAAGAGGAUGGUUGUGCUAGACGAUGGGGCUGUUGGUUCUUCCAACUUUACAAUUCUAUUAUUCUAUGAGAUGCCAGCCAAGCACCACUGAAAAUUGGACCUCCUUGGCAUGGUGAUAAUGUUCUGUUUGCAAACUGGCCUCUGAUCAGAAUGUUGGACACGGUGUGCAGAAGUCUAGGACUUGGACAAAAGAUAAAUUGAUGGAAUGCAAACAAGCUAAGCUAAGGAUUGACUAGUUCAUAUGUAUAUGUGAUUUUUAUCUGCAUAUGAUUUUCAGUCUCUGGAUUUAAUUUGAGCCAUUGCUAUAAGUCAUGAUUACAUCCUGGUCUGCUGGAGAGCCUGAUACAGAGUUAGGCUUAUCUGCUGAAAACAACCCCAUCUCCACCCAUUUCAAAAAAUGCCUUACAUGGGCUGUGGUUUCAGGCGAGAAUCGGCAAUGCAAACAUGUCUGUAAGUGGUUAGAAAGGCAACUCUCAAGUAUGUAGAGCCCUGAUGAUUUGAUUUUCCUCUCCAUUCCCUGGCAUCAGAAAACGUAGGCUUCCUUGUUUGAAAACAAGUAGGAGAUCAAGCACAUUAAGGGCUGUGGCUUUUAUUCUGCUGUGCUUUAUAGGUGAGGGAAUAGCCCCUCUUAAGAGAAAACUGUUUGUUUCCAAGAAGGACAGCUUCUUAGUCACCCCUACACCCUCUGCUCUUAAUCUAAAAGUGAGUUCAUUUUUCACUAGAUUACUUUCAUAUAACUUUGUGGUUUCUGCCACAGUGAUUCAAAUUCAGUCCAUUAGUGACCUCUAUCUGUGAGAAGUAUGCAAUCAAUGCAUGCAUGGUCUCUCUCCACUCUCACUCUCUAUCUUGCUCCUUUUCUUCUGCAAAGUAUAUUGUGGCAGCGGGGAAGGGGGGAAUGCAACAUCUGACUUGCUUGGGUUUUGGAUAUCUUAAAUUACUCAAUUUGCUCAUUGGAUUAAAAGACGGUGUUCACUCCUAGCUCUUCUCAUGUCUGUUGUUCUAUAGCAGAAUAACAUUCAAAUGAAUAUAAGGUAACUCAUACCCAUUUGCCACUAAUGUGAAGAACACCAGGCAUUUGGACAGUGUUCUCUUAGUUUGCUGGUGAUCAUAGGUCGGCUCACUUAACAAAAUCAAGAGUCCAAACGCAAUUUGGUAUGUCCAAUAGUUCAUGUUUGCUCCAGAAUUUCUGUUGAUUGCGUGACUUUUAUCACCCCAUAGUUGUAACUAAAAAAAUGCAUACUUAGCAAAGAUGUAUAGUGACGAGCAUUUAAGUAUAGUAGCAAGAUUAUCUUUGUAAUAAAAAAGGAAAUAAAAUUCCAUCUGUGUUCGUAUUUUGAAUACCCAUCAGAGAUCAAGGGAAAAGAUUGUUAUUAACAGAUGGUCCCUUUUUGGGGAUUAUUAAACCCAGCUUUCAAAUAUCAAUUUGUCUCUUGCUUGUAUCCAGAUCCAUAUUUCAUGUUUUAGUUAAUUAUUGUGAAUUGUGAAUCGAGGGCUCCAACAACAGCAUUGCUUUGAUGAAGGGGAUAGUUUAGUUUGACAUUUUCCAGAUGAUAUUUGAUGCAUUUAGUGCUGGGGUAAUAUGGUGGCUUUAGAUGCUUAAUGAUUCCUUAUUUCCUUUUGGCAAGUCUUUGCCCAGAAGUAAUUGUUUGGAGAUGUUAUUGCUGUUGUUCAGUGACAUAAUCCAAGAACUGAUAGGUGCCCGGGACUAAAACUUUUCUUCUUCUUUUUCUUUUGGAAGCAAAUUGUGCUAUUUCAAGAAAAAGGAAAAAGGAAACCUCACAAAGCGACUAUUCUUAUUUUAUUUAAAAAACUUACAACCUGCCCAAUUUUCCAAGGAAAUCAAGAUGGCUAACCACCAAAACCCACGAAUUACACCCAAUUACAAAAUCCAGAUAUCAACAUAAAAGCAAGAGCCAAUUUAACGAUUCCAAAAAAAGCCACCAACACAAACCAUGUGAAGGAAGAGUGUCAGCUUCAAGCUGAUGGCAUCAAGCUGAAUUCCCUAAAGCCGUGUAUGACCUAUAGAUGCAUCUGUCGGCUUGCUUUUAAAGAACAAAUAAAGAAAUACGUGACCCAAAUAAUUAUUACAUCUUUGGAGUUCUUUUAGAAACAACAGUUAAAAAGAAACCCAUAAAAAAACUGACGGCUUACCAAAGGCAAAUACUUUUGUGGGAGCCAGAGUCCAGUCUUUUCUGAAUCUCUUCCAGUUUAGUCCUCUAUGAAAAUGCUUAGCUAGUACAAUGAACUUAGUUAUAUUCAGCCAGUGGCCCAGACUGUUGCGAUCUUCCUGUUCUUUGGUGCUUUACUGGUGAUUUACUCAACCAGCAGCCUUUAUUUCUCUUUGAUUCCUUCUCCUGACAUGGCCCUUUGAAUUGAAUAGGAACUCAGUCUAGUGAGGUCUUAAAACAAAUCUGUCAUGUUACAUUCAGGAUUCCAGAAAACUUAAUGAUCCGUAAAGAAAUCUGUAAAACAUCUUUAAUCUUUUUUAAAAAAAACAUUCUGUGCUUUCUGAUCUGCUUCUUAAAGGUCCCUUGUCUACUUUGUAACAGGCCUGAUACAUGUGGCUUGUUUAUUUUAAAAAAUGGCUCCUUCUGAUCUGGUUUAAUGGGAAUAUUUCUUCUUCUCCUGUAUAUAAAUAGGUGAAGGUAGAGUUAUAGAAAAAUGGAUCAUACAAUUAGGUAAACCAGCCACUGAGAUUUAGGUGUCAGCCCCCAAAUUGUUAAUUCAUAGGUAGCCUUAAUGAGAUUAUUCCACAAUGUGUGGACUGCAGCAUUUGAACGACAGAAUUUCGAAAACUUUUGCUGUGCUCAUGUCUUCAGGGAUUGCAGAACCCAUCACCUUUCCUAUCAAAUCCAAUGGGAUUUCAUGAUGGGGAUGAUCCUAUGGAUCCCAGUCUUGCAAGUUGCCAGAAAAAUGCCAUUGGCCAAGGCCUGUACUUGCAUCGUUCCUGAUUCCCUAUCAGCACAUUUUGAUCAUGCUUUGAAAGGGGUGGGAGAUACUCAGCACCUCAUAGGAUCAGUCCUCCCCUUAGAUCAAUCCCCCAAAGGUCACAACAAAAAUUCCGACAUGGCUUUUUGAGUCCUUCAUAAUUAUUAAUCACUGGGCAGCUAGUCAACUGAUAAAUUAACAGAGUAAUUCCCUGUGACAGUUUAUGGGCUAAGGACCACAGUCAUAGAAAUUAACAUAAAGGAAAAUGAUUUGCAAACUUAUUGGGGGUGAUAACCUUUAAAUAGUCAUGAUAAUCAACGCGUCAGAUCCCAAUAAGCUCUCAUUCACGUGGAACCAGAGUCUGUGAAAAAUGGUUUUCAGUGUUGGGAUGUUUCAUUUUUGAUCCCUUCAAAGUUCUGCCCGUGCAAAUUUAAAUAGGCUGUAUCUGAUUUCCCCUCUUACAUUUUAUCAGUUUGGAAGGAGUGAAAUUUAAUGUUUAUUAUUUGUAUUUGUUUAUCAUUCUUUCCUGAAUCUGAAAGCUGAAACAAUCCUUUAAAUUUAAUGACAAAUGACCCAGUUUAUUUGGAAGUUCUUGUGUGUGAGUCUUGCUGAACCAUGAAAGCACAUUUUUCAGUGGGUCACAAAAUUUUUUCCCCCUGCUGCAUUGGGCCAUAUACUCCUCCUGACUUCCGAAGGCUCAGAAUUCUAGCCUUGCAGGAAUUGCAUCAAAGGCCUCUUUAAAUCCUUUUGUGCUUGCCUGAAAGACUUAUUUCAGACCCCUCGAUUUCUGUUGCCCUCUGUCCCCAUGGUCAGAGCCGCCCUUGUCAUUAGUUAAAGUAAGGCAACCAUGUCAAAAAGCCCAUGGUUGUGGCCCAAAUAGCAGGAGACCCUUGACUCUUUGUCCUAAACUCCCUCACCAUUUGCCUCCAUUGUGUGCCACACAGCAAGUCCUGGCCCUCCUAAGCUAGCCAGCUGCCUCAAGCGCCCUGGAUCCCAGAAUCAGCUGCCAUUCCAGUUGGUUUCUGUACGUGGAAUGCAUGGAAUGGGGAGAGCAUGUUUAUUUUUCCCUUUUGCCAUGGGCAGCAAAACGUUGUGGGUUGACCCUGCCCUUGGUAAGGAGCCUCCCCUCUUUGGUAGACCUUUCAUAAGGAAUUAUCACUAGCCACCAUUUCAGAAUGCGAACUUGAGGCUAAUACCCACAGUUCAGACAAGGCUCCUGGAACAAAGCAUAAUGCCAACAUAGGAGCUUGCUGGAUCAGGCCAGUGGCCCACCUAGUCCAGUAUCCUGUUCCCAUAGUGGCCAACCAGGUGCCUGUGGGAAGUUUCAGGCCCAAUUCAAAGUGCUGGUUUUGACCUAUAGAGCCUUAAAUGGCUCAGGACCACAAUACAAUACAAUACAAUACAAUAAGACUGCCUCUUUCCAUAUGAACCUACCUGCACCCUGAGAUCAUCUUCUGAGACCCUUCUUCAUGUGCCUCCUUCAUGAGAAGUCCAGAGGGUGGCAAUACAAGAACGGGCCUUUUCUGCAGUGGCUCCCUCUUUGUGAAUUGUUCUCUCUCGAGAGGUUUGUACGCCUGGCACCUUCAUUAUACACCCUUAGGCACCAGACAAAAAUGUUCCUCUUUAACCAGUCCUUUGGCCAAGUGACACCCAAAGUCCUUUUAAAAUGUGUUGGGAAGGGGGGGGCUAUUGGGUUGUUUUUGUAUUAUGAUUGUAUGUUGUAACUGCCCUGAGACCUGUGGUAUAGGGCGGUAUACAGUGGUACCUUGGGUUACAUGCGCUUCAGGUUACAGACUCCGCUAACCCAGAAAUAGUACCUCGGGUUAAGAACUUUGCUUCAGGGUGAGAACAAAAGUCGCACAGUGGCAGCGGGAGGCCCUGUUAGCUAAAGUGGUACCUCAGGUUAAGAACAGUUUCAGGUUAAGAAUGGACCUCCAGAACUAAUUAAGUUCUUAACCUGAGGUACCACGGUACAAAUUUAAUAGGUAGAUAGAUGAUAGAUAGAUAGAGAUAGAUAGAGCUAGAUAGCUAGAUAGCUAGCUAGAUAGCUAGAUGAUAGAUAGAUAGAUAGAUAGAUGAUAGAUAAAAUAAAGCCCACCAGCAGGACCUGAGUACAACUAUGCUGUCCUCCCUUGUGCUAUCCAGCAACAUAUUCCCAGCAAACUGUCUCCAACAGUGGAGGUAGAGCAUAGCCAGGAGGAGGAGGGUUUUUGUUGUUGUUGGUUUUUUUUUUUACAAUUUAGCCAGUUUUCUUUUACAAAAAGAAGCUCAAAGUAACUGUUAAUGGUUAGUAGCCAUUUACAGCUACAGAUUUCUCUAAUCGCCUUUUAAAGCCAUCCAAGAUGGUGGCCGUCACAGCCUCUUGUAGAAGGAAUGUGGCUGGAAGAGAUGAGGUCCACAGACGAUGUUCUUUCUUCUUGACAGGGAAGUUUAGGACUAGCACCAGGAGUGGCUGCUAAUAGACAUAUCACGCCUGUGUCCCUGGAGAUUUUUGCCCUUCGAAUAUUUCUGUAACAGUGGGAUCCUAGGCAUGCCUCUGAAAGUAGCUGCAAACUGUCCACUGGCUAUUACAUGAUACACUGAUGAAAAAGGUCAGAGCCCAGAAUGGAAACUAAAUCCAGGACCUUAUUGGGAGAGAAAUGGGUUAACGCUGCCAGGAGUUACACUCCCAACAGCAGCUGGUGGUGCAUGUCAUUCUCAUAAGCAGAAACAAAUGGGCAAUGGUAGUUUGCAGGGAAGGAAAUGUUCCAUUCCUUAACUGUAGCAUUAAAAGGGUUUGUACGCACUGUGUAUUUUUGACAUAAAUGGGAUGGGAAAGCAUUUCCAUUAACAGGACAGCGACCAAUAGUACACAUAUUGACGAUAUCUCUCUCAGUAUAGCACAGAUGCUGCAGAACUCUUGAUUCCAUCUUCUUAAUUGUAGAUGUUUACAGUGUGCUACAGUUACAGUUCUCUAAUUAAAAGCUAAAGUGUUUGCAUUUUUGUUUUGCAUUAGAAAGUAACCCAGCACAGUGGCCUGGUUCACCCACAUAUAAACAUUGAUGCAGACCCUCUAAGUGUCUCUAUUUUCCAGGGACAGUCCUGGAUUUAUAGAAGUCAUCCUGGUUUCUGAUUUGAUCCUGGAAUGUCCUGCUUUUCGUUAUGAUGUCCCUAUUUUCAUCAGAGAAAUGCUGGGGGGUACGGAGUUAUGUGACCCCCGACCCAAGGAGAUAAGUAACUAUAUAACCUUUAGAAGACAUCUGAAGGCACCUCUGUAUAGGGAUUUUUUUAAAAAAAAUUAAUGUUUUACUAGGUUUCUGUAUAUGUUGGAAGCCACCCAGAGUGACUGGGGCAACCAAGUCAGAUGGGCGAGGUAUAUAAUAAUAAUAACAAUAAUAAAAAAGAAUAGGACAUCACUAUUUUCAUUGGAGAAAUGUUGGAGGAUAUGUUGAUGAGGAAUCCUCUGUGUAAUGGGGCACGCUCAUUUGUGCUGCUCCUCUGCUACACACACUAUAGGGAAAAAGUUUCUGUGAAUUGGGUGUAGUACCCACACCACAAAGUGUGUGAAGCAUGCACUGGGAAGGGCACUUGUGUCUGUUGUGUCAUGGUGCCUACGGGAUUCCUGGUCACAUUGGCACUCGGUGCAUUUUUGCCAACUAAGUCCUACUCAAAUAGAAGCAGACCCAUUGAAAUUAAUGAGCCUAAGUUAGUCAUAUCCAUUAGUUUCCAUAAGUCUACUCUUAAGUUUGGAUACAACCCAGUAUAUACAAUUAUGUGUAAUUGUAGAGCAUGCGAUAUGAAUCUAUUUCAAGACAUUGAAUUAAAAAAAACAGAGGCUGGCAACCUAAAGCUCAUUCUGUUUUGCAUAAUGGCAUCUGGGAAGUGUAGGCUGCUGGCUCUUUUCUUCCAGCCAAGACAUUAAAAUACAUUUAAUUGGAAUGCAGUUUAAUAAUGGAAUGAUACUCACCAAGGUUGGAUUCUUCUUUUUCAAUGGCAGGGCCUUCUUCUUACCAGGCUUUCAGGGAUCUGUCUCUGAAAUUCAGAUGAGAGUUAACACAAACAGAAAGGAGAUAUUUGCAGAGUAAAUAUAUCCAAAAGACUGAAGGAAUCAAGUCAGUCCACAUGCUUCAGUGAAGGUAACUCCUUUUCCCCAAGUCCCAAGUUAUCUGAAAUGCAAGCUAUUUUGACUUGGUGUAUAUGAUGCAUGUGAAGAAAACCCAUGAUGAUCUGAGUCAAAUUCCCUUGAUGCUCCUGAGGAAACUGAGAACAUUUAACAACUGGGAGAUGUGGUUGAUGGUCCACAAUUUUAUCAAACAAUAAUAUUUAAAAAUUAUGUGGAAAGAGAUGACAUACUUUGAUGUCUCAUUUCCUUUUAAAGUUAGAAGCAGAGAAAGUUGGUGGCUCUUCUUUUUUAAAAGCUGUUUCAAUUGUUUUUUCACUACUUCCCAUAUAUUUUCCAGAAUAAUCAGAGGUCUGUGGAGAGGUCUUUCCUGCCUAGAACAAAAGGAAUACAGUCAUGUAAAAACAAAAAGCAACAACAAAAAUUCUUCCAAGUUCUGUAAUAACAUCUCUCUGUUUGGCAGGCUCUUGGGAAGUGAAGCGGCAAACUCCAGAACUGGAAGUGCAAGGUUUUUUUGUAGUCUUAGCCCGAGCAGCUGAAAUCUGAGCAUUUCUGGGCAUUAUAAGGAAAGAGUAAGAACACUGCAAGAGAGAGAGAGAGAUGUGCACCCUCUUUUCACACUUCUGGUGUAAAUAUCUGUGACAGUGACUGGCGCAUCUUUUUGGCAGUGAAAUGCACUGAGCCGCUAUAGAUGCACAGGCAAGAUGUGCGAGUCACUUCCACGUUCUCUUUGCGAGUUUCUUUGUAACAUAUGAACUUAGCUACUCUCUUUUAGGGAUAUAAUGCAAAGAUGGACAUUGACUUUGGCCUGAGGGAGGUAGUGGAACUGUGAGGGGGUUCCUGGAAAAGCUCAGCUUUCCAGAACAUGUUUCCACUCUGUUGGAGGCAUGACAAUCUCUCUCUCUCUCUCUCUCUCUCUCUCUCUCUCUCUCACACACCCACACACCCACCCACUGAAUUGCAAAUUGUGUGUCCCUGCACAAAGGCAGAGAUGUUAACAUCACAAGAAAGCUAUCAAAUCACAAGACUCCACUGUUUGCAAUAAGGGUGUGACGAAUACGUGGAUCCUUGACAAAUUGACUACAUGGAACUGGCCUUUGUAGCACUUUUGUUUCACUCCCUUGAAAAGUAAUGCCUGAUGAUCAGUAUCCACCCUAUGAUAAACAUUGGACAUAUCCCCUUAUCUUGGUCUUUUAAUGCCUCCCAGUUUAUAAGCUCUUAUCAGCCUGAAUGCCUUUCCUGGGAUGUAAUCCACGUUGGAGUUAAUGUCUGAUUUCUAUUAAAUGAUUAGGGUGAUGAUGAAUGAAAAAAGCAUAUAAAGCAUUGCUGUUUGGCCAUCUGAAAUGACUUUUCUUGAUCACACACUUGCAAAGAGCCAAGCACAUAUAUUAAUGCUCCAAUUUAGUAGUGCAAUUUAGUAGUGCUCCAAUUUAGUAGUGCCUCCCAAUGAAAGCUGCAAAGGGUAUCUUGAAACAGAUUGUUUUCUAGUGCAGAUAACAGGAUAGAUAUGCACAGUGAAUUGCUAAAUUGUUUGCAUCAGAUCAGCCUGUGCCCACUGGUACUUCUUGCCGUAUCUGUUGCCAGAGUGCUCACUGCAAGUCUGCCCUCUUCUUUUCAAUUCACUCCUUUCACUUUCUUUAGGCUGAUCUGCAGGUCACCAGUAAACUGUUAAGACAUCUCUUUGCUCGUAAUAGUCUGUUUUUAUUUGAGAAAUUACUUUCGCCAUUUGAUGAAAUUAAUUUCAGUAACUUCCCCUCGCAGAAGUCGCGUAUAACACAAUCACAGUCUUUGCUCAGGGUGAAAAGUGUCUACUAUUACUGCUUGGAAAAUAGCUAAGCAAUAAAAGGACACAGAGGACAUCUCUCUUCUUAAAAAUAACACCCUAGAUGCCUUGGAGCAGGCUUGCAAGGAUAGAUCCCCCACACCAUUUGCAGAUACUUUUCUCAGUUAGCAUUUGCAGUGAAGCCUCAGACAACACUGUUGAUUUUAAUUGCCACAUCCCUGCAACCCUCUAACCAAAAUAAUUCUGUGUAUACAAUAGCAUCUCUAGAGAAGGAAUAUAUAAAUGUCAAAAGCUAAGCUCUACACUCUGCACAGAGGACCUUUAUAAAUCCGGAAUAAAUGAGGUGUUUAGAAUUGCUGCCAGCAGCCCUGGCAAGGGGGAUGGGAAGAGGAAAAAAGAGAGAGAGAAAAGUCUGUUGAUCUGCCCAGAUUCUGUUUUUCUUGCAGAAAUUUCUUAUCAGCAGAUGCACACGCAUCCUACAUGAUGCAAUUGUGGAUCUACCGAUAAGGGAAUAGUUUGACUAAAUGUAGAUGGAUUGGACCAGUUAUUUGGCCGAGUGUUACGAUGUGAAACAGCUGAGUCCAGAGCGUCUGUGCAUUUUCGGCAGCCAGCCGAAGGAUAAGUAAGGAGUUGUCUUGCUGGAAUUGUUUGGCAUGGAUUCUUUGCCCUUCAUUUGUCCAGCGUUGUAAGUGUAUAAAUCAGUUUGUAUGGGCCAUGAUGACUCCAAGAUUCACAGCCACUCAUCUCUCUGUGACAUUGAUGGAAUCUUUAUUGGAUCAAAUGCAUUGGAAUUCUAAUUAUGACUCUCUGCUCUUUAGUGUUCCCCUCCAGCCAUCAAUAUCUUGUAAACAAUCAUAUUUUACAAGCUUCAGGAAGAUAGUUUAGGCAGAUGUGUGCUGACUAGGACAAGGCGCUAACCAAAUCACAGCAGAGGGAUCAUAGUCCUCACGUUCAGUGAUUGAAGUGAAAUCAGAAGGAAUUGGAAAUGGUACAGUCAUCGUCCUCUUUAACAGGGAGGGGGAGAUGGAAAGGAAAUAAGUAGCCCUUUGGAAACAUUUCUGAAUUGUCACAAAGUUACAUGAACAUUGACGUAUAUCAUUAUUCAAUAUACAGCAAUUUAAAAAAAUGAUAACGUUAUUCCUUCCAAGGAAAGAACUCCGCAUAAAUUUAUGCAACAUUAUGGAAGUUGUUGUUCAACAAUUUCUGGAGAUCUGUGAGUUAGCCAUCCCUGAUGUAGAGCCAUCACAAGGUUGAAGUAAAAGGUAAAGGUACCCCUGCCCGUACGGGCCAGUCUUGACAGACUCUAGGGUUGUGCGCUCAUCUCACCCUAGAGGCCAGGAGCCAGCGCUGUCCGCAGACACUUCCGGGUCACGUGGCUAGCGUGACGAAGCUGCUCUAGCGAACUGGCACCAGAGCAGCACACGGAAACGCCGUUUACCUUCCCGCUAUAAAGCGGUACCUAUUUAUCUACUUGCACUUAAGAGUGCUUUCGAACUGCUAGGUGGGCAGGAGCUGGGACCGAACGACGGGAGCUCACCCCGCUGCGGGGAUUCGAACCGCCGACCAUGCGAUCGGCAAGUCCUAGGUGCUGAGGUUUUACCCACAGCGCCACCCGCGUCCCAUAAGGUUACCUACUGCUAAAAAAAACCCUUUGUUCAGAAUCCCAUGUACAUCUAUCAUCAUGGUGGCCUGGUGUAUUUCAGCAUAGUAGGCUAUUAUGAAGUAAAGCACAGGAGCAUUAGAAGCUGCCUGAUACCGAGAGUAUCAGACCACUGACUAGAACUGGCUCUCUAGGGUUUUGGAACUCCCUUGCCCUACCUGGAUAUAUCAAGGAUUGAACUAGGAACUUUGCAUGCAAAGUAUCUGCUCUACCACUGAGGUAUACCUGUGGCCAAGGGCCAAAUAAACCUAGAGCAUCCUGAGAGGUGAAGGUAGGAAGACUCAACUCCUGGUAGUCGCCACUGGUCCAUCUAGAGAGGGAACUAGUUAAUGAGGCUCUGGCCAAGAAUAUAUAACAACAACAACAGCAAUUUAUUAUUUAUACCCUGCCCAUCUGGCUGGGUUUCCUCAGUUACGACCCAACAGAAUAUUAAAAACAUGAUAAAAUAUCAAACUUUAAAAGUUUCUGUAAACACGGUAGCCUUCAGAUGUCUUCUAAAAGUCAGAUAGUUGUUUAUUUCCUUGACAUCCAAUGGGAAGGUGUUUCACAGGUCGGGUGCCACUACCAAGAAGGCCCUCUACCUGGUUCCCUGCAGCUUGACUUCUUGCAGUGAGGGAACUGCCAGAAAGCCCUCGGAGCUGGAUCUCAGUGUCUGGGCUGAACGCUGGGGGUGGAGAUGCUCCUUCAGGUAUACAUCUAACUUCUUUUGUCCUAUCAGACCGAUGCACAAUUCUGAUGGCACUGGGAUUUAUUUAUUUUUUAGCCAGGGUGUUAAUAAAAGGGCCUGACUUACCAUAAGAAUGUAAGAAAAGCCUGCUGGAUCAGGCCACUUAUCUAGUCCAGCUGUGGAGACAGAGCACAGCCAUUGUGGCUAGUAGUCAUUCAUAGCCUCUCUUCCACGAAUUUGUCCACUGCUCUUUUAAAGAAGGUGAAAAGUGUGAAACCAGAUACUUUGUGUGGGCCACUGGAAUCUGCUGCCAAAGAAUUUUUGAAACAUUCACUUCCAAAGCAUUUUUCCUGUCAGCCCAUAAAAAGAAUUAUGUUCAUGUGUAGAUGUCAUAAAUUUACACAUUUUUGUUGUCCCACAACAUCUUACUCUGGCAACCCAAAAUAUUCUAGGUCCUGAUAUUUAAUACAGACAACAGAAAUGUUAAGAUCUGAAGUCAAUCAGAGUAUGGCAGGCUACUUUGAUAUCAAAACUGAUACCAGUUAAGCAAGCAAGCCUAAAUAUGGGGUGCACGUUCUGUACCUAUUAACCACAGGUACAUACAGUGAGAAAAUAUAUCCUGUAGCUAUUAAAGAGAUGCAGUUCCUACAUCUUCACGCAGACCAUUACCGAGUCGACGUAGCCAAUCUGGUACCCUCCAGAUGUUCAUAGAAUCGUGGAAUUGUAGGCUUAGAAGGGACCCUGUGAGUCAUCUGGUCCAACCCCCUACAAUACAGAAACCAGCAACUAUGUUGUUGGACUCCAACUCCAAUCUGUCCAAGCCAGCAUAGCCAAUGACCAGGGAUGAAUGGGGAUUGCAGCCCAGCAACAUGUGGGAUGGACUACCGCUUGGUCUGGGUGUUUUUGCUCUAAGAAUCUGAGAAUAUGUUUUGUACAAGUUUCUGUGUAUCCAGGAUGGGCAUCUGCAGCCCUUGCGGUCUUUUCAUAGCGUUGUGUCUUUUACGUGACAUCAUGGAGAUUUCCACCAAGACAGGAAGAGAUUUCGCAAGGGGGACUCAUAAUGGAAAUAACUUGUAAUGCGUAAUGAUUGCUUUCACUUUGUAAGUGAUUUUUUAAAAAGGAAGUUAAUCAUCCUGGUGAUGGUGCUGUUAAACACUUCUCUAGAAUUCUCUAGUAUUCAUGAGCAUAUCUGUGCUGUCAUGGUAGAUCUAACCUUUUGGCUGGUCUUAUGGCAUUCUCAUUCUGUACGAUCCACUUGAUUCCUUGGCAUGGGGGGAUAUUCAGUAUAUUGUAUUCUUACAUGGCAUGCAAGGAAAUGAUGGUUUUGAGGUUGACAGGGAAUGAAUCUGAAACGUCUGCAACAAUCAAUUUUAUCCAUUGCAUUACACAACUUUUUCAGUCCUUUUCUUUUUGUAGAACAUAGAUUUCAUGGGGAAUAAUAGAAAAUGUUCAUCUGAAAUUGCUGUGAAUCACUCAAAGCAGUGCUGUGGUUCUCCCCUCAUUCCAUCGAUCCUUACAAGAAUCUUGUAGGUUAGACUAGGCUUUCUCAACCUUGUAGUUCAAGAACAUCUGGGAACCCAACUCCCAUCAUCCCUGACCACUGGGCAUGCUGGCCAGGUAUGAUGGGAGUUGUUGUCUAACAACAUCUAGGAACCCAAGGUUGAGACAGGUUGGGUUAGACAAAAAUAGCAAUGGUCAAAAGCCAUCCAGUAAGCUUUGUUGCUGAGUGGAGAUUUAAAUCGGUGCUUAUCCAGUCAUAGUCCAACAUGCUAAGCAUUAAACAACACUAUACUAUUUUUGUGGCAGUGGGAGGAGAAGCAUUAUUUUGCUGUACUGCUUGUGUUCUACAUGAUUUUACAAAUAUUUUUUGGUGAUUGAAACUCACUGUGAGAGAAAUGAAUUCAUUUGAAAUAUUUGCAUAUCCCUUUAUGGAAUUAAUCUACAGUCUGUCUGUGUCUUGGAAACAGGGGUGUGUUGUGUAGUUUCACAGGAAAUGCUGUAAUUCAAUGAGAAAGGGUGAGAAAGUGACAGUUCUCAAAAAUCUUUACUUGAAAGUUGUUGUAAGUGACUACCUCAGUGUCAGUUUCCAGUCUGAUAUGUGGAGACUAUUAUAUAGGCUUGGGGGAGCAAUUAGAUUCAAUUCAAAUUCAAAUUAUUAUCUUAAUAAUUUGCAAUUUCUGAAACACUGUGCAAACCGAAUCACACUCACCCUUAGAAAUGUACACCUCUCUGAAUUUUGCAGUGCAUGUCUCCAACCAAGUAGCACAUAUAAAAUGCAUUGCAAAAUGCAUAUACUAGUGAAAAUAAUUCACCUAAAGGAUUGCAUUAGGAACAUAUAAAUAUUAGGGAAAACAUGCUUUGUAAAAACUGCCUACUAAGUGUGUAUGUUAGAAGACAUUUGCACUAAAACGCUGGUGAAUCUUCAUGAGGACUUUUUGAAAAAUAAAAAAUCACAAACUGGUGUGGAAAUGUAGAGAGUAGAAUUUAAAAUUGGGUUAAAAAACGAGAAAGUGGGAGAAACCAAAAUCGACAGAUUUGCCCAUAGAAAUUGAUGGAUUUGCCCAUCCCUACUUCUCCCCUGGCUUAUAAGAACGUUUUGCAGACUAGUUGUAACUGCCUUUUGCCCCUCUUAACCUUCAACAUGGGGAAACUUAACAUUGCAGGGUGGUUUUCUUAGCCCACUCAGAGAUGUAGCUCUCCUUCCUGCAUCAUGGACAUAAUAUACAUACAGUGGUACCUCAGGUUACAUACGCUUCAGGUUACAUACGCUUCAGGUUACAGACUCCACUAACCCAGAAAUAGUGCUUCAGGUUAAGAACUUUGCUUCAGGAUGAGAACAGAAAUCAUGCUCCUGUGGCGCGGCGGCAGCAGGAGGCCCCAUUAGCUAAAGUGGUGCUUCAAGUUAAGAACAAUUUCAGGUUAAGUACAGACCUCCGGAACGAGGUACCACUGUAUUUGAUAUUGUCAUAUAAAGAGCUUUUUUCUCUGCACACAAAAAUAGGAACUGCUUUCAUCACCUGCCAUCCCCAAACACAAUAAGACCUGUGUUUGAACUUGUGCCAACUCCUGUUUUUGCCUCUACUUUUUUCCCCUUGGUGGCAGGAAGGUGGGGAAGUGGAAUGAUGACACUCUGCUCCAGAAGCACAGCUAUGCUCAUGUCUUGCCUUUCCCCACCGCCUCUUACGAGCAGCUGCCACUUUCACUUCUCUGAUUGGAAUGCAACAUGAUGGCAAAAGGAACUAGGAAGUCCCAUCUCAGACAAAAGAAUUGUAAGACUAGAACUUGUUUAUGUCUGUGGUUGUGCCAUGAUGAGUAAUGCAUUUUCCCCAACCUCAACACUCCGAACAUAUUUGGAAUUUUUAUAAAAAAAUCAGUGCAUGCAGAUAUGGAUAUAUUUAUCCGUUUAUUUCCACACACAACACAAAAAGGAGAGGGGCAAAAAUGCUCAAGGUCACCUCUGUUGCUUGGCAAUGCUCUGUCAUGCAACAACUUCCUUUGUAUUUGUUUUUAAUCUUCUUUCUACACCCUUAGGAGCUAAUGCCACUCUAGCAGAAAGAGAGAGAUUUCUUAGAGUGCUUCUUGGUGAAAUAAUUGUACAUAAAUCAAGGUGCCAUUUUUCCUUCAUCUGGGGAAAGGGUGGCCGGGAGAAGCGCACAAGCUGACCCAGCCAUUUCAGGCAACCUUUUCCAUUUUAGAGAUCAAAAGCAGGUAUCACAACAAUGGCGGACUUUCAAAUUCUCAAAUUUCAGUGGAGCCCUCAUGCUGAAUUUAAGCACCCCUUGCUUCUGGCACUGCACAUUAUUGUGCUCCCCCACUCACCGCAGUGUGGCGCCCAGUGUGGCCAAACAGGUCACACUGCCCUAAAUCCGCUUCUGCUCACAAAUGUGAAGGAACUCCUGAAGAAAUGAAACAAAGCACAGAACAGUUUUCUGGAGUAGCUCUCCAAAUUCCAUAUAUGGUGUUGCUUAUUUUGCAUAUGAUUUGAUUCAGUUUCCAGGUAAGGAUUGACAAGUUCCCCAUGUUAGAGAGCCAUGUCAGCUUUUGAAGUCGAUGACAGGGAGAAGGCAGAGAUGAUUCGUAAUCCACAUAGCACAUUUGAUGCACUAAAAGGGGGGCUUUUUCUGGGCACUUGCAGUUGCUGGCUGUUCCCUCAGGAGACAGUAUAGCCUUCUACUGGGGAGGCCAGGGCUGAAAUCGUUGCUCAUCCAUGGAUGGGCUUGAGGCCUUGUUAUGAGCAUUAGGGGAAACAUACCUGCCACCUUGAUCUUCCUCGUGGAAGGACAGGAUUUCUUUAAUCUUUUUUGUUUAAAGGGUGCUUGUGGUGAGCAAAACAGAGGAGGAGGAGGAGGAGGAGGAGAAGACAGGGGUGUUGCUUGUUCUCAUCAAAGAUCCAGCAAAAGAGUCUCUGUCAAAUCUCACAAGUUGAGAUGGGAAUUCUCGGCAGCCAGAGGCCCAUGUUCUAACAAGACUCGCUUGCAUGGGUACACUUUGCUACUGAAACGCUUAGCUGAGAGCAUCUGCUUUGCUGGAGCCGCAUGACGACAUGUUCAAAUAUUUGCUUGUGGUUGCCAGCCCAUGCUUUUCUAAGCAAUCCCACAAAAGAUGAAAAGAUUUUGUUUUGUUUUCAUUUUGUCAUUAGGGAAUCAGAUCUAGACUCUGCGGCAGCAUCACACACCCAAGAUAAUGCAGUGCCUCUGUGGCAGACCCAGGUAAUGAUGGAUUCAAAUCUCCUCGAUUCCACUUGCGUGCUCUAACCUGAAGACUGUCUGUCAUUACAAAUUACAUUUAAUUGUGCAGGUGUGGGAGCAUUAAAUAUCCUGCUGUUUUUAUGAUGGCCUUGUUCACUGAUACUAGUUACUAAUCCAGAUUUGUUUGAGUUAGUCCAUCCGAGUUUAUAGGCCAGACAAAGAGCGGUAUGGAGUGAAGAACGAGUUUGCUUCUAUCCUGUGUGAAGGAUGAUAUUUAAAACUCUACAGUGUCUUGACCUUUGUCCAGACCUUUGUAUGGGGUGGAAGCUGUAUGGAGUGGAGACUGAAGGCAUGUAGUGAUUUUCUUAAAGUGUUAGGAAACUGCCUUAUACUGAGUCAUACAAAUACACCAUCUAGUUCAGUAUUGUCUACACUGACUAGCAGCAGCUCUCUAGAGUUUACAGGCAAUAUUUUCCCCCAAGCCCUAACUGGAGAUGCUGGGCACUGAACUUGAGACCUUCUGCAUGCAAAGCAGAUGCUCUACCAUUUCCCUUCCCUUCCCUUCCAACCUAAUCUCCAGCGUAGAAUUGUCAUUCUGUUUGCCAGUUGCUUUCAAAAUAGAUUGAUUAUGCUUGCAAUGGUGCCCACCUGUUGGUCACUGUUGCCUGUAGCAAGGGGAAGAAGUGUAUGAAGACAAGGCAAACAUGUUUGAAAGGAGAAAAGGCUUAAAAUGUCCCCACUCUUGAGAUUUAACACUUUCCCCUAGAGACCACCCUGAGAAGGAGGCUGAAGCCCUGAGAUUCCAGUUCCUGGCAGCCUGGCACGACCCUGGCAGCAGUAAACUGUCCUGUCCACAAAGCUGUCACUCAGAGCAUCACUCAUAUUGCCACUCUGUCCACAGAUUGUUCAAGACACUUUGGUUACUGAGGCAUAUAUGAUGCCCCUCAGAUGCUACAGUUCAUGAUUAUCUGCUGCCCUUUUAGGGUCACCCCAAACCUGCUGACUGAGCAGAUCUUUCCCAAUGAUAAGGCUGGCUCUGUAGUUGUAUUGUUCUUUGCUUAGCUGUCCUUUUUAACUUUAUUUUAUUCAGUUUUGUUGAUUUGCUGUUGAAAUAAUUUUUACUCUUCUGCAUCUGUACCUAAAAUGGCUUUGAGGCAGUUUACAACAUAUUUUAAACUAUGCGUUAAAAAAUGCUGUAAAAUGUCAGUAAAGCUCAAGCAACCAUAUGCUGUAGGCAGAGGUAUAAACAAAUCAAUCACCCAAUGCCUAGGGGAAGAAAAUGGUCUUUUGAAGCCUAAAAGGUAAUAAACCAAGUUCCAGUGGAAUGUCUCUGGGCAGGAAAUUCAAUACCUGAGGACUAUUGCAGAGAGAGUUUUAGCCUGGCCCAGUCAACACCUGCCUAACUUCCAAAUAUUUGGUCACCUGGAGCAUACUCUCCAACAUUUCUCCGGUGUAAAUAGGGACAUCCCAUAUACCCCACACAUCUUACCGGGUUGCCACAUCCACUCUGGGCAGCUUCCAACAUAUCUAAAAACAUAAUAAAACAUUAAACAUUAAAAAACUUCCCUAUACAGGAUAUGCCUUCAGAUGGCUCAGGGGUCAGAUAACUCCAUACCCUCCAACAUUUCUCCAAUGAAAAUAGGGACAUCCUAAGGAAAGGUGGGACAUUCUGGGAUCAAAUCAGAAACUGGGUCAGCUUCUCUAGAUCAGGGAUAUCACUGGAAAAUAGGGACACUUGGAGGGUCUGCUAGAGCAGGGCAUUUGAAGAUGAUCUUAGCAGCCAGGCAGGCUCAAAUGGAUUCUUCAGUUAUAUUGGUCUCAAGUCAUUCAGGCUUUAUUGGUCAAAACCAGCAAUUUGAACUGUGCCUGGAACAAAUUAUGCCUGUGAAGAACUUUGAUGAUGGGUAAGUCCCAGUUAACAGCCUGGAUACAAUAUACUGAAUUCAUCAACGUUUCCAGGCAGUCUUCUAGGGCAGCCUUAUAUCCAGCACAUUGCAGUAGUCCAACCAGCAUUUUGCCAGAGCACAGAUACACAUGGCAAGGCAAUGUCACUUGCUAUGUGUUUUUCAUAGCAUUCUUUUGUGUUGUGUGUUCACUGUCUGAAGGCACAUGAUGCAGCUGCUUUGCUGGAGCUAAGUAAAACCUGAGCGUUGCCAGGGCGUGGAUUGUAGAGUGCCUGGAUAUGCUCUCUUGAAUUCCAUAGAUAUAAGCGAAAUAAAUAAAUGUGCUAUCAGUAGCUGAAUUAUUCAACAAAGAGGGGUGUCUAUUUAACUCAAGUUUCUCUUGUGAUCCUCCCCUUCCUAAUCAACCUCAAGAAACUUGGCAACCAAGGUACAUUCUGUGACCUUUUCCAGCUGCUCCUCAAAUGCAUUUGAUCAUCAUGGACAUGUAAUAAGGCUCUGAAAAAAUUACCAGGCUAACCUUCAUCUGUGUGUGUCAGAAGAUUGCAGGUGUAAUGGCUUUUAUGGAUGCUGCUGUAGACAUUUGGCACUCUGCAUUAAAUUUCAAGUGAUGGGUUUUACCGAUUUAAAUGCUUUCUCCUGCAAGAGGCACAUGCCACAGUGCUCAGAAGGUGAAACGGUAGCUGGAUCUUCUGUGCGAUUCCAUUGUAGUCCUUUGGAGGUGUUUGCCUAAUGCAGCAGCAGGACUAAGCAAUUUGCUUUUGUUGCGGUAGAGAGAAUCCAGUAAUGCAGAGCAGGUAUGCUGUAGUAGUUCUGUUAUCAGAGUAUAUUAAACCUUCACACACAAACAAAGUCUUUAUGGAGCUAUCAUAUCAGAAGCUGUAAUUCUCAGGAUGGCUUAACAAUCAAUUCCUCUUCUGAAGGAGCUCUGGGAAUUGUAGCGCUGUGAGAGAAACAGGAGUCUACCAGCAACUCACAGCAACUUUAUCAAACUGGAGCUCCCAGAGUUCUUUGGGGGAAGCCAUAAUUGUUAAAAGUGAUAUCACAGAGCUUUAAAUGUUUGGUGUGAAUGUGGCCAUAGUGUAGUGGGACUCAAAAUCUCACAUCUAAGAACUCAAGAUGGAUUGUUGCGAACUCCCUCUAGUAAAGUUAUCUAAGGAGUCAUCUUAUACUGAGUCUUAACCUGAUCCAAUAAGCUUUUUACUCUCUAUGUUGAUAGUAACUAGGCAGAGGGCCUUCUUGGUAGUGGCACCCACCCUGUGGAAUGCUCUACUAUCAGAUGUCUAGGUGAUAAAGUAUUUAUAUACCUCCCUCUCACAAAAUGCCAGGGAGGUUUACAGCAACUUAUAAAAAAUAACAUUUAAAAGCAAUAUAGAACAAUCAUUGAAACAAGUGGCUGCUCAAUGCCAAUGUAGUCUUUGGGAUGCAUUUUGCUGAUCUGUAUUAGCAGGUAUCAUAAUUCUAUAGAGUGAUCAUAGUUUGCUCUCCUCAUAUUAAGUCCACAGAACUGGGCAUCCCUUAUUUCUUUUGCUGAAUACUACAAACAAAUAUGGGAUGUGGCUGGAGCUGUGGUCUAAACCACUGAGCCUUGGGCUUGCCCAGGGGUCUGCAACCUUUAAGACAAAAAGAGCCACUUGGACCCGUUUCUGAAGGAAAAAAAACUGGGAGCCGCAAAACUCGUCAUUAUAAAAAUAACUUUUUUGUCACUUUUUAAAAUUAUUUCUUUGUUUGACUCCUCAGAAUUACUCCUCCUCAUAGAAAUAAACGUUAAAUUAACAAGUUACCUUUUUGUGUGUGUGUGUUCUUCACUCCCCUUCAAAACAGUGACCAGCGUACAUGCCCCCUUUCAAUGCAGUGACCAGCGUACAUGCCCCUUACAAUGUAGCGGGCGGGCGGGAAGGUGACGUCGGGACGGUGCGUGACUAACACACGCACCGCCCCCAUGCGACGUCUCAGCCAGUACAGCGCCCGCCACAGUGGGGAGUGUCGGGACGCACAAUGCGCCUCCUCCCCUCGCUAGUAUCCGCCCAGGAGCCGCGGCAAAGGUGUAAAAGAGCCACAUGCGGCUCCAGACCCUGGGCUUGCAGACCCCUGGGCUUGCUGAUCAAAAGGUUGGCGGUUCGAAUCCCUGCAACAGGGUGAGUUCCCGUUGCUUGGUCCCAGCUCCUGCCAACCUAGCAGUUUGAAAGCACACCAAAAAGUGCAAGUAUAUUAAUAGGUACCACUCUGGCGGGAAGGUAAAUUGUGUUUCCGUGGGCUGCUCUGGUGUCAGUGUUCCAUUGCACCAGAAGCGGCUUAGUCAUGCUGGCCACAUGACCCGGAAAAACUGUCUGCAGAGUAGACAAACGCCGGCUCCCUCGGCCUGUAAAGCAAGAUGAGUGCCGCAACCCCAGAGUCAUUCAUGACUGGGCUUAACUGUCAGGGGUCCCUUUACCUUUACAAACAAAUUACCCAGCCUGUUGAUUUCUGUGUCUCUCUCUGCCCCAGGAUUUGGCUAACACAGAGAGUUGCACAGAAUGUAAAUUGCUUUUAUAUGUGUACUUUCCUUUACAGCUAAAUUCUUUGUACUUUCAGAGACCAGGAGUGCAUUUCACUGUGCAGGCAUGUGGGUUUUUGCAUGCGUAUAUGUGAAUGAUUAUGCGUCACACAGUGGUUUGCUGCAACGGUAAAGUGCUUUUUUUUUUUUUUGUAUAUGCACUUGAAAUACACUCUACGCAGUGAUGUGGAUUAAGCACCUUGCUCAUUAUCUAAUAAUGCCUGCCUGACACAGAUGGGAAUCAUUCUUGCGGUAUAAUUGAAAUCCAGAGAGACUUCAGGUCCCAGUGCAGGCAGAGGGGUCACUGAGGACAGCUGCUAAGGUGUAGGAAUGAAAAUAGAUUCAUGUGGCUCCCUUGGGACUAACACCCAGAACAACCUUCACUCAGCAGCAGCUUUUCAAACUGCUGGGAGUAUCUUGGAGCAUAUAAAUGGAGCACUAGAACUUUAAAGCUUCAUGUUAUAUAUGCUUAGAUGCAAUAGGGGAAGUGGCAAUCUGUGAUUGCCAAGGGGUGAAAAGCUAGCAUUCUCACAUAAAUCUUCCUUAAUAGACUGAAUCAGGCCUUGGUUCAUUAGCCACACCCACACCAAGCAUUUAAAGCACAUGAAUCCUGGGGUGUGUGGUUAAGCCCUCACAGAGCUACGAUUCUCAGCACACUUCACAAACUACAGUUCCCAGGAUCCUUUGGGGGCCUUUUGACAAAGAAUGGAAUGGGUGAAAGUCACUGUCUGAAAUUUGAAAGGCAAAACACCCAUCUCCCACCAUCUCUAAAGGAAUGUGGCCUUGAGAGACAAGCAAAAUAUUUGUCAUGAGAAUGGUCAACCACGCCUUUUAUUUGGAGUGGCGUUGCUGUCACCGCUCACAGAUUCACAGUGCCUUAUAAUAAAAAGUCAUAGGAAUGGACAAGAGGCUUGCGGGUGUACAAUAAGAAUCCAGGCACAGGCUGAUCUCUCCGGAUAAAUGUCAAUAUGCAUUAUUAAAUGAAACAGUGGUUAAAAUAUGGACUGCUAGAUGCGUUUUCCUUCUGAGGACAUGGAAGGAAUUGAAAUGCCUUUUCAAAGCAGAUGUCGAUGUCUUUGCUUUUUUUGAUCAAUUCUUUAUUGUGUGUGCAUAUAGUUGUAGAUAUCUAGUUUGAAGCAUUAAUUACAACACUGCUCUCUCCCCCCACCCUCUGCCCCAACUAGCAGAGUGGAGGCAGAUCACAGGAUUAGAGGAGGACUUAAGACAAUUUCCUGAAGUGUUCAUCGGAAGGUUUUGGGCCACCUGAUAUCCUUUUAAAUCAGGGAUAUGUUUCAUCUUCUUUAGUGAUCCUUGCAGCAUCUGACGUGCUGGGUCGCCUUAAGAAAUACUUUCAAAGGAGAUGGGAUUGCAAGAUCAGUAGUCACCUUCAAAGUCAGUAUUUUUUUUUACCUCUGGCAUGGAAAUAUUGCAAUCUUUUGAGACCUUUGUGGACUCACAACAGAGGAUCCCUGUUAUUUCUGUUGUGGAUGUACCUAUCAUUCCUUUUGAAAAGAGAGGUGGAAUGUGGACAUGAGAAUGAAAAACAGUCUAAGUUGCAGCUCAGCUUAUUCUGAAAUGUAAUUUCAAACAAAUGCGUAGUGGCAUGAGCUGCUUCAUAGCUAAUGCCAUCCCCUGGUUUGAAAUUCUGUACACAUACAGAUCCAGUCCUUAGGCACAUAUAUAUCUCCUCCCCUUCUGCAUUGAGUUUAAUCUUGGUUUGUAUGAGAAGGAUGGUUUGAACAAAUCAUAGUUUUCCUGGUUCUAACAAAAUUGCAAACCAUGGUUUGCUACGAACUCCGAAGUAAGUUAAGAAAUUACUGGGGGUUGGGGGAGGAUUGAGGGAUACAUAACCAUAGUUUGGUGUACUGCUCGCAUAGGCAGUGGUCUGAGACGAUGAGAGGUGCACUUUGGAACAUCUGGAGGGCAUCAGGUUGGGUUGGGGAAGACUGGUGUAAUAUGUAUCUAAACUGGCACUAUAAGUGGUUUUUGUGUGUGUAAGAGAGAGAGAUUAAAUCAAGAUAACACAGGAAGCUAGGAAAGUCAUUUUUGGUUUUGAAAGAAACUUCGGGGUCAUCUAUAGUGCUGUUUAAUGUGCACAGUAAGUUUCCUGCACUCCUAUUAAUUCUCCCUUAUCCAUAUGAGAUUCUUCUCCAAAUCACUACCUUACUACAUUUCCCCUUCUUUUUGGAGAAUCCCUGGUGUGAGAAAAUCUGGAGUGAGGGAGGGGUGAGUAUGGAAUGCAGUGAUUUGGAGGAGAACAUCCUAUGGGCAGUGAAGCUUACUAUCUGCAUGAAACGACAGUAUGGCUGAGCCCUCAGGCCUGAGGGUAGUCAUAUUUUCAGGAAAUCAGAGUUGUGUGGCAGAUAUUGAGAAGACUCUCCACCUUCUGUUGAGGCUCGCUGGGGCAGAUGGGAGUCAAACAACAUCUGGGAAGCCACCAUUCCCUGCCUGAUCCCGGGGCCUUAAUGCAUCUUAUCUUGCAGUGCCCAAGUGAUCUCUGUUCUUGUCCUUUCUUUAAAACAGAAAGAGUACAGAACAGCUUAGAGUGCCACUCACGAUCUCAUUCCUAGUGUUCUGGCUCAGGUGGCCUCAAAUGCCACCACAGGGCUGCUCAAGAAGCACGUGCCCCCACGGAGGAGCAGAGGUUUUCAAAAUGUCUUCCCUCUCCAUAAAUUGCCUUUGCUGUUUCAUUACACAGUUUUAAUUUAUGCUUAUUGUUUUCAGCAGCAUUAUGUAACCUGCUCCGUGAGGCUCGCUUGAAAAGCAGUACAUAAAUACCUUUAAAAUAAAUAAAUAAAUAAUUAAUUGUGGAACAGACGGCAGCUAAAGGGGAAACUUGGCCUAGCUGAGGUGGUAGCAUCUUUCUGUUUUAACAUCACUUUACACGAUCUUGUGCAUAUACUGGUAUUUGCAAGAGUAAGUACAUAAAGUUUGAAGGAGCUAGACAUGUCCGUAAACAUCCACCCUCCCUUCUGAGGGCCUGUAUGUAACCUUCAGUGAAGUAAGAAUCUCACACUGAACAUCACUUGAGGUUAUAUUUUCUCAUCCCAGGCAGGUUAGCUACAGAACAGAGUGAUAGUAAGGACAUCUUUUCUCUCUGCUGUGUCAUUGCUGUCAGCCCUGCGCAUGUCUCCUUAGGAACAGAGUUUCUAAGGCAGGGAUAAUAGCUCCCAGUUAGGUAUGUGGUCUGCAGCUCUGAGUUUUGUUUUGUGUGGGCUUUUGGUAGGAUAUGGUUAUAUGUCUGGUCACUUUGAAGAGGUGAAAUGUUCAUCCAUGCAGAUGCCUAAUGCAUUCCUACUCUGCAGUUUCUGCUAAGCUAGAGAAAACAACAUAACCUUGUGUGUGUGUGUUUAAAAUACUGAUUAUCUUUUAUUCUGAUCUCCUGGGAAUGGUAUGCUUGGCAAUGGCUUCUAUGGAGAACUAUAAACCAAGAAGCAUAUCCCCCCUCCAACUCCUCUCAGCUGUGAAAAUUGUACAACUCCAAUUACUCUAUUACUUUAAUUAUUCAUCCGAUUUUAACCAUAAUCUUGUCACUCUUUGCAUAACUCAAGUAAUGCACUAAAAAACCAACUAUCCAAAGAUAGCAUCAUUUAAUAAUAUUGGCAAUCCAUUAUCAAGGUGAAGCCACUUAUUAAUGUAUCUUUUAGGUUUAUCGCUGUCUGCAAAACAGUGCUCCUCUUACAGAAAUAUAAACCGUAGGGGUCACAGAGAGUUUGAGUGCAGGUCUUAAUGGAUCUGGUCCCUGGGGAAAAGGUAGCAUUCAAACUUCAUGCACCUUUGCUUAUGUAAAAUUGCUACCAUGGAGGGUGUCUUGUGAGGAACAUAGAGAUGGACCGAGACAUUCUGAGUCCUGAGAUGGAAAAGACAAAUAGUACCUACCUACCCACCCAUAGUAAAAAAAACCAACCACAGCCCUCAACUAUAGAAUAUGCUGCUUUUUUUAAAAAAGGGGGAUCAGUAUUGGUAACCUAAGGCAGGUUACCUCAUUCCUAAUGAUGUAGCCAACAUUCCACAAAUUCUCAAAAGUUUCCUUCAACCCAUAAUACAGUGGUACCUCAGGUUAAGUACUUAAUUCGUUCCAGAGGUCCGUUCUUAACCUGAAACUGUUCUUAACCUGAAGAACCACUUUAGCUAAUGGGGCCCCCACUGCUGCCGCGCCGCCGGAGCACGAUUUCUGUUCUCAUCCUGAAGCAAAGUUCUUAACCUGAAGCACUAUUUCUGGGUUAGCAGAGUCUGUAACCUGAAGCGUAUGCUCUACUGACUCCAUCACCCCAUAUUACUUAAGUCCUUCUUCACGCAGCACAUAGUUAAAUUAUGGAAUUUGCUUCCACCAGAGGCCAUGACAGCCAGUGACUUGGAUGACUUUAAAACUGGGAUUAGAUAGAUUCAUGGAGGAUAAGACUAUCAAUAGUUACUAACCCUGAUCGCUAUGUUCUGCCUCCAUGAUCAGAGAUGGUAUUCUUCUGAAUGCCAGUUGCUGGAAAUUGCAGGAGCAAACUUACUAGGGAGUGGGUCCCAUUGAACUCAUUGGGACUUCUGAGUAAACAUGCUGUUAAAAAAAACAGUUUAAAGAAUGUUUCCUUGAUGCCUCGAAAAAGAUUUAUAUUUCCUGAUGAUCUCAGUUUAUGGGGAUUGAACAGAACUCUGCCGACUUCAUAGUGUCUCUUGUUUGUUUUACAAUUUGCUGGAAUGUAGGGCAGAAUAUGUUAGCAUCGUAUAUUAGUGUGAAUCCCUUACAAAGCAAACAAAAAGUUGUCGAAGCUGCUUCUGGGUCACGUAUGCCAAUGCGGUACAUUAUCUCUGUGCUAUUUGGUGCAAAAAAAGAGGAAAGUGUUUUGGCUUGGCAUGCACAUUUUUUUAUUUAUAGCUGUCUUUGAUCCUCUUUUGUUUUUUGGCUGUUAUGUGUUGCAUUCCCUUCAUUAAGCUAAAAUGAAGCUGAAAACCAUCCGAAGGAUUAUGAUCCUCUGGCAAAAUGUUAAAUUGUGCUGCUGACCUAAGUUAAUGUUGCAGUAAUGGGGGAUGAGCGUCUCUGAGAAAUCGCAACAGAAUACAUAAAAAUCUACAGCAGUAUCAUGAAGAAUUUUUAAGUGCCAGAUUCCAAAGGCUCUAAUUAAAGGGAUUGUGCUCCCACAGGCAGAGGAGGAGGAGGAGGAAAACAGAGGGUUAGCAUGAAAUGCUAAACUGAAGUUUAGCAUCAGGAGGUCAAGCCACAGCAAGUUUCAGGCCACUGUACCUCCCUUCUUUUUCCAGUGGUGUUGGGAAGCGGUCAUCUUUGGAUUAAGCAAAGCACAUAGUCUGUUCUUAAACAAGAAAGCAGAUUCACUUAAAGGAAAUUGAUUCAGGCCUUAACUACUAAUACAGUGGUACCUUUAGUUGAGUUCCACUCUUGUUAUGGACUUUCAGCUUACGAACGUGGCAAACCUGGAAAUGUUUACUUCCGGGUUUGCCACACGGGCAUGCACAAAAGCGAUCUGCGCACUUCGCCCAUGCGCAGAAGUGCUCGAUUGUGCCAUGCACAUGCACAGAAGAGGCACUCUAGUUGCGGACUUUUCGGGGUGCAAAUGGCACCCCGAAAUGGGUUAAAUCCGCAACUAGAGGCACCACUAUAUAUACUUUGCACAUGCAAUCUUGCUUUAUAAAUUUGAAACUUUUAAGUGAACCACAGGGUUUCUGUAGACCAUGCCCACUCCCAAACUGGAGCCCUUUCCAAAUUCUUUCCCCGUUUGGACCUUUGUCUGCUACUUAAGCCCCCAAAUAAUAGAUGAUUGAUAAACUGGUCUCUUGACUAUACUAUUUCACACUGCAGGUGGGAGCCCUUGUUGGUUCAGUGGAGACACAGGUUUGCCACAUCGCCUUUUAAUUGUGAGAACUAGUCCUAAGCUUAAUAAGCAUGACAUUUGUUCAUGCACAUUCAAGUUAGAAAUGAAGCGAAUGUCGAAAAUAAAAAUGCACCUUUGAUUUUCACAGCAUACAAAUUUAAUAUAAUUGGUUUAUGGAUAUAAGAAAGAGUGCAUUUCACUGGUGAGAUUCAAAGUUUUUGUUUUGCAUUUUCAGAGAUGGAGUUUUGUGCUUCAAAGUAGACAUUUGCAGUUAUUUCUGAGUAGCUUGAAUCUAGAUGACAACAAAAGUGGUGACACAAACACACUUCCUGCCAAAUAGGCCUGUGCAUUUCAAGAUUAAUCUGAGUUGCACUGAGCUCUUCAGUCCGAUUUCCCACAAUGAAUUUACUUGGGCUAAAUUAUUUAUUAUUAUCAUUAUCAUCUAUUUAUGACCUGUCCUUGACCCUAAGGCCCCAGGGCAAUCAAUGUUGCCUGAACUGUGGACAAUGAUCUACUUAUUUUAUUUUUUGAGAUGUUUGAGAUCUUUGCUCAAAUAGCACUUGGCCAGUCCCACUUGUGUGAAAUUCACUUCAGCUGGCUGAGGCUGAUCCAACAUUCUUGACAUCUUUGUACCAAUGAAACUGUGCAAGGAAGCCUGUUGGGUGCCACUCAAACCUGUAGAAAUUACAUAAUAUUUGAGUCACUGAGCAAAUAACGUCACCAAAGUCUGUGUUGGCAGCCAUCUUACAUUUAUCAAGUAGCACUUGGGUAUCUUAUCCAUUGGUUAUGGAAGCCUUAUAAUAAUCAAGUGUGAUGUUAACAGUUCACACCCUUGUGUGCUAGAGGUGCAGCCCAACCACACCAAUAAGCAGAAUGGACUUUGGUUCGACUUAUCUUUUAAAGUUAUUUUUAAUUAUUACACAUAUAGCCUAUUCUUCUUCAAGGGAGCUCAAACCUUCAGUUUCCAAAAGGGUUUCUAGUUGGUUUCCCUUCCUGGCAGUUUAUGUCCCUUAUCUGUUUAGUUUCAGCAGUAGAACCGCAUCAAGGGCCUUCAGACUAUUUGGGGUGGGGGUAGAUGUGCACAUGGAUCAUUAUGAUUUCUGUUUUAGGAAGUGAGCUGUCACAGGGCAUCCAGUGUGUAAUUCAAACCUCCCAAGCCCCCAGCGAAAAAAGCCACCCACCAGAUCAUAUGUAAAUAGUACGUUCCAUUUAAGUUCUUUCCAUAAUCCAGAAGCAAGCCAUGCCUUCAAAAUUACCAAAAUAGAACAUAGUUUUAAGUGAGGAAAUUUCCAGCCCAUGGAAAUUUAAUAUGAGGGCAAUCACGAGAGGUUCCCCAACUCCUCCUCUGCACCUCAGAUUAAUAGAAUUGAGUUCAAGAAGGUGAUCUGCAUCAGGAUUGCAUCUGGGGGAAAUAAGGUUAAACCUGCUUUCCGGAAGUUCUGUGAUCAUGAUGAAAAGUAGGACUCCCCACCCCUCAUAUUAAGAUUGUUGUUGUGGUUUUAAAUGCAGUCAUUGUUGCUUGCUAGCUAAUAAUACACACACACACAGAGUGGAACCUCGGUUUUCAAAUGCUUCCGUAGUCAAACGUUUCGGCUUUCGAAUGUUGAAAACCUGGAAGUAACAGCUCCAGUUUCUGAAUGAUUUUCAGAAGCCAAAUGUGCUAUGCAGCUUCCAUUUUGAGUUUCCCUAUUGUAUUGAGGCUUCUGCUUUCGGUUUUCAGUUUUCAAACGUUUCAAAUGGAUUACGUUCGAAAACCGAGGUUCCACUGUAGCACCAUUUCCCCUGAUGGGACUCAAGGCAGAUUACAGAUAAAAACAAGAAUCACUAAAAACAUGGGGGGGGGACCCCAAUCUUUAAAAACAAUUAAACAUAAAUAAAAUUGAAGCUAUAAACACAUAUAAAAUCUGCUUAAAACAUACAAAUAAUUACAAUAAAAACAGCACAGCUGCACAACUAAUGAAAAAUGUACCGUAGUUUGACCCUAAUAGAAUACCUACAGCUGCCAGUCUAUAUUUGCACUGAAGCUGUUUUUAGAUGUUUUAAUUGUCUUAUUGUGCUAUGCCAACCUGGGCUUCUUGGGGGUAAGAGUGGGAUAGAAAUUUAACAAAUGAAUAAACACAAAGUUAUAAGAAAUGUAGGAAGCUGACAUACUGUGUCAUACCAUUGGCCCAGUUCCAUCUACUUUGAUUGGCAGUAGCUGGGAUGGGGGGAGAAAUUUGUUUUAGUUCACAUUUUAAUGCAAUCUUACCUACUUCACAGUUCCUGAAAUAAUACGCCAAGCGAAGCACAACUGCCCUUUGAAAUUCGCAUGUCUACGAAUUUUGCAAUGCAGUUCUCCCACCAAGGGAUGUGUACAACAGUGCUUAUACCCAGGUAAAGUGGACAUGUAAAUUCAUCUAUCAUUGAAAAUCACAUGCAAAAUCACAUCUAAUUAGGCAACAUUGCACACAAAAGUGUAAAUAUUAGGUAAAAUUGGCACUAGAAUGCUGACAAAUUUUUAAGACAUUGACAGAAAACCGCAAGCUGCUAUGGAAAGGUUUGGAAGUAAAUUUAAGAUCUGAAAAAAAUGAGAAAAUAAGAGAAACUGAAAUGAACAUAUUCAUUCCAUUUUUAGAUGGAAUGAAACUUUCCAAGCUUUUCGGACAGAGGGAUUUUCCAGACUUACCUAGAAACUCAAAGGAUUGAAUUUGGGACCUUUGGCAUGCUUGUGCCAUGUCCCUUUCUCAAGUUUUUAGAUGGUAGCCCAGGGCAUACACUUAAGAAGAGAUUUCCCCAGUGAGCAUUUCUUAUAUAAUACCAGCUCAGUUGCAGCUUGGUGGCCAAAUUCAUAAAAGCAUCUCUCGUGAGCCUCCACUACUCUCAGAACAUCGGCACGCCUGGGACAGAAUUGUUCCUCUGCACUUAUAACAACAUUGGAAUCUCGGUAAACAUUGCACAGUUGAAACUUGUAGGGUGCAGCUGCAGGCUUUUAAACUUUUUAUAUUAACUUCCUCUGUUAUUUUUAGCGCUAAUCCUCUCCUUUUGGUCUAGUAUCAUGGAGCCCCCCCCCUCCCAGCAUCUACUUAACCAGGUUUAGUGCUGAUUAAAGCUCCUUUAUUUGAGCUGCUUCUUUGUAUUACGCACAGUUGCCUCGGGCAAAGAUGUUUGUGGAAUGCGAUGCAAAUUAGGCUUCUUCUGUUCCACGCUGGACUGCACCUAGGCCAUAAUUUCCUAGCGUACACAUUUCCUCCUGCUGCCACUGUCAGUCAUGAAAGCCGGACAGCAAAACCGGAUCUUGCUUUGACUCCCUGCUUGUCGGUAGAAAUCAAAGCUGCUGCAGUUACAGUACGAUCAUUUCUUACUUGUGCAGUUUCAGCCUUGAAGUCUGGCCAGUUAAAUUAAAUGCAUGGCAAGUUUUCCCUGGUGUGAAGAGAGUUUUUAAGCUUGUUGCCUUGCUUCCUGGGCAAAGCCCUCUUGGCACGCUGGAGAGGAUUGCUUGAGAUCUUGUGGGAACUUGGAUGGCCCUGUGAGAUCUUGCGAGUGGAUCCCAGAGCUGGUGUGCUGAGCAGGCCUUGCCUCAAAAACAAGGCAGAGAGGCUAACCUUACCAGGCAAGGUCCAGUCAGCACUCCACUUCUGGAAGGCUAGGGAUGCUCAUACAUCGGUGGUUCCCAGGAUUUGAAUAUACACGUUUCUGUGUAUACGCAGAACCCUUGGAACUGAACUCUCACAUAAAGUGCAUUGCAGUUCCUUUGGAGUGGGACCUGCCUUAGGACUUAUGCUUCAUGGCCUCUGAGUUCCAGUACUUCCUGUACCUGUUGCAGUGAAGAUGGGCAGGGGAAUUAUGGUCCAUUAGCAGUCGCAUUAGCAGCGACCAUGUAACAGUGGGAAAAACAUCCCUUUCCUAAACUGGGCAUCUCGCCUUUGUACAUUAGCAAGGCUCAAGAACAGAAGGUGACAGGCUUUCACAGAGAAUCACGCUGUUAUAAUAACACUCUCCCCUGUGCCAUCGCUUCUGGCAUUAGAAGCUGCCGUGGUUUUGAAAAUUGCUGUCAUAAACAGGCUGUGAUGUUAAUAUUAUUUCCUUAACCCCUUUGAAAAGUUGCCUAUGUGUCAAAUUCUCAGGCAAAGAUGGGGUGUAAUGUUCCUCCCCCCCCCCCACUUUCUUUUCAGGAAUUGGUGGACAGGCCUUGGAUAUAAUGGUGGUGUAAAGCAAUGGGGGGGGGGGUGUUUUACCAUAGAAGCCAAGGCUGAAUGUUGUACUUAGAAAGGGGCCUCCCUUGCAUCCCAGGGACAUAAGCUCCCUCCUGUGGAAGCCAAACAGUUAUGAAUGCAAUUUGGCUUCCAAAGAAGGAUUGGUACAUUUCUGAGUCAAUCUCCACAGCCUCUAAAAAGCUUUCCACACCUCCAUGGGGGAUGCUGCACAGCACUUUCUAUUCUCAAAAGCCUGAGGUGACUGUUCUUGUGUGUGUUGUGUGUGUUCAUAGAGCAGGGGUCAGGUCCACUGUCCCUCAGAGCUUGUGGUGGGCCGUCCUAUAUAUGUGGUUUUUUUUUUGGAGGGGGGGGGAAUGAACAAAUUCCUCUGCCCCACAAAUAACCCAGAGAUGCAUUUUAAAUAAAAGCACACAUUCUACUCAUGUAAAAACACACUGAUUCCCAGACCGCCCACAGGCCGGAUUUAGAAGGCCAGAUCCGGCCCCCAGGCCUUAGUUUGCCUAACCAUGUCACAGAGGAUGAACAAACAUUCUCCUCUUUACAACCCUCGUCUCAGAAUAGCUACAUGGAUAACACUGGAAACUUGCAACCUUUGGUACCUCCUUUCCUUGAACUAAUUGCAACUAAGGACUUGAACCUGAGUUUGCUUAUUUCCUCCUCCCUCUCAGUUUAUGUUCCUUGAGAAUGCUGAAGGGGAGUGAAAGGCGGGAUAUCAAAUCCAAACUCUUCUUCUUCUUCUUUCCUGCUGUAUGUUUUUAGAGCGUAAGCAAGGAGGGAGCUUUUCUUUUGGUUGAUGAGCAAGAAUUAAAAAAUACUCUAAAAAAAUAAGGUAAAGUAAAAUAGGUUUUGGCAGAUGCCUUCAAGGUGACAUAUACAAAAAUACAAUGCUGGUUUUGAAUCCAAAAUAAAGGCACAGGAACUGCAAAGAGUACUUCUGGUGUCACAUGUGCACCUGCUUUAAAAUGUAGAUCCCCACUAGGCUCCAAUUGAUAAAUUUCUUCUCUCAGCAAUCUGAGCUGAGAAACGCCUAACAACAUAUACAGGCUAAUGUAGUGUUAGCUCUCCUUUCCCCCAUAGAAAAUCCCUCUAACCCUGACUACUGCAGCUGCCUUUGCUGCCAUAAUGCUCUUAGAGGGUCACUAAGCAGCUUGACCUCAUUGCCCUCUUCGCCAGACAGCUCUCCUGGAUCUCCAUUCACAAAGUCGCUGCAACUUCAUUCAUAAACUAGAAAGGUCCACCUGUCUUCAAUAAGCUCCAAUGCUUAGUUACUGGAUUGGGAGACUUGUAAUGACCAUAAAUAAAUACUGACAGCAUGUGAUCACUAAUCCUUACAGCAACUAUUAAAGCAUCAGGAGACUUCAAUCCUUAGUAACAGACUUCUAGACAAGACGUAAGAUAGUUUUGAGAUGGGGGAAAAAAACAUUAAUGCAUACUAAGGGGUGGGGAAAAUUCCUUUGUUGUGGUGCCUUUAAUAUUCAUGCUGAAGUGUUGACAAUUGCACUACAUUUUUGAAUACUUCAGCUCUGUGAAAGAGGAGCUAGGAUUUAGCAUUAAACAUUUUAAUGCCAUGAAAUUAGAAUCCCAUCCCUGAAAUAAAUGGAAACUAUGUAGUAAUUAGGGGCGCGGGUGGCGCUGUGGUCUAAACCACAGAGCCUAGGGUUUACCUUUACCUUUCUUUAUGUAGUAAUUAGGGACGUCAACAGUUUAGAUAACUUUAGAUUGUGUUUUAGCUCAUUAAGAAAUUAAAAUGUACAUCAUAAUAGGUAAGAAGGGGGGAGCGCUGCAGUUAAAGGGAUGGGUUAGGAGAGAGAUACCCCAGAUUCAACCCCAACUCAGCUGUGAACCUCAUUGGGUCACCAUUCAACAGUUACUUGCUUGCAGCCUAGCCUACUUCACAGGGUUGUUUUGGGGAUAAAAUUGGGGUGAAGAGAGCACCUUGGAGGAAUAUUUUUUUAAAAAAUACAAAAUACAAUUACGCCAAAAUAAAAGCUACUACUCAUUCUACCUAACCAAGUUGCACAAAUAUCUGGUUUCAUGCUAUACUAUGAGGUUCAGGAACUGGGAGAAAUGACCCAUGGGGAAGGGCAGGGACACACUCAAUGCCUGUGCGUUGGAAGGCGCUGUCCCAAGUAAGGAAGCUGCCUACAUUCAUGGAGAAUUUCACAUGGUAUAGAUGCCUGGAAAACCAGGGUUGUACAUCAAAUGGGGAGCCUACGGAAGUGGAAGGAGACCAGCCCCCCUUCAAACAGUCACUGUCCAACUUAUGGAGAGCCAUGGAAAUGAGACUGGGAAUACAGGGUGGAACAAGCUUAUCCACGCAGUUCUACCCUAAUGUAUUGCUUUUCCUAGUUCUUGAAUGCCUGAAGAGGGUUUUUGGUGCAGCCUUGCUUUGCUAUGCAUCCUCCAGUCAAUUGCUAUUCUUUUAUUUGUUUCAAUGCUUCCUUCCUUCCUUCCUUCCUUCCUUCCUUCCUUCCUUCCUUCCCUUCCUUGUGUGUAACCAGGCUAUAGAAACGACCCAGGAAAAAAUAGGUAUGCUUAAGUCUUGCUGAAAUGGGCAUCAGAUCAAAGCAGUGCUUUUUGUUUAACAAGCCAGGAUUUCAGUGCCGAAGCUGGGCACUCAAAGGGCAGACCCACACAAUAUCUUUAAGACACAUUUAAACCAUAUUAUCACUCCCAAACAAUCCUGGGAACUCUAGUUUGCUAAGGGUGCUGGAAAUUGUAGCUCUGAGAAGGGUAGCUCUUCUCAGGUUUAUUUGAGCAAAGAAAUGUGCAGUGAAUGCGCUGGAAUUGUAUGGUGUGGAUCUGCCCCAUAAAUUCCAUGUUUACCUCAAUCUGUGAUUUUUUUAAAGAAAAAAUAUCUUCUCACAUACAUAUUUUAGCAUGUACUUUCUCUCAGGAUACAUAUUUAAAUACAUAUUUUGAUACAUGCUGAGAAAUGUGCUACAACAUUCAGAGCAGUGUAAACUCCCAAUGGAUAGCUGAGUUCUGAUCCACACAUUAGAGUGAGAGGUUCAGAUCAGGUCACAUUGCAUAUGAAUUUGCAAAGAUUGCUCUCCUUAAGCACCCCUAACUGGGGUUCUGAAAAAGCAGCCUUCCAGAUGGUGUGUAGAGUGUCCUCCACGUCUGCAGUUGUGCAUCUGGGGGCUCUUUCAAGUCUCAUAAUAAAUGUUUGGAGGAUGGAGGCACAAGAUCUUUCCAUGCACAUGUUCAAGUGACUUUCAUGGCUGAAAGGGUUCGCGUCUCCGCUCCUCCACAUGCAGCUGCUGGGUGACCUUGGGCCAGUCACACUUCUCUGAAGUCUCUCAGCCCCACUCACCUCACAGGGUGUUUGUUGUGGGGGAGGAAGGGAGAGGAGAAUGUUAGCCGCUUUGAGACUCCUUCGGGUAGUGAUAAAGUGGGAUAUCAAAUCCAAACUCUUCUUCUUCUGAAAAGGAUGUCAGACUGUCUAUCCCACCAAACUUACAGCACCAAGGCCCAUAUUGUAGCUGGCAAAGAUCUCCACUCUUGAAGCUGCCGGGCAAAUCCCAGCAGUUUGCUGUAUCCCUCCUUGAAAAUAAUCUCCUGCUGCCUUGUCAAACUUGUCUGGCUACAGCCAGUCAGGCCGUUUUGACACAGAGAACAUGAAGCUGUUGAAUUAAGGUGGCAGGGUUCAGAAGGAAAUCUUAAAUGGCUCAGGCUGCCAAAGAGCUGCUUUGCUGCUGAAUUGGUUCCAUUUUCUUUUUAACAGCCCAUUUACCGAAGGGAAAGGAAUUCAGCAGGUAAAAUAAAGGAGAUGUUAAAAAAAAAAAAAAAAAACCUGAGCCAUGAUUGCUCAGUCAAAUCCCACUUAAUGUACAGCAAGCUGCAAUCCAGCCUUGUCGUUUCCAUACCGGUUGUGCUGCUUCUUAUCUUGUUUGUCAGAAAUGAAAACAGGUGUACGAGGUUCUCCCUCCCCUGAUAUUCAAGAUAGUCAUAAAAAUGCAUACAUUUAUAUAGUUAAUGUGUCCUUUUUCUUUUCCUCGGUAAGAGGCAGUUAAGGAUAAAGUCAGUGCUGCGAUUCACGAAGCCUUUUGUUAUUCAGUCAUGCGGGGACGUGACGUAGCAGUGCUUUGUCACCGGACUAUGCUAUCACACCAUCUUCAUUUCAGGGUGAUAUUUACACGGUGCUUGAUCUGAACCUAUUCUACAAAUCAGCAUCAAGGAUUUCUGAGGGCAAAUGGAGUUUUGCUUUAUUUCAUUGACGCUAUCCCCUUUUAACUCGUUUUGGCAGCCAAAUGCGCUGCUCUGUAUUAAGUUCCACCUUAGCACAGAUGCCUAUAGAGUCACAUAUUGGUGGGCCAGCACUGGUCUGCAUCAGAAAUGGCAAUUAUCUCCCCCUCUGCUGUAUCAAUGAAUAGUCAAGCAGAUGAAGUGACAUCAUCACUGGAGUCAGAAAUGAGGAAGCCCCAAGCCUGAUGAUGUGACAUCAUACAUUGACUGUCCCUUGAUUUUAUGUGUUCAUUCGUUUAUUUCUACAUUUAUAUUCCACCUUUCCUCAAAGAAACUCGGUAUCAAAAAGGAUAUUGCAGAGGUUGGAAAAGGUUCAGGAAAUGAUCAAGAGAAUGGAGCAACUCCUCCGUGUGGAAAGCUUGCAGCAUUUGGGGACUUUUUAGUUAGAAAUGUAUGAAAUUAGGAUUGACAUGAAGAAAGGGAAUAGAGAAAAGCUUUCCUCCCUCUUGCAGAACACAAAAUGUCAUGGACAUCCAGUGAAGCUGAAUGCUAGAAGAUUCAGGGCAGAUAAAAGAUAAAAGUACUUCUUCAUGCAGUGCAUAAACUAUGGAACUCACUUCUGCAGGGGAUGGUGAUGGCUACCAAUGUAGAUAGCUUUGAAAGAGGAUUAGACAAGUUCAUGGAUGAGGUUAUCGAUGGCUACUAGCCCUGAUGACUGUGCUCUGCCUCCAUAGAGAGCCAGUGUGGUGUAGUGGUUAAGAGAGGUAGACUCGUAAUCUGGUGAACUGGGUUUGCGUCUCUGCUCCUCCACAUGCAGCUGCUGGGUGACCUUGGGCUAGUCACACUUCUUUGAAGUCUCUCAGCCCCACUCACCUCACAGAGUGUUUGUUGUGGGGGAGGAAGGGAAAGAAGAUUGUUAGCCGCUUUGAGACUCCUUUGGGCAGUGAUAAAGUGGGAUAUCAAAUCCAAACUCUUCUUCUUCUUCUUCUUCCAUAGUAAUGGUUUUGAAUGACAGUUGCUAGAAGCCACAGGAGGGGAGAGUGUUUAUGCGCUCAGAUCCUUCCUGCGGGUUCCCACAGGCAUCUGAUUUUCUGAAAACAGGUUGCUGCACUCGAUGAUCCAGAAGACUCUUCUUAUCAACUUAUAUUGUAUACACUUCUCAUGCUCCCCCUUUUUAAUCCUGGCCAUAACCACGUGGUGCAGGUUAGCCUGAGAGACUGCAGCUGGACACAGGUCACAUAGAGGGCUUUAUGUCAGUAGAGAUCUGAACCCUAGUCUUCUUCCAGGUCCUAGUGCAACACUUUAGCCUCUACAGUGGUACCUCAGGUUACAUAUGCUUCAGGUUACAUACGCUUCAGGUUACAGUCUCCGCUAACCCAGAAAUAGUACCUCGGGUUAAGAACUUUGCUUCAGGAUGAUAACAGAAAUCGUGUUCUGGCAGCGCAGCAGCAGUGAGAGACCUCAUUAGCUAAAGUGGUGCUUCAGGUUAAGAACAGUUUCAGGUUAAGUAUGGACCUCCGGAAUGAAUUAAGUACUUAACCCGAGGUACCACUGUACACUGCACUGGCUGAUACCAUCCCAUUGUUGUUACGAGGGAGGGAACAGAAGCAGAGAUGAGGCUUGUGGCCAGAGCUGAUGUCAUGGGUUGGCAUAUGUAGGCAACUGCUAAAGCAGAGCCCUCUGGAAAGGCAAAGAAUUCCUGCCCUUCUCCCUCACCCUUGACACCUGCUCACACAACACCUGCUUUACUUUUUUGUGGGGGGGGGGGGCAGACAGAUGGAUGUGCCAUCAUGUGCUCACCUGCUCAGCCAAAAGUUCUUUCUGGCAAGUGAUUAGGCAGUGGUGGGACAGAGGAACAACUACAGCAGCUGCAAAGAGGGAAGGAUGCUCUAGCGAAGGUGUCUCAUCCAAGGGCAUCUUAUCCAAAACCUAGAGCCAGCAUUCUUUCUGUGUUGGUGGCUGCAUUCCUUAGGGGGGACAUCCAACUUUCCUCCGCCCCUUUGUUCUUUGAGAGAGUGUUUCAUUGAAGCUAAUCACCCAGGAUUUUCUUCUCAUGUUGCAAUAUUGUAGUCAUUGUUUAACAAAACUCAGGUAUUGUGGGAAGAGGAAUGGAAGAUGGAUGUAGUUUCAGCUGCAGUUGUUAGUGUUCACAAACUUUAUCAUCACCUUAGAAUUAUCCCCACUUUGCUAACAUCUUUGAUUACAUCUUUCAUUUACAAUAGGUGAUUGUCUUCUUCUGUUACUCAACCAAUGGUGAAAGAACUGCAAUGAGAUUUCACACCUACUCAUCUCACAGAAGGCAUUGAGUUGUUGUCAAAACAUCACAAUGUCUAGAUGGUGAUUAUAAACCUAAACUAGAUUACAGGCAGUACUUGAAUCUGAAGGUUCCAUAAGCCUUUUUACCAAUCAUUUGAGCCAUCCAAUCACUUAAUGUUUUCUUAUUUUAACAUCCUGGUAGUAUACAUGAUAUUGCUGCCCCGGACUUCUUUGGGAGGAAGGGUGGGAUAUAAAUUAAUUUUAAAAAUAAAAAUGGGUGGGGUCUACCUAACGAGCCCCAUCAGUUGAAGUCCUGUGCAAGAUCUUCCACUUGUGCAAUGAGGCAUUCCCCUCCCCUCUAUGUGCCCAUGCACACCCCAAUAUUUGCUGGGGGGGUGGAGGACCCCCCAAACAGCUUGUGGGAGGAGGAGAGCAGGGAUUGUUCUUUCUGGAAAGCUAAAAUUCUUGCAUAGACAGAAUGACUGGAUGAACUCAGUGUUGAAUUUCACACAUUGUUCCCAGGUCAGAAAUUCAGUUUUAGACAGUGAUGUGGAAGCCAAUGUGAGGCUUGGUAGAAAAGGCUGGUAUUAGAUCAUUUUGAUGUAUAAUCAUUGAGAAGUUGAAUGCUUUUCAUUCAUUGUCCCUCACUUUUCACUCAGUAUGAUAACAACUGGAAAUGGUGGAUGCAGAUAAGGUGACUCCCGCAGCACUGAAGCCAGUUCAUAUUUGAAGUUUUUGGAAGUUAAAUGACAUGCCCAAGUGGGAGUAGAAGCAGUGGAGAAGCAGGAGCCGCCAUAUCUUAUAAGAUGUUGGCUGGCUGGCUGGCUGCAGAAUGUUUGUUUCAGGCCCAAGAAAUGCAAAAGAGUAAAAUGCUGUUCAUGUCCAUGUGGUAGAAUUUUUUCUGUGGCAGGUAUGCUUAUUCAGCACAUCUGAGGCUUCUAAACUACACGGAGGACAGCAGAAAUGGAAGGAACAAGGGGGCUCCAGCAGCUAUAAAAUGUAUCAAAGAACAGCACCCACCCCCCAACGCAAUAGCUGAUCAGAAAGAAACUGUUUUAUUUUUGUAUAAGAACUAAUAUGAAAGAGGCCUCCCAGCAUUCUCACAGGCCCAUAUAAGAACACCGUAAACAGUUGGGCCUGAUGAGCAUUGACUGUUCCCAACCCUAAUCCUGUGGAAAGCCAUCUAAUUAGAUUUUAAUUUGACCCUGACUUGUUUUUUAGGAGGUAAUUUAAUUAUUGCUUGAUUUUAUACCAAUGUUAUAUAUUUGAUGUUAGCCGCCCUGAGCCCGGUUUCAGCCGGGGAGGGCGGGAUACAAAUUAAAGUUCAUUAUUAUUAUUAUUAUUAUUAUUAUUAUUAUUCCCAGUGUAUUAAAAUGAACCCAAGAACAGACUCCUAGCUGGCAGCUGCUUUUUAAAAGGUUGCAUUAAAAAUCCCCAAUGAAUACAAAGGUCAACAGGUUUUGAACAAAUGCAAACUUUACAAUCAAAUCUAGGCAAUUGCAUUAUUUCAUUCAUGACUUGAAAGUGGAUUUUUUCAUCUGAGGGCUUUUUCACAUCUCGGGGCACACACACAAACACACACAAAAGGAAGUAUUUCACACAGCACAGAGUUAAGCUGUUGAAUUUGCUCCCAUGAGGAUAGUAAUAGUCACCAACCUGGACAACUUUACAAGGGGGGGGGGUGAAACAAUUUCAUGCAGGAUAAGCCUAUCAGUGAUGAGUAGUUGUGAUGGGAAAGGGACAUGGCUUAGUGGCAAAGCAUUGCUUUGCAUGCAGAAGGUCCCAGGUCCAACCCCAGGCAUCUCCAGGAACAGAUGCAAAAAAACCCCCUUCCUGAUUAGCCAUGUCAGCACAAGCCCUGCUCAAGGGCUUCCAUAUCUGGCCUUUUCUUCCUCUGCAUCCCCCCCCCCUGCACAUCUGCUCCCCUGCAAUUGGUGCAGGGUGUAUGUGCCAGGAGAACCCCCAGAAUAGUGUACAGAGGGAGGGGCAGAGGAUUCUGUUUUUGGACAGCCUGAUAUGCCUGAGCAGAUGGAACGUCUAAUAGUGGGACAUUGAAUUCCACCCAGGGUCUGGAAUCCUGGAGAUGCGCUGGCAGUCAUUGCUGACAGUCCUGUGCUAGAUGGCCCUAUGACAACACACACCACAAUUGCCUCAUUACGUAAAUCGUGUUUAGAACACCACAACACAUACGUAUCUGGCUAUAAAGUAACAUAACAUUAUAUGCAAUGAAACUGUAAUUUAAUCGUCAUAUCAAAAAAUUGCAAAGCACAGUUCCUGAUGGCAGUAACAUAUCAUAUUACUAUUAACCUUCUGUAUGUGUUAUUGUCGUAAAGUCCAAGGAUUGUCAAAUCCAAAGAUUACAACGUACAGUUUCUGUUGGCAAUGCCAUUUCAUACUGAUAUUUUCCUUCUGCAUCAUCCUGUGUCUUAAAAGUGUAACAAACGAAACUUCAUUCUGCAUCGUCCUAUGUCUUGAGAGUGUAACAAACGGAACUACUUAGUAACAACAAGGCAGCUGAUGAUAGACCAGUUCUCAGGAUACACCCUAUGAAACAGUUUCCUAUGUUCCUAUAACUGUGUACUUGAGGCAGUAUUGCACUGAAUGCCAGUUGCUGGAGAGCAUGAGUGAAAAGAGUGCUGAUGUGCUCAGGUUCUGCUUAAGGGCUUCCCACGGGCAUCAGGUUUGCCACUGUGGGAACAGGAUGCUGGACUAAAUUGAACUUUUGGUCUGAACCAGCAGGACUCUUCUUACAUUGUUAUGUUUAUUAGGUUUUGAGGUGCAUACCUAAACACUUCAAGAAUGAGUGUGACCAACAAGUUGGCUGGAAGGCUUUGACUAGAUGUCCUCAUCAAAGAGAUGGACUUGACAGAACCUCCCCAUUGGGUGUACUCCCAGUGGGAAACAUGGACUUCUUUCUGUGUAGCAUAUGAACUGGCUCUUGAUAAAGAGUAAAACUCAAAAAUGCGGUGUCAAUUAUUUCUAGUCAGAAUGGUAGGCUCUGGGUGGUUGGGCAGCAGAAUCUACUUGGUUACCCAGUCCAAGGCUGCAUUCAAAUAGCAGUUUAUUCUGUUUUCCUGACGUUUCCCUAACUGUUAAUUUCCACAUUGUAUAUGCCCUUUUGAACAGCAUAGCCAACUUCUAGAAAUAUGGAGGAAUAUAUCAUAAGCUUAGCGUCUGUUUGUGUAUCAUUUGCUUCUAGAAAAUACUUUGCUUACAAAUAACAGGGAAUGAGCACUAAACCUGUGCUAUAUUCCACUAUAUGUCUGGAUGAGGCUUAUAUGUCAUGCAAAAGCUCAAAUAUAAUGCAAAAAUUGACAGGGAGAUGGCAAAAAAACAGAAUAAGCUGACAUGUGAAUGCAGCCUAAAUGAUAGAGAAAUGUUAUAGAAAUGUUGGGCUCAGUGUUCUGCAAAUUCUUUGCUGUUUUUGUUCAUGAAGGAUUUCACCACACUUUCAUUUUAAGGAUUAAUUUUGUAAGUAGCUAGACCAGCCUUCUCCAAUCUGAAGCCCUCCAGAUGUGUUAGACUACAACUUGCACCAGUCCCAGCCAGCAUGGCCAAUGGUCUGGGUUUAUGAGAGUUGUAGUCAAAAAUAGCUGGAAGGUUCCAGGUUAGAGAAUGUGAGCUUUCCAUGGUGGUACUAGAAAUCACACUGCUGAUCUUCUUCAUUUUUAGGUGAUGUGUAGAACUUAACUUUUGGCUUAAGAAUAUAUAUAUAUAUAUAUAUAUAUAUAUAUAUAUAUAUAUGAAUAAGCAAUAUUUUACAACUCUUACUGCAUGACUGGACUAUUUCAUAGCUAGACUACUGAGAAAGAGGUAUAUGUAGAGCUGUAAAUACUUUGCAUUUAUAGAAGUAAGACUUGACUUUCCUGUUUCGGUUUGCUAAUUUUCAGAAGGCAGCAUAGAUACUUUGGCAUUCACUCAAAUACUCGGUAACAUUUCAUUCCCUUAGUCACAGAUAUAGUUAUUUGACCUUUUAUAAAGCUCUUAUUACAAUUUUUCAACGGCAAAAGUGGGGGGGGGGACUUGUCCUUUGGAACCAUAUUUCAACAUUAUUUUGAUUCAGAACUUUACCAGGGAUAAAGAAACUCUGAACCUCCAGGUGAUGUUCUGCAUCAAUUCUCAUCACCCCCAAACAUCAUGGUCAGUGGUAGCCACUGUAGUCUAUCAGCAUCCGAAGGGCCACAGAUUCCCCCAUUUUACCACAAUAAUGCCCUUUGUCUAUUUCCACUAUUUCGUUACAUAACCUAACAAUAGGAUUCUGCACCAUUCAUUAUCAAAGUCAUAAGAUUCCUUGUUGUAGAGUGGUCUUGUGUUGAUGUGAUAGUUCUGAAGAAAUUGGUUUAAGGAUUACAGUCAUAAGACCAUGCCUUCCCCCCUUGCUUCAUUUUGUGACUCCAAGGCUCAUUCAGCUGUCAAGUUUGCCACCAGGAAAAGAGUCAUUAUCAAUUUGUUGCUAGUCUCUCAUUAUCAAUUUGUUGCUAGUGGAUAGGGUAUAGCGGAGAACCAGUACAUGUGUAGGGAAGUUAUUAUUUUAUAUCUGUCCCUCCAUUAAGCUUAGUAUAAUUUUGAGGACACCAGGAAUAGGAAACCUUUGGCCAGAGGUGCCCACUUGGGCCCCUGACUGUGAGUGCCCAGUGACAUCAUGUCAUUCACACACUGCUUGGCCGCCACCCUCUGCCGCCAUGGCAAGGCAGAGUCUCCACCUCCACUGUCUCUGUUGGGGCCUGACAUAGUUGCAGAUGCACCCCAGAAGCAUAGCGACAGCCACAGCGGGCCCCAAUAGAGGACUUGUGGUGUAUGCAAAGGCCCGGCCCAGCUGCUGUGGUGGCACCAGAGAGUCAAAGGUAAGGCAGCAGGCAGUGGAGGCCAGGCACCCACAGCAGCGGCGUAGCGUGGGUUGUCAGCACCCGGGGCAAGGCAAGUAAUUUGCCCCCCUAACCCAGGGCAAGGCAAGUAAUUUGCAAGGCAAGUAAUUUGCGCCCCCUAACCCCUAACCUGCCGUCGUGGCCAGCUUCUUCUUGCUGCUGCCUGGGCUGGUCUGGUGUGGUUCUCUCCCACGCUCAGCGCUGCGCUGGGCGGCCGCUGCACUGUCCCUCCCCCAGAUAGUCCCUCGCUCUCUCUCCGCACCACACGCCUGGCACCCACCCCCUCCACAGUGGGCGGCGACCCAGCGGCUCGGAUCGGAUUCGCACAGCCAGCACUGCAGUGAGAGAGAGUGAGUGAGCCAGGUAGGGGCAGAGAGCUGCGAGUGCGAGCGCGCCCCCCAGAUGUUGCGCCCGGUGCGGCCGGCCCCCCCUGCACCCCCCACGCUACGCCACUGACCCACAGUGAACAUUUUGUGGGUGCCCAGGCACUCAGAGACCCCUGGAGUUGGCAACUGUGCCUGGUGGGCCUUUCACAAUAACAUGAAGGGCCAACUCUCAUCAGGUCCUGGUAAGAUGGCCAAAGGUCAGGAACGAUCAGAGUUGUAACCACUGCCAUUUUUCUAGAAAAAGAGGUGCUAGAACUUACCUCUUGCAUUCUCCUAGAAUGGCAAUGGUGCCCACCUGACAGGUGCCAGUACCAGUGGCAUCGCAACAGGGGUGGUGGUGCACCCCAGGUGCCGUGUCUGGGGGGGUGACAAGAAGGCACUCUGCAGGGGCUCACGGGGGCGCAAGCAUCCAUCGCGCCGGUGCAGCCGCAUGUGGAGGAUCCUCCAUUCGCGGCUACAGCUGUGAGCAGAGGAUCCCGGUGCCAGAAGCAGACAGCUAUGUACAGUGCAUGUGCAGCGUCGCACGCAUAUGCUGUACGUAACAAUGCCACACAUGUGAUGUACAUAGUGGUUUGCCACUCGAGUGCCAUACGGAUGGUGGUGGGAUCCCUCCGUCGCAGCUACAGCCGCAAAGCGAGGAUCCCGGCACUGUCCGUAUGGCGCUGGAGCAGCGCUGCUGGCAAACCACUAUGUACAGUGCAGGUGCGGCGUUGCUAUGUAUGGCGCAUGUGCUGUACAUAGCUGUUUGCUGCCCCGAGUGUCAUGAUGACUUCAUUUGCCCCUGGCCAGUACAGUGGUACCUUGGUUUAAGAACAGCUUAGUUUAUGAACAACUUGGAUUAAGAACGCUGCAAAGCCGGAAGUAGGUGUUUCGGUUUGUGAACUUUGCCUUGGAAGCAGAACAUGUUCCGCUUCCUGUUGAGUGUGUUCCAUUUGUAAAUUGAGUCCCCCGCUGCUAUGGGAAAGCACGCCUUGGUUAAGAACGCUUUGGUUUAAGAAAGGACUUCCAGAAUGGAUUAAGUUCGUAAACCAAGGUACCACUGUACUGCGUUCCGGUGAGUUCUGGCAGGAAAAAAAGGUCUGGGCUGUAACCACAACUGGAAGGCCAUAGGUUCCCUAUCCCUGCAUUGAGCCAAACUCAUUAUGGGAAUUGCUCUAUGUGCUAUAGUCCUGACAGCCAAAUAUAACAUAUAAUUCCCACUGGACUCCACACGCUAAUCUCUACUGCUGUCUCAAGCUACUGGUGUCAGGCGACACAAAUCCUAAAUAUUUCAGUGGAGGAGCAUCCAAGAUGAAUGUCAGCCUACAGCUGUUUUUAUGUAUUUUCUUAGUUUUGCUCUUGUUUUAAUUAUCCGUUGCUUGUUUCCCUACUGGGCUAUCAACUCCAUGGCUAAUGUUUGCAAAGAUGCCCGAUGUACCGUGGGUGAUAAAUGCUACUAUUAUCUUAAGCAGGGAGAGGCUGGCUGCCCUUUUAAUUCAGAGGAUCUUCUGGAGGGAUGGGGUGGAAAAGGAUGGGUGGGCGACUGUUUUCUCAGUGCUGUUCCUUUGAUACCAUCUUGGCAAAAUAGCCAUAUAUUAAAGACAACACAAAACAUUGGCUCAGUUCCGAAAUCUAAGGGGACCCGACUAAAGUUGCUUGCUUUAAUGUUCAAGGGAAAGAAAAAUACUUGGAAGUGCUGUUCUGAACCAUUAUGAAUCAAAGGGAUACUCUAUUUCCAGAUGACACAUCAUGAAUGUGUUUCUCUCAGAGACGCAGGGUGCAACUUUGAUUUGUGCUAGUCACAGAUGAGGAAAGCACAGUGGCUUUGAGCACAAUUCAUCUCAAACCAAAGGCUUUUUCUAGUUUUGCACUGUACUACUGCACUGUAAAUUGGGGGAAAGGACCACAAGCCAGAGGUUCCAACUUAACACAGGACCAUUGCUUAACAGUUUUGAGCAGUGUUGCUUCCUCAUACUCUAGUGCAUCAUAUGAACUAGUAAAUGUCCAGAUACUUGGAGUAUCCAAGGCCCAUAUCUACAGCCAAGAGGAGAGAACAGCAGUUGAGCAAUUGACGGGAACCCAUUCAAAAGACUGUUUAUCUUAAGGGUUUACCAUCCUGCUUUCAUUACUGCCUGGAUCCUCCUGGCUUUCUGGGUCAUCAGCAGGAACAAGACUUUCAACACCUCCUAAUCUCAUAACAUAUUUUGCAAUUCUCAUGGAUGUUUUAAGUCGACACUGCUCAUGUCUUGCAGGUAAUAAAUUGAGAAACUUAGCAAUUCUGUAGUUUGUCCAAGUUAAAGCGGGGUCUUUUAAAAACUCAGACUGAGGACCUUGUCUCUAAGGACAUCUUAGAACCAUUUUUUUUUCUCCCCUGAGGAGAAAAAGCAAUAAAACUUCUCUGAGGCAUGGUGCAGAUGAUUAUUUAAAUAGAUAAAUAAAUAAAUAAACCACUGACUUUCUAAAACAAUGAAAGGACAGAAGAAAUGUCAGGCAGAGAUUUCUGCCAACCAGCCUUGUGAGAAGCUUCUUCCCAACAUAUAGUCAUACUUUAUCCUUUCAUCAAAUUGAAAUCAAAAGAGGGCUGUUAGAUUUUAUAGUGUGUUUGAUGGUGCAUUGCAUCACUAGCUGAAUCUUCAGCCUAAAUGUUCAUUUUGAACAGCGAAUUAACUACUUAAGCAUCCUUUAGAAGAGGCUGAACCCAUUACCUUUGUUUUGUUUUUCAGGUCUUUAAAGAAUACCUUGGUGCAGUCAUAAUUGCCUUCCAGAAUUAUCUUGGUUUUGGAAGCAAGUUUUAGAUGUUUUCAUCAAAAUAUGUUUUCGAGCCUAUUACACACAGUGUUCAAAAUGGUCCCAAGAAAGGAAGAGGUGAUUGUUUCAUUCCUUUGCUCUCCAAUGUUUAAUAUGGGUUCUGUUGCAGUUUCAUAUUUCUUUUAUUGUACUGACGGAGAAAAUUUAUGAACCAAGCCAUUUUUAACCAUCAAAAUCAUCAUAAUCAUUGUUGAGUUAUAUGAUAUGAAUUGCAGAGUGGACUCAGGAGAUAACGAGAUGUGAUUGGCUACACUGGCAUUGAUGCAAUUUAACACUAAUGAGGGCUGUUGGGUUUUGAUGUGAACAGAGGCAAGAGAAAUAAAGUGAAGCAAAAGCUUGAAUGCAAAGUGAGAAUCUAGAUGCAUAGUCUAGAAGACCGUGGUGACUAGCCUGCACAAAAAUGUAUCAGAUUACAGAUUUUGGGGUGGCAAAUUAUUAUGGUAAGAGAUCAGUUGGUAUCUUGAAAAGAAUCACUGUAUUUUUCGCUCUAUAAGACGCACCAGACCAGAAGACGCACCUAGUUUUUGGAGGAGGAAAACAAGAAAAAAAAUAUUCUGAAUCUCAGAAGCCAGAACAGCAAGAGGGAUCGCUGCGCAGUGAAAGCAGCAAUCCCUCUUGCUGUUCUGGCUUCUGUGAUAGCUGCGCAGCCUGCAUUCGCUCCAUAAGACGCACACACAUUUCCCCUUACUUUUUAGGAGGGAAAAAGUGAGUCUUAUAGAGCAAAAAAUACGGUACCUGAUCGUGACUCAGCAAGUCUUUGAAAUGAAUGGCUGUGUUGAGAGUGUUGUGUUUGCGGUUCCUGCCUUUGUCAGAUUUAACCUCUGUGUGAUAGGGGAAUAGAGGAAGGUAACAAAAGUGAUGAGGAGCUGUGUACAUUUCCAGGACAGGAAAAAGUUGCUAGAAGGUGCUAACCCUGAAGCUUGCUUACAAUAGGAAGGAAUAUAUAUAUAUAUAUAUAUAUAUAUAUAUAUAUAUGCAAUGUACAAGAUGAGAAACAAUGUAGACCGCGAGCAUAGGGAACUUUUCUUUGCCAAGAAGAGAGUUGUGCAUUGAAAGGAAUAAAAGAAAUAUUUUCUGAUGUGUUCUUCCCCUGCUGUGGAAAUCUGUGUAUGCCAUACCCCUGUGUGGCUGAUGGGUAAAUCAAUGGCUAUUUGGUGCAGGGGAAAGAGGAAAUAUGAUGCUUUUGUUUUUUCAUAACCUUGGAGUUAGCACUGCACUAAUCACCCUACUGUGUUGGUCUACAGUAUUUCAGAUCCCUCUCUGUAAAAUUACUUGAAUACACACCCUGUGUUAGAUUCUCCUUGCACAAGCAAAGCAAACUGAAGAUGUGAGCUAGAAGCUCUUGUUUAGUUGGGUGGCUCAUUUAAUAAGUUCCCGGCUGUUGUACCUUCUCUGUAUGCUAGCCAUCACACAGGGGAAAUUAUAAGGGUAAAUUACCAGAAGCUUAUUAGCAGACUCAAGGUUGCCAUUUUAGGAUGGUAAUGAUGAGAUGAUAAUGAUGAUGAUAAUACCGAGGAAUUAUGUUGCACUUUCAGUUAUUCAAAGCGCUUCACGUACAUUAUCUCAAUAAUCCUUACAACAAUCAUGUAAAGGUAGAUCAGGAUUACUAUCACCACGUUUCAGAUCAGGUGUUGGCAUGGGACACAUUCCGCUUAUGACUACCAAGCAACUUUGAGGGAAAGGUGAGAUCUGAAUGGGGAACUUAACUGGCUUAUAGCUCAGGAUCUCAGGCACAAUGCUUUGCCAUCUCUCAAAGUCUGCUUGCAUUAGCGAGGAACUCCAAAGUAUUGUGGCCCUGCUCCUUUGAUGGUUAUUUUAGAUCCAUGGAAUUCUAUACUGUGUAAGCCAUGGGAAUCAAGAAACCAUUUAUUAUGCUUAUGAUCGCUAUUUCCAGGAUUCAAAAAAGGUGAGCUGUGAUUCACUGAACUUGUCAGGCUUUACUGACUGCCUUUCAUCUCAUUUCAAAUUCUGAUUCAUCCACUGAAUGAGAAAACAAAUCAGAAGUUCUAGUGGAGAGGGAGCCAAUGUGAUGCUCUCUAGGGGUUGUUGGACUACAACUUCCAUCAUCCCUGACCACUGGCCAUGCUGGCUAGGGCUGAUGGGAGUUGGAGUCCAACAACAUCUGGGAGAAAUCUCAUUGGAUACCAUGGUUCUUGUUCAUUCAGUGAUUUCUAUCUUGUGAUAGUGAGAAAAACAGGUCCUAUAGAAACAAUUUAGCUUUUAUUUGUAAUUAUACAGCAAAUACCUCCUGGAGCCCAAGGCAUACACUUUAAAAGUUACUUAAAAGUUCCUUUGAUUCAGGAGGCACUUUGGAACAGAUUUUGAUCUGAAUUAUUCUGUUGUUACUGUACACCUCUGCAACUGAGAUCUGAAUCUGUUCUUUACAUUUCAUCCUCAUUCCUUAGAAAUGGAAAGGUUAUAACUUAUAAGUGCUUUGCAAAUGAUAAACAAUCCUCCCCUUUGCAUAAAAUCUGAAACCAAUUAUCCUUUUGUGGGGAGGGGGGGACUUUGAAAAGCAUAUGGUUACCCCCACCCACAAACACCCUUGUUUCCCAAGCCAGGAUAUAGUAAAACACACACACACGUCAUCUAAGCUCUGCUUCUUAAAUUCUGGAGCACAGCCAUAAAUUUUAAUUGGUAAUGCCAACCUUUGUAAUUCAGACUCUCUGAGUCAAUUGCACAGAGCAUUCCUUCAAGGAAUUUGGCCCUCAGAGUAGAAAUUGCAAGGUGCCGUAAAGGAACUGUGGCAAAUAUUCAUUGAAUUCUGUACAUAAACCCUACAUAAAAUCCCUUCAGAUGUAUCCAAACCCCUUUUAUCUUUACUGCCCAGACACAUUUGUAUGACUGGCUUCUGAAGAAGCUUGCAAGAUGCACAUUUCAGGCUCUCUCAGAUAGUUAAAUGGCAUUUUCUUGAACUUUUGGGAUAUAUACUCAAGACUAGAAAUGCUUCUAAUCUGUUGUUGGUGGUAGUCUAAUCGGUGGUAGCAGCAGCAGCAGCAGCAGUACUACAUAGCCAUUACUGAAUAUGGUGCUUUAAAGUGUUUUCAAAAGCAAAAAAGGAGAGGUUCAUAUCCCAUGAAGCUUACAAUAAACAAUCAACAAUAGGUCAAACAGCAGACGGAUGGGAGGAAAAGGCAAGGACAGCAAAAACUUUCCCCCAAGACUGGCUGUUAAAGGAAAGUUUCCCUUUCUCUUUCUCUUUCUGAGACCUUAGCUCUGAUUUGAAGAGCUACAGCAGAGCUGACAAGUAAAUCAGCUGGAUGUGGAGCCAUUUGGCCCCCAGGUUUAAUAAUAUUGCCAUCCCAUGAUCUAAUACAUUGUAGAAAAUAUGAAAAAAAAAAGACAGGAGAGGAAGAAAAGGGGGAAUGGGUGAGUUUAUUUGUUACUCAGCCUUUACGGCCAGAGAACUUGGCACAUUUAUGGGAAUUAACAAUAGUUUAAUAUAAUUAUAAUUAUUCAUAAUUUAAUGUUUCGUCUGCAAUUUCCGGAAACGGUUGAAGACAUUCUUGUUACGACAGGCUUUCCCAGUUGGAUGAAUGGGUCUUUACCACAAGUGCCCACUUGCAGUGGUUUUAGUCUUGUUUUAAAGGUUCUCACUGUAUGUGUCAUUUUUGUGUUUUUAAUUAUCUUGUGCAGAUCACCUUAAGAUGGUGGUUUAGAAGGCAAUUAAUAAAUCAAUUGUAAUAGUAGUUGUAAUAAUUAGGGAGGUGCCAGAAACUGCCCUAUAAGGAAAUGGCUCCUCUUGUUGCAAGACCUCCCGCCAAGUACAGAGCAAGCUUACCUAAAUAUUGGAGCAGGCUAAGCUGAAUAUCGGGUAAUUAUAUGAACAGAACCCAAAUUCUUGCCUGCAGGCACUAGCUUAGCAAUACCUGUAAAUUCACCAUCUACCUGAGGCAUGUUCUUACUGGAAUAAAAAUGCAUGUCUCAGUGUGUAUCUUGCAGUUGUUCAUGGCAACUCCAGCUACUCCCAACAUUUCUUUUAGCUUUACAGUGAUGCAAACUCAGGCACCACAUGAGAUUCAUUAUAUGCUGAGAACAGGACUGUGUGUGGACGGUUUCUCGAAAUUCUUCAUGCUAUUUUUGAGCAGGGAAAGAACAUGUGCACUAGUUCACUGAUUUUCUCUGUCUUCUCCCUGUUAGCAGUGACAAUCCCACAGUUUCUUUCUCUCCCCCCCCCCUUCCUUUUCGUUUUUAUGCUGCCACUGCAGCGGGUUACAGAAGCAACUAUGUCGACAACCCAGACACCAUUUUGUUUCAUCUGCUUUGCCUCAUCAUCUGUAGCAUCAUUUUUAUUUUAUUUUAUUUUAUUUUAUUUUAUUUUAUUUUAUUUUAUUUUAUUUUAUUUUAUUUUAUUUUAUUUUAUUUUAUUUUAUUUUAUUUUAUUUAUACAUCACCUGAUUUUAGAAACAACCCUCAAAGUGGUUUACAAAAAGGAGAAAGCAAUAAAGUUAUCAAUAAGGAAAAUCAACAACAACAGCUUAAGACUUUCAAAAGGUUACAAUAAGAAUGAACUAAAAACAGAUUAAAACUUGCAUCAACUUUCCAAACAUUUGGGUAGGCUUGCCUAAACAAAAAUGUUUUUGGCAGGUGCUGAAAAGAGUACAGCAAAAGCACCUGCCUGAGAUCAAUAGGCAGGGAGUUCCAAAGUGCAAGUUCUUACAGAUGCAGAAUGGGUAUUAUGUGGCACCUGUAACAGAGCCAGUUUCACCAGUUGAAUCAGUGAAGUGGGACCUUCUGCUUGCUGCCCGGAGUGACUGGGACAAUCCAAUCAGAUUACUAUCAUCAUCAUCAUCAUCAUCAUCAUCAUCAUCAUCAUCACAAAACCUACGCGUCAGGCUAAUGGACUGGUGCCAUGCAGGCUGUGCAUUGCUUUACAGUGGUACCUCGGGUUACAUACGCUUCAGGUUACAGACUCCGCUAACCCAGAAAUAUUACCGUGGGUUAAGAACUUUGCUUCAGGAUGAGAACAGAAAUCGUGCUCCGGUGGCGCAGUGGCAGCAGGAGGCCCCAUUAGCUAAAGUGGUGCUUCAGAUUAAGAACAGUUUCAGGUUAAGAACGGACCUCCAGAACGAAUUAAGUUCUUAACCUGAGGUACCACUGUACCUGCCUUUCAAAUCAGUGAAAUGAAUCAAAUAAACAAUAAUUAAUAAUUGGCAGCAGCAAAGAUUGUGGGGCUCUCCUUCUUGAAUUGCAUGAAUUGAUUCCCUUUUUCUGUUCCCCAGCAUUGCUGUUCCCCAGGGACAACCAUACAUUCAUUUAAUCGUGACCUUCUAAAUCACACUCCCCAUUUGCACUCUUCCAGUAAACAGAGGAACUUCGGCCAGGGCUUUCAUAACAGCGCAUUCCCCACCGGGACUCCAGUUCUCUGCCUUCCACUUGCAUUGAAUUGCCGUGAGGUUGGUACAAGAGGCUGAAGAAAGGAGAGUGGGAAUGCAGCUGAGCUACAAGCAUUAAGGGCCAAGUUUUUCUAAGUGUAGAUUUCUGAGCCUGAAAAGAAGUGUUGCUUAGUGGUUAAAGCCGGGGGGGGGGCACAGAGACAUGAACUCAUGACUUUACAAUCUGUGUUACAGAUGCAUAUUUCUCCCUGAGCCUGUCUCUCUUUCCUCUGGCAGACACUUUCCUUUUUUAUUUUUAUUUUGGUAGAGACUCCAAGAGAAGCAAGGAGAAAAGUUACCACUUCCGUUACAGAAAUAGUAGUAGCCUUCCUGCCUACGCCCUGUUUGCGUGCACUAAAUAAUUUGAAGGCAAGUAAAUUUUAAGAGGCUCUUUGGAAGCUGAAGACAAGUGUUCAGGCAGAUGGCGAGAGAAGCCUCCUCAAGGAGGAUUAGAGCUCAUCUCAUUGCCUAUAGCAGGCCUAACCAGCGUCUGUUUGGGGCAGAGAUCCGUAUCAUAACUCCAAUUAGCUGUGUUCAGUUAAUUGUUUGUGAACAAUUGCAUGCAUGUAAAAAAAUAAAAAGUAACAGGGUGGGGUGGUAGCAGGAUUGAAAUCAUGGUACAUGGAGAAAAGGGUGAGGUUAAUAUUUCUCCUUUGUCAUCACCCUGACAAAAUUCCUCAUAGCACAAAGCUCAUCUUAUCUCACGGUGGUGGUGGUUCAGUUUCUAUAAAGCUAUGCUCUAUCUCCUGCUGAGUUUGACUGUGUGAGGCAUCAGAAGGAACAGCAAGAAUUGUUUUAUUUCUCAGAAGCAUAAAAAGCUGGGUCAAAGGGCCCUUUCUGGGCCUAGUAAGGAUGACAUGCUGUUGACUGGGGCCAGUUCUAGGGAGCAACCAGACUGGCUGCCAGCUUGCUUCAAAACACAGGUAGGGAUAGACAAACCAGCCAGCUUCAAUUUAUUUUGGUUUCAAUCCCUCCUCACAAUCUUAAAUUCGGUUUUCCACAUUUCCACAUCAGUUGUGAUUUAUUUCUUUAUUUUAAAAGCAUUUUGUAGGCCGUUUUGCUGAAUAUACAGAUUCUUGCAAGCAAUCUCACCUAAUAUAAUGCAUAUAUGUAUGCAAUUUUGAGAAAUAUGCCGUAAUACACACAUUUUUAUACAUUGAGUUUUUGUAGUUGGAGGACUGCAUCAGAGAAUUCUGGCACAAUUGCAAAUCACGGGAACACACGUUGGACAAAAUUAUAUGUAUUAUCUGUGGCCAUAAAGCAUAUGGGAGAGUUACCUUGUCUCUGCCACUGUUCUACGGUGGUAAUUAAACAUUACCUGUCUGAGAACGAUGUCCUGAGGAUUAGUUAGAAGCCCUACCUGGCAGCAGAGCAGGGUUCCGUUUGUCCUCGAUAGGAGACAUGAGGUGGCCGUUUCAUUUUAUUGUGGGUAGAAAUCCCCUUACCCAUCCAGCUAGUGAUGGGAUCUCAAAUGAACCAGAAAAUUAGCCAGUUUCUCCGGUGACAGUUGUCUCGUUAGACAGCACGCUGCAGGCAAAAUUUGCCAUGCACAAAUCCCAAACCUGCCCAUGCAAAUGGAUACUGUAUUUACUUAGGCAAAUCUGAUAUUGAUACACUAAAUCGUGGCCACUUGAAAAAUGAGAUGUGGCAGGGUUUGUGUGCAAAUAUGAGGGCUUUCUACUUAGGUUCUGCUUCAAACAAAUAAUUAGAAUUAGAUUUAAAAAAAAAAUAGUCCGGAUGGAGCGAGAAUAAGCAGAUAUACUACUGAAGCCCUCUUUAGAUUAUGGUGACAAAAUCCUGUAUUGCAAGAGUGUUGCUAAGCACAUUCCCUUUCAGUCUUGGGCUAUGCCUCAUUGAACACAAGCCAGCAAAGGAUACUCUAUCAUGUUUGCUUUCAUUACUCUUGCAGUAAGAUAUCUGGGACAGGCUGGCUGCGUAGUUUAAUGGAGGAUGCUGUUUAGCUUCAUUUUACCUUCUGUUGUCCAGGGAGUGGGUGGGAUCGUGUUACUGUAAAUAUUUCACUGGAGGGCCAAGUGGGGCAGUUGGAUUGAUGAUCAGUCAUAUUUACUUAAUGCUUACCUUCAGCAACAGAAGCUCUCAGCUGCUGAUUGUCCCCCACCCCCACCCCGUUUUUCACUGGUGUAUUCUUAGGAUAUCUUCUGCCCUUUGGCUUUUCUCGUGACAUUAUUUUUCAAAGCUUAUGCUCUUAUUGAGCUUCAGCCUAGCUAAAAUAGGCAACAAACAAACAAACAACCUAGCGCACUAUGUGCACAUGUGGUAGCAAUUAUAUAAAUCAAUAGGCUGUAUAUAUAUAUGGUAGCAACUAGGUGGAGUAGCAAAUAAAAGAUGAGGCUAUAAUGGGAAUGGGAGAGAAAGAAUGGUAACAGAGAGAUAUGUUGCCAUGUUGUUCAAAUGGUACCAGUUAGAAUAUAAUGUUGAGGCUGGGUAAGAUUAGCAGGUAAAUUAAAGGUAAAGGUAAAGGGACCCCUGACCAUUAGGUCCAGUCGUGGCCGACUCUGGGGUUGUGGCGCUCAUCUUGCUUUAUUGGCCAAGGGAGUCGGCAAACAGCUUCCAGGUCAUGUGGCCAGCAUGACUGAGUCGCUUCUGGUGAACCAGAGCAGCGCACGGAAACGCAGUUUACCUUCCCGCCGGAGCGGUACCUAUUUAUCUACUUGCACUUUGACGUACUUUUGAACUGCUAGGUUGGCAGGAGAGCAGGUAAAUUAUCAAGUCCUAAAUGUAUUGAUCAUUCAGCAUUAAUCUAUCCCAUAAAAAUAGAUGGUUGAACCCUGGAUGGACACUCAAUAGGCCUCUGGGAUGGCAGAGAAUUAAGCACAGCUUAUUCGUGCAAGAUGCUUUGUUCGGUAAUGCACAUUGUGAUCAGUCUGUUGCCAAACAAAGGCUGCACAAGUAUCUUUGAUGGGAAUAUAUUGCUUGCAAGUGUAAUAUUUGCUUUUCACGGUAUGUGAAUGUGCAACUUUGAAAUUCACUUUCUCAAAAGAUUAAUGUCAUCAGGAAAAUGGGACAGCUCAAGCUGACAGAGGAAUUGACAUGAGACAUAACAAAAAUGGAAAGUGAAUGCCAAGCAGUGCAUUGUCAGGAUUAAUUUCUGAGCUGGCGUUGGGGAGGGGGUAUUUUUUAUUAUUAUUAUUAUUAUUAUUAUUAUUAUUAUUAUUAUUAUUAUUUUCCAGCAAUCAUUUGCACCUAUAACAACUAUUAUCAUUAUCAGGAAGAAAAUUUUCCAGCAUUCAUCUGUUUCUAACAGAAACUACUUGGUUAUGUAUAAUAACAACCCCAGACUGUUAAAUCAACAUUGAUUUAACCUGUGGGAUCUCUCCAGUAUUGGAUUCAAACAAUAUCCAUAGGUAAUUGCAUUGACUGGGAAUUUCUUUCUCCCUCUCUUGUAUACAAGAGUGUUGUGUGUGUGUGUGUGUGUGUGUGUGUGUGUUGCAGCACUUCUCCAAGUGUCCAAAAGGUCACCAUGGGAUGGGGCAUGUACCGGCAUUUGCUUGCAUUUGGAACAGACCAUGUGAUAGUCCCUCUGAGGAAGCACAGAACAAGGAAAUAAGAUUUGUUUUGCUUCCAGCUUGCAAAAGAAAGUGUAUGUGUGCAUGCAGACACCUGCCUCCUCCCCAUCAUGCGCUAGACAGGACUAACUGAGGAUGGCUUGAGGCAGGAAGUUUGAGCAUUGUCUUUUUAAAAUUCCUUUGUUGUAUUUUAGCCACUUGUGUUUAAAAAAUGUGUAAGAGUUAACCUGUGGAAGUAGCAGGGUGAUUCCACACAAUCUCCUGGUGCUGGAUUGACCGAAACAGGCUUCAGAAGUUGAGGUGGAAGAGUUUAAUGCAGACUUGGCUCCAUAGUUCUUUAGGCCCUCAUCAAUGAGCUUUCUACACUAGUGCAACUGGGCUGAAGUGGCAAUGUCCUAUGGCUGGUAAAAGAAAAAGCCUCUAUGCUCUGACCCUGCUGGACUUGAAAGAUCCAAAGUUGUAACAGUUUGUUUCCUAGGCUUCAGUUUAACCUGGCAGAGUUGUAUCAUAGCUGAUAACUCUGAAGGGAAGAGGGUCCCGCCCAGCUAAACACAUCAGCACUAUCAGAGUGCUGAUAAUUUACCUUUUUCUUACUUAAGUUCACUAUUUAAACAAAAGUGUGGAAAAAGAGCAUGUUAAUUCUUUGGGCUGGGGUAGGAAAUACCAGAUUCAGUCCAAGUACCGUUUCCCUCUCUGCUUAACAAGUGCUCUACAUCCACCUGUAUCAGGUGAGCCUGUGAAGAUGCUGAACUAGUGACUAGAGGCAGUAAGGGGCCAGAUGAAGGUCAACAAAGCAAACUUAAAUUGUGGCAGCACAGAGGCAUUGUGGAUAAAUGGUGUGCAGUAAGUUUUGAAGCUGGAGGAAUGAAGGAAGCUCGAUUGUAUCAUGUCCUUCAGUUUGCAAAAGGUCUAAAAUUUCUGUCUUUUGAGCCGCAUGCAUAGAUUAGGAAGGGCAUUUAAUUUUUUGCUGUUUUCUCUAUUCUUGAAGGAGGAGGGUUGAAUCAAUCAUGGGAUAUAAUGGUAGCAGUAGAAAGGUUUUAUGCCUUUGUAGUAUGUGGACACCUAAGGCAUACUGAGGAGAAACCACUGUGCUUGUUCAUAGUGGGUGGUCUAUUGGGGUUAAGGAAACACAGCACAUAUGUCAAAACUCCUGUUACCCCGUUCUUCGUGGCGAGAUUGUAUAUGGAUAACUCUGGCCUUUCCAAUAGAACUCAGGUCUUGGUGGUAGGCCAGGCAGCAAAUCACAUUAAUACAACGUCAGAGACCUGGAAAGAGAUAGGGAAAUUUAGGGGGGAGGGCUGUCAAGUUCUUUUUUCUGUUUCUUUGUCAGCCUGACAGUUUGGUUCAGUACAAAGACCUUGGAUUUGAGUGCAAGAGAAUUGCAGAACUUGAACUACACAAACAGAAUGGCAAUUUAAUAGCCUAUAUCUGUAGAAGUUGGCUUUGCUGGUGAGCAUGCAUGAAUAAGGGAGUUAAUUUUGCCAGUGUAUAUAAACCAGAAUCCUUACGGGAGAGGUUAGGCAUUUGCUGUCUUAUCACCGAUUCAGUUCUUGGCUGGGCUCUGUCUAUGUCCUGCCAAAUAUGCUAUAAAGUGAACAUGACACUUUGGCUUCACUGAAGUCUAAAAACAAACCUGCAUUGAUUCAGUAAUGCCAGGUAGAGGAAAAAUUGUACACUGGGCAGUCCAUACACACCGAGUUUGGUGAUGACUUCUUUUUGAUUUGAUUUAUUAUUUAAACACAAUUUCUGUGCUAGGUACUUCCCCUAGGUAACAACACAUAAAAUCAACUUCAAUCAAAGAAGGGGGCAUUUAAAGCAAUAUAGAGCCAUGCUUUGUGUAGGUCUCUGACUUUGUAUCUGGUCCAGAAGCUGCAACUAGUCCAGAAUGCAAUGACCAGCCUGCUCACAUGCUACUCCAUUGCAGAGAGAGCUGCACUGAUUGCCAAUUUGCUACUGAGUUAAGUUCAUGGCUUUUGUGUUAACAAAGUCCUGAACAACUUGGGCUGAAAGUACCUUACGGGCCACCUGAUUCAUUAUGUGCCACCUUUAUCAUUGAGAUCUUCUGAUGGGGCAAAGUUGGCCAUCCCCCAUGCCCGAAGGUUAGCCAGUCUUUACCAUUGGCAAAACACUAGUGUUGCAGGCCCUGCUCCACAGAACUGGCUUGAGUCAUCUCCACUUACUUUAGAUGUCUUCUGAAAACUCUAUGGUUCAGACAGGACUUUGGAAUUUGACUUUUUUUAAAAAAAUGCAUCAUUUUUUAUGGACAUGUUACUUUUACUGAUAGUGCCUUGUUAUAUUUCUUAUGAGAAGGUGGUUUAUAAAUAUAAACAAAACAGAAAGCCGAAAGUAUCGGUUUGUCAAAAAAAAUUACGGCAUAUGUAUUGGUUAGCCAUAAUGCACAAUUUUGAUAGCGGUAGUGGGCUCUCCAGACUGCUUGGCCCCUUUUCUUUUUUUGCAAAUGUAUUCUACGACAGUUCAGUAACAUGGGCCAUAUACACCCUACAUUUAAACAAGGUUUCCCCAAAGAAUUCUGGGAACUGUAGUUUGUUGAUGACAUUGGGAGUUGUCAUGGGACAGGAAGUUGUUAUGAGACAGGAAGUGAAGCAAUUUGUCUGCCCCAAAACUUUUUCAGGUACAAACGGGAGGGAAAGCGGGAUUGCGCAUAAUCAGCCUGAUACCAUCAUGAGCACAAAUCAUCGUGAAUGCAACAGUAAAAACAGACAUCUGGAGGGACCAAAAGAGAUAGAGAGGGAGAGAGGUGAUAAAAUGCACAGUGUUGAUGUGGGUCAGAAUAAUAAUAAUAAUAAUAAUGACUGCUCCCCGCUUAAAACGGGGGGCGCCCUUUGCGUGGACGCGUGCAGCCCUGGAUCUGGAGCGGCCCCAUCAGCAUAGGCUUGGCUUUGCCUUCCCUCAGGUGGGAUACCUGGAGGUCUCCACCUACCUCAGUCAGUUGUCCAAUCCCACCUGGGGGAAGCGUUGCCAAGGAGACCAGGCCAGGUAGGGGAGGGAUUACCUGCCCACACAAUAGAGAGAGGAUCUUACCUGGGAAUCCUCACUUGGCUCCAGAGCUUCUCCCACCCUACCCACCCUCAGCUAAUGUCUUCUUUUGCAGGUUAACUUUUCUUCAUAGGUUUUGCAGGUUAACUUUUCUUCACAGGUAUGCGGGCGCUGCUACGUUAAGGUCGCUGUUAAAGAGCAGGAAAGGAAUUUCCCUGCAUUGGCAGGUUUCGCCUUUCCCGUAGCAAAAAUGUCACAACUUUGGCGGUAUCAGGCCUUGGGCGGAAUCCUUUAGUCCAUCUUCCUCUUUGCGGCGGCGAUACCAGGGUUCCCUGUUAAAGGGGUUUCUGAAGGGAGGCUUUGACAGUACGCCGAAAGGUUGUCAUUGCUCUCCCCUGCGGUGGCGGUGUAACGGGGGCGGCUAUCUCUGCUUGAACAUAUGUUCUCCAGAGCCGGCCCAUCCCCCCCACACGCACUGGAUAACCCUGAAGCUCCCUAGGUCCCCAGCUGGGGACUGGGGAGGGAGAACGCCCAAUGCCUGAGCCAAGGUCUACCCACAUUUGAAAUUUAAUAAAGUUGUGGCCCAUUUAAUCCCAUAGCACGUUGUCUUGAGUCGUUAUUCCACAUGACGGGGGGGGGGGACUGCUCAGGAUUUGGGGACUCCGCCUGUCCACGCAAUAAUAAUAAUGCUGGGCUUCAUAAAAUUCAAAAUUUUAACAGCCAGCCUUUCAAGAUGGUGAAAAACUACUAGUACUUUAACUGUUUAAUGCCACAAGGGCAUUCAGGCCAUAAUGUACCACACAUAUGUGUAAAGAAGAGAAUGAGGUAGUAAAUCUCAGCAUGGUCACCAGGGCUCAAUGAUUAAGAGCAAUAAAACAUGUGCUGAACUAUAUAAGACUUAAAACCCCGAACACCAGAAAGUACAUUUUAUUUUAUUUUUUAGUUUAAAAUAGCAGUUGAAAAACCAUUGUAAUUGAGAAAUGGCAGCAACAGGAAUAUGAGUGUGUAUUAUUUUAUCAUAAUGGAUUAUAUUAUAUUCAUCUCCCCUUACCUAGCAAUAUUUUGUUUUUUGUGUAGUGACUAAUAACGUUCUCUCCUGCUGCAAUUUCUCUAACUCUUUGUGAUGUUAGGAAAAGCCAAGAGAUAAUUAAUAACCGUCCUGUGAUGAUAAGAGGAUGGCUCGUAAGGAAAUGAAAAUGAAUCACUAAUGCGGUUCAGAUAUUGUAAAAUAGGGGGUAAGAUGCAAAAAAGGGGUUGCAGUCAUAGCAUACCAUAUGGGUAAAAGUGUUUGGCAUGUCCUGAGGAGUUACACUCUGUAGGUAUAUAUCUUAGUUCCAUAUCUCUAUCUCAGUUGUUUUUCAAAACAGAUUUACAAAUAAGCUGCUGGAAUAUGCUAAUCUCUGACACAUCUUUAUUUUAAGCGGUGUGGUUUUUGAGGUCGGUAGUGAUCUAUCAAGCAGGUAAACCUAUUGAACCUCAGCAGGAGUCGCGUAUCCCCUUUCACCACUUGAGGCAAUACGGGAACUGCCGCUUUGCCCUGCUGCUGCCACCCCGACCUGCCACCAUGGCCUGUUCUGCCACAGCCACACACCUUGCUGCAUCUCCAUGGUGGUGGAGAAGCAGCACUGCCCAGGGCACAAAUUUCAUGCAAGAUCACGCCAAUUUGGGGGCAAGAUCUCAUCCAAAAUUGUCUGAGAGUUUGCAUGCUCCACAGGAUCUCACAUGAUUUCGGGUAAAAUCUCACCCAAAAUGAAUGCCAUCUUGCCCCAAAUCAACGCUGAUGGCAGCAGUGCAUGUGCACCACUGGCAGAGGCAGGGGCCAAGCGGGGCACCCAUAGGUGUGUCUCCUCAGAGGCUUCUGCCACCUGAGGCAGUGGCCUCAUCCUGCCUAAUGGCUGGGCUAUCUCUGUGCCUUAGAAAACAUUCACCAUAUAAGCUUUGUGGAGGGUACCGUUCUGUCACCUCAAUUUUUUUAUUUAAACUUUUAUAUCUGUUAAAAAAUAUUUUCUGUAUAUAUAAAUUAGCAAAACCCUGUUACAGUGCAAUGCUUUUUUUUUAAAGGGAGGUGAAUGCUUUCUCACCACCACCAUUUUAACAAGUUUCUUCCCCCACCAAUUAAAUACUUUCAUUCCACAAUAAAUGUUAGAAACUGUGGGUUUGUGGGCAUUUCCUGGUUAACAACAGGUGAUCUCACUUAAAGGAAUAAGCAGUUAGAACUAAACAAAUCAUUUAUUUAAAGGUCACUUUGAUUUUUCUCUAAGUGACCACUCAGAUGAAUUGGACUUUCUCCCCCUCCCACAGCAACUAUAUGUCAUGCCUACUAAAGUGGAGAGAACUUACUAGGAGGAAUAUGCAAAAAUAUCCUCGAUUGUGUGGGAAGUCGGAUGCAAUUCUGUUUGUAGUGUACAGCAGAAGAGCAGUAGUAAUUAGUGCUAGGAACAUCAGCCUUGAAGCUGGAUAUGUGUGGGUGUUAAGGACAUGCAGCAGUCAUUGGAAAGUGGCAACCUUUCUGCUUGAGGGUGGUGCAUUUGGGCCCACAGGCAUUUCAUUUUCCUCAUUUCGUGAUUCUGCCUCCCACAAAUAGUUGAGCCAACAGGAGAUCCAGCAGGUGUGUCCACAAGAAGAAAAUGUGGCCUGUAGGGAAAAGCUGCAGAUAUUCAGCAGUAAAUCAUGUCACAAAUUAGGCUUGCUCUGGGCAAUGCUUCCAGUCAGAAUUAUUGCAGCCCUGCUGGAAAGGUGAUUGACCCCUCCUCUCAAUCCCACCAGGAGCUACUAUGAGUGCAGGUGAUAUUUCAGUUAUUAAGAAGGUUAAAAUACCAUACAUAUGUAUUUCAACAGUCUCCUUUUUGUUCCAAAACAUCACUGCUGAUUAUCAAAUCAAGAUAUUAUUCUUAUUCUUAUUCUUAUUCUUAUUCUUAUUCUUAUUCUUAUUCUUAUUAAAAUCAGUUUCUUUUCCCUUUCCCCCCUGUAGUGUCAAACAUGUAUUGUUGUUACUUCAGUCCCUGGGUCAGUUGAGUCACAUCACUAUCACUAAAGCUAAUAUAUAGAGCAUAGAUGGGCAAUUUGUGACCCAAAGGCUGCCUUUUCUGCAGCCCUCACAGGCUCCUGAAACUCUGCUAUUCUUCCAUUCUAUCACAUAUCUGUCCUUUCUUCUUGUUCAUUCCUUCCCUUUUUUUCUGUGGUGUUGUCAAACAACUGGAAAGGGGCAGUACUUUACUCAGUGAAAAAGUUUACCAAAAUGGUUGUAUCACUUUGGGAAAAGACAUCAUCUCCAACUGCCUGUGCACAAAUUGCCAUCUCUCUCCCUCCCUCCCUCCCUCCCUCUCUCUCCCACACCCCCCACACCCCCACAGAAAGGAAUAACUUCCAGAAGAGUUGCUAUAUUGGUCUCUUAUACUUUAAAAAAACAUAAAUCCUUGGUGCACUAAUUUUAGAGUAACUGCAUCAAACCUAGUGGGACUUACUUCUGAAUAGACUUGCAUAAGGUUGGGGAUUUAUAUUUGAGGCAGCCAUGUUGAACAUUGAAGCUGAGUAGCCUUCAUACUGAAUUAGUUAACAAUUUUGUAUAUGGCACCUCCACUAUUGCCCAGCAGAAAAAGAAAUUGUAUGUGAUUCCUGACAGAUUAUCCCUUGACAGAAAAGAAAAGUUUGCCUGCUGCUGAUUAAGAGUUUCUCUGAGGAAAACCUAAGGAACCAGUAGUGGUCUCUUUUCAGUAGCCUCAAGUAGUGUCAGUGGGAAUGCAAAUAUAAUCUCACAAGAGUACUCUAUCAAGAAUAAUUUUAAGAAUAAACACUGCACAGGAGGAGCAUUUAAUCAAGUGAUGCUCAAAACCCACAAAUUAGCUCCUUGUGAAGGAACACUGGAAAAGUCAUGGUCUUUAUACGGCUGAGGUGGAAAAGCUUUCGGUGUGCAGUGUGUAACACUUGUCAUUUUGAGUAAGCCAAGCAUCUCAGACAGGAGCUCGACAAGUGCCAAAGGAAGCCUUCCAAAACUCAAAAGAGAAAAAGCUCAAUCCUCUCCUUCCUUCCAAAGUUAUGAUUAAAUAACAUCCCCACCAGCAGAGCUCACUCGUGUCCCAAGCUAGAGUGUUGGGGGGUGAAAGGAAGAUCUCUGUGAAAUCUUCUGAAAACACAAGCUGGUGGCUCCAUUAGACUCCUUCAGCUGGGGGGCGCAAAGCCUUUGCUCCCCAGCUGAGCAGCCUGUGUCUUGCCACUGCACCCCCAUUAGGAAUGCAGCGCCACGCGACAUGAUACGCAAGUGUCAAGAUUAUGUCUCUGCAGAUGCAAAGUUGAGUCGCUUAGGCCAGCGAAAGCAGCUUUUUCGAAUUAUCUCCAGACAUUUUUGCUAGGCUGCCUGCCUCUCUCUAGAUAAAAGCAAACAGGGUAGAAUAAUUUAUAGGUAGAGGCCAAUUUGCUUGCAAAGACACAAAAGACUGCUCCCUCUCUCCCCCUCCCCUUUUUUCAAAACAAGAUGCAUUGUGCCACAUGUGAAAUGGAUAAUUUAGGUUAAAAAAAGGCACCCCUUGCAAUUUACUUUGGCCCUAUUACCACAUAGGCAGGACCACAUCUAUAUUUUUUUUUAAUCACAUAGAAAAAACUGAUAAAGGAAUAAACAGAAACGGAAUAUCUCCUUUUUAUUGUCAGAUCUUGUAGAAUUAUUUCCUUCUGCAACAUUGACUUCUGUUGACACAGUGCAGAGGUAUGUAGCCAUGAGUACUGAUACCAGCCUGAAGGUACUCGUGGAUUGUCAGUGGAGGCGCAGGUGGCCUCCCUGGCUAGCAGUGCUUGUUUCCAGUUCCAGCUGUGUCACAAUCUGCAGCCCCUUUUGGACAGAAAUGACUUGGCGGCUUUAUUCCAUGCUCUGGCAACUCCCAGAAUGGUUUAUUGCAAAGAGGUGUACAUGGGGCUGCCCUUGAAACGGACUCUUACACUUUCACUGGUCCAAAACCCAGCAGCUGGCUUGCUGGCCAGGAUUCCAUUCAGGAGAGCUCAUAUAACCCCAAAUUUCAAAGAACUGGACUCAUUUCCAGUUCAUUACUGGGCCCAAUUCAAGGUGCUCACAUUGGUCUUUAAUGCUCUUAAUAACUUAGGCUGAAAAUAACCAGAAUACCACCUCCUUCCCAGUUUGCGUGAAGACUGACAGAUGAGACCACUUGGGAGAUCUGCCACCCUCAGAAGUGUGGGGAAUGAUGGCUUGGGAGAGGGCUGUCUCUGUUGCAGCCCCUAAAUUGUGAAAAUCCCAUCCCACAGAUGUAUGUCUAGAAUCAUCGUUCUAUAUCUUCCACAUGUGCAGAAGACAUACCAUAUAUAUUAGAACACAGCCUGUUCUUCUGAUUGUAAAAUGUUUUAACUGAUUUCAAUAUUGUAUUUUUGCAACCCAACCCAUCCCAUGAGCUUAUUUUGAAGGGUGACUAAGAAAUCCAAUAAAAUAAUUCUAAAAGAUGUUUCUAAUAAUAAUCAUAAAGGGGCAAAUACCAUACUGAUUUUAUCCCUUCCCAAAUUUUCACCAGUAUUUUACCUGUGUUCAGGUUGGAUAGAGAGUGUGACUGUUUCAAAGCAUGCAUUUCUUGUGUGCUCUGGAUUCCAUCACAGUGUUCUGUUGUGCCAGAAGUGGUUUAGUCAUGCUGGCCACAUGACCCAGAAAGCUGCCUCUGGACAAAUGCCAGCUCCCUCAGCCUGAAGUGAGAUGAGGACUGAACCCCAUAGUCACCUUUGACUGGACUUAACCGUCCAAGGGCCUUUUACCUUUUUUACCUUACUCCCAGGCCCAAAGUCUUGUCCAGGGGUCCUUUACUCCUUUUUGUGUGUGUGAAGUGGGCAUUUAACUGAUCUCUAUAUAGAGCUACAGCUGAUGCUUCUGCAAAAAUAUACUCUUGUAUGUUUAUUUCUUAUGAAUUUAUUUUACUUAAAUACAUACAUAUUUUUCACCUCAGAGCAGCUUGCACAGAUCAUUGCAAACAAGAUAGCUCCUGGCUCAGACAUACAGUCUAAAAGACAGGGCACAAAAGAAAAAGGGGUUGGGGAGGGAGAAGGGGAAAACAAAAGCAAACUCAGGUACUAGUUCCAAAUGUUUAUUAUUUAUUUAUUUGUUUAUUUAGUUCUACGCCUCCCCAUUUUACCCUGGGAUAGAAACCAUUUAGGUAGCUACUGCUAGGUGACAGUUAAGGAAGAUGCACAGACAGUAGUUCUCUCAGCAGAGACAGUGGAAUCACUUGGCUUCCUUUCUCUUCUUCUGUUCUGUAGCCUGAUUUCUGGGCUCCUCGUAAAUAGAAAAUCUCCAUGUAUUCCUUUUUGCCUAUUAGUUGGUGACAAGGCACACCUGACGGACCCGUAUCUCUUGAGCUGGGAAAUAAUACCAGCUCUGCGUGUAACAGGUACGUGCAGCGCACUUUCUUGAGAAAUGAGUUGUCACGCUUGUCUCCUUAGCCCACACCAUUAAAAAAAAAAAAAGUUUCAAUUUUACAAGGUUUAAACUGAAACCACCUUGAGAAAUGUGGCCUUGAGGGAAGGUGAAUCAAGACACCAACUGCUCUGUUCCAUAGCAGUCUCCUCUUCGAGAGGGAACACAGUUUAAUAUGAGUCCUGGAGCUGAUCAUCUGUUCCUUUCAGCCCAGUGGAGUGAAAAUGGCAUAGUGGUGGCCAUCUGGAGGGAGAUUAUCUGGAAUAGCAGCGCUCACAGUUUUCUAUAUUAGAGGAAGCCGAGAUCCACUCAUUCACAGGUGAACACUUCAUCAUUACGGACUCAGGGUUGACACCAGAGAACUCUCUAAAGCGUCAAGCUCAAGCAGGACACUGGAACACAUUUGCUUAGCGGCACUGAGCAAAUUACACCUGUGUUUCGCAUGCUGCCCUGCUCUGCCAUCUGCUUCCGAAUGUAGUCAAAAGUAUUUGCUUUAUUUUGAAAAAGAGGAGCCCUUUGCAGUCUGUGCUCGAUGCCAUAUCACUUGCAGUUUUGAAAAUGAGAUUGCGUGAGCUAAUUCAGCCCACAGACAUUUACAUUCAAGGUCACUGCACAGGCCAAGUUGAGAAGUGGCCUGAGCCUUAACAAGUGUGGUGUGUGCAAGUGUUGUGAAAUAAGGUGACCCACUGGCAAAAAUGACUAUACCUUUAGGAACAUCUUGUUUGACCCAGUCUUGAAGCUUGACUUCUUUAGUCUGCAUAUUACAAGUUUAUGACACAAUGUGUUGAAUUAGGUGUCAUUUGCGAUGAAGGAUGGGAUAUCAGUUUAAUAAAAGAAAUAAAUUUGCAUGUGGGGGGGGAUAAUGAAAUACCAAAUAAAGGUGAUAGAUGUGUAUAAAAUUAUUCAUGGUGUGGAGAAAUUGGAUAGAGAAAACUUUUUAUCUCUCUCUCUCAUAAAGCUAGAGCCUAGGGCUAUCCACUGAAGAUGAAUGCUGGAAGAUUCAGGUCAAAAGAACGUACUUCUUAGUUAAACUAUGGAAUUGGUCUCACAAGAGGCAGCAAUGACCACCAAGCUGGGUGGCUUUAAUGGAGUAUUAGCUUUAUCCCCCAUGAAUUUUGUCUAUCACUGGCUUUUAGCCAUGAGGAGUAUAUUCUAACUCCUCUGUGGGAGAUAGAAACACAAGUGGGGAGAGUGUUGUACUUGGGAUCCACUUGAGGGCUUCUAUAAGAAUAGAAUGUGCCACUAGAUGGGCCACUGGCCCAACUCCGGGGAUUAUUCUUAUGGAACAUCUAUCAAUACUUUUUUUUUUGGUCUUUCUAUUUAUAAAAGGAGCUGUACUUAUUAGCAAUGUGCAAUAUUUUUCACGGACUUUGUACCAUAUUAAAUGGUACAAAGAAAUGCAGUAAAAAGAAAAGGCAGAGCCUGAAGUGGACUCUGGUCCACAAAAAACUAAAUAGAUUUUUUUAGCCUUUAAGGGGGGAGGCAUUGUUAGGAGGUGGAGCCCAGGAACAUGUCCCAGCUCUGUGCUCCUAUGUCUUUUGGGCUAAGCUAUAUCUUGCCCCCUAUUGCCCUCUUUUAUUUUAUUUUUUAGAUUGCUUACAGGGCAGCUGGGUCCACUGCAAAGUGAACCCAAUGUCUUAAUCUGCCAGAGGCACUCUGUACAUUUCUGUGAAUUGGUGUUGAGGGCCUAUACUUUGAAUCCUUUACAUGGUAGAAGUGUGCCCUUAGCAACCAGUCAAAAUAGUAUGAGGAAUUACUCGCUGAGGUAAUUUGUGCCCUGAUUUGCUGUUCUGUUCUGAAGGAGUUUUCCCCUAUAUGUUUAGUGGUUAACGAUUUCUGCUAUAGAUGAAGCCUAAGCUAAGAAAGGCAAAAGCUCUCUGUUUAUUUCUCUUCAUAUUAUAUUAUGUUUUUGUAGAGAUUAUCCUUCAAAAUAUUAUCCACUCCUUUUCUCCCUGGACUCCAUCCAUGUUAUUCAAAUGACUCAGCUGACAAUUGUCACUUAUUCAAUGGCAUUUGAUAAAUAGCAGAGACAAACAUUUUGUUUUUGUUUUUUAUAAUAUUUUAUUGGUUUUCAUUAUAACAAACAUCUUAUAACAUUAAAAAAUAAAAAUUUGAAUAACUGUAUCAUUUUGCAUAAUGUUUGUACAUUCAAUAUAGUAUCGAAAUAUGGAAUUUCUCUAAUCCCCCGACUUCCCUCUACCCCCUCCAUGGUUCCAUUAUUUCAUUGUUAAAUCGUUCAUGUCCAAAUCAUAUUUCCAUCCAUCCAUAUCUAUUUUUAUCUAUUAUGCUAGUAUUGCAAGUGUUUUUUUAGAACUCUGCUGAUGUAUUUACUUGUAUACAAUGCUUUGUCAUAUAUGCAAUAAAAGUUUCCCAUUCAUUUUUAAAUUUGUUAUCAUCCUGAUUUCUAAGUCUACCAGUUACUUUGGCCAUCUCUGCAUAUUCCAUUAACUUAAUUUGCCGAUCUUUUUUGAGGGCAUUUUUCCUCUUUCCAGUGUGGCUGGUCUGAUGGUCUCCCUCACUACCUCCAGAAGCAAACAUUUUGGAGGUAGCACUGGUGAGGGAGACCAUCAGUCAUGAUGUAACUAAGGUGCACAUCAGAGUUUCAUUGUUGUUUUAAAAAUGUUCCUUCUUUGAUCCCAACACCACCACUUAAAGAGAGCCCAUCUUGCAGACCUGGGGAAAUGGUAGGAAUAGAUGCCUUUGUUGUUUAUCUCAUCAAAUACUGUAGCAAUGCUGGAAACAUGUUUGGGUUUUGAAGAAGUAACAAAGGGGGGGUGGAUGAGACAUUUGCAGCUGUAUGAGAGCUCCCCCUACUGCUGGUCAGAAAUAAACUCUUGUGGGCUCCUCUUGGAUGGUGAAUUCAAGGCAUCAAGGUGGCUCUUGCUUCAAAAUGUGAAGGUGCUGUAAAUAGGUUUUGGUUAGCGGGUGUUGUGUUAAGCACAAGUUUUCGGUAGUUUGCAUCACUCCAGCAAAUGUUUCUCAGUUUGGAAUGGUUGAAGCUGAACUAAAAAUGAGAAGAGUAAAGGGAAUGCAAAGCAAGCAAAGGGACAGCAUCUGUGCUCUGUGCUUUAACAGAAGAAAUAAUGGUUGACUUCAAUGCUUUUCCAGCAGUGCUCCUUUCUAGCAUGUCUCAGACAGCAUACUACAAUUCCCAGAAUUCCCUGGAAAGAGUGGUCAAUGGUUAAACCACUCUGGGAACGGACGCUGCUUCAAAUGUAUAGUGUAGAUGGAGCCCAUGACUAACUCAGACCCAUUCGUUUCAGUGUGCCUUCUCCAAGUAAAAGCUAGUUGAAUACAACUCACUGUGGUUGAGAAACCAAUGUGAGUAUAAUGAAUGAAUAAUCAGUCUAAUAUGAUUUUAAUGAAUGAUUUGAUUAACAAUGCAUCUGAGAUCUUUAAUAAUGGAAACGCAUGGGAUUGAGAAUGGGGAAAAAACAACACCACCAGAUUUAUGCACCGCUAUCAAAUAUGAUGUACGGGAUAGGCAUAUUAAAUCUAGAUGCUCCUUACUACAAUGGUGGCUUGUGAAAAGACAUUUGGAUGUCAUGGCUGACCAGGAUUUGAAUCUUGGUUUCCCAGUAAUCUAUUCACUCUGGUACUUGAGAGCUGAAUUCAGGGUCCCUGAGCUAGUCAGGUUUGAGACAAAUAAGCUAUGCCAGCAAUGUAGUGUAAUGCUCUAAAGCAGAUACUCAAAUAUGCCAUAUUUUGUUCCAGAAUUAUUACUCAUUAUCGGACAGACAGACAGCUGAGCCUGGGAGGAUACUGGGGCCCUUGUGUGCAAGUGGUUGUCAUGAUUAAGAUGGAAGAAUUCAAGUGAAAUUAAUUAUUGGAACCUUUUCUUUUCUUUUUUUGUCCUUUUGUUAUGCAGUUCCGUGCAUAGUUUUCUCAUGCAGCAUGUGGCCUAUUUUCACUCUCCAAAGCUUUAAUUAGAAAGCCUGGUUAAAAGCAAAUUAAUCUUACUGCGAUGUCAUACUCUCCUACAUCUUCACAUGCAGGGUACAGAAUAUAAGGAGAGAUCUCAUGUGCACUCAAGCAUCCAGCACACGUAGAUCAUCUUUGGAAAAUCAGAUAAACAUGCAAUGAGUUUUAAGUGGGGUUAAGCAGAUGUGAUCCCCACAUAUUUACGGAAGAUCUGAAAAGUGAUAUGAAAAAUGCUUGCUUUAAAAUUACCUCCAUCUACUUGCCCGUCCACCAAAUAAGAGGUAGAAAUGUGCAAAAAGACUGAGAUUGUUUUAAGCUUUAAAGUUUUUGUGUUGGUUCAUAAGUUUGUUCCAAUUGUAUGAUCCCAUGGCUACCAUACGGGGAAAAUACAAUUAAAAAGUUUAUCAGUUACCAACAGGAGAUAAUAUUAAAGGAAGCUUAUGAAAGUGAAAGCUCCCCUCCCUUAACUUUUUUCUUAAUUACUUCCAUUUUUUUAACCACUUCCCAUAAAAUAUCUUGAUGUGGUUUCAUAUCAACAAUAAAAACAAUGCAAAAGAAUUCCAUAUUAAAAUGUCCAUAUUUGCAAACAAUUAAAACAUCUCUCUGUGUGUAAAUAUCUCCACUUUAAAGGAUUAUUGAAAAAGGAAGUUCUUCAGUAAGUGCCAAAGAGACAACAGAGGACCUCUCUGAUAUGUAAUAAGGAGUUCCAAAGGGGAGAUCCAUCCAUGCUAAAGGCCCGAUUCACAUUUUACUGUAUCUGCAGGAGACCCUGUCCUGCAAAGUACAGUGAUCAGUUAGCUAGCUAUAUAUGGCAUGAAACAAACCUUUUAAAUACGUUUUAAAAGGAAUAAGAAAGGAAAGUUUGUUCAUUCUUGCAGCUUACUUUUAGCAAAAUAAGAUUAUAUGAUAGCAAAACAGUUUGAAAUUGUGCAAUAAAAGGAGCAGGAGUAGAUUUAACUCGGACUCAAAGAAUCUGACACAAUAACAACUGCCUUUAGAAAAGGAACCCCAGUGUAGGGGAAACAGCUUUUGACCGCUAAAGGAAGAGAAUAUGAUGGUACCUUUUCAUGACUAUAAUUACCUAGCUCUAAACUUCUGUGUAUGAGAGAUUUAAGCAAUUUGCAGCAAAAGAGCAGCAUGGCAAAAACAUUGUUGCCACAGUGGGCAGAAAAGUAAGCAAAGAUACGGUAUAAUUCCUCUCUGUUUAAUUCCUCUGCACCCUGGAUAUUUAUUAUUAAACUUAAUGAUGGGAGGGAGAGACUUCUCAGCCUUAUUAAUGUAAUUACCGUAAUCUAUUAUCAGCUUGUGAGAAUAAGGAGGUAUUUAGUCUGAAAUCUGACGUUGCUUCCAGAUGACCUGUUUAUUGAGCAUUCAUCCAUUUGUUGGGGAUGCUAUACCAGCCACAUUCACAGCAUAUAUUUAAAGCACUAUAAUGCCACUACAAAUGGUCAUAGCUUCCCACAAAGAAUUAUGGAAACGGUAGUUUAUUAUGGAUGUUUAGAGUUAUCAGGAGGCCCCUAUCCCUGCUCCCAGAGCUACAGUUCCCGAGUGGUUUCACAAUCAGGCCCUCUUCACAGAGAACACUAGAAAUGGCAAUUCUGGGAGGGAACAGGCAGCUCCUAAACAACUCUCAGCACAUUUAGCAAACCACAGCUCCCAGAAUUCGUUUUUUUUGGGGGGGACUCUUAUUUUCAACUGCUUUCAUAGUGUUUUCAUUGUGUGCUGUGAAUGCACACGCAGUACCAGCUAUUUAUUGAACAUUCAUCUGACUUGUUUGUGGGGAGGUUCUCUGGCAUUAUGUCAUGCAAUUGUUAUCCCACAAUUUCCUGUGCACUUUAUUGUCACUUUUCUUGCCAGAAAGUCUGAUUUCUUUUUUCUUCUUCUUUUGGGUGGGGGAGGGCAGAUUUGUUCCACAAGAGCACCAAAUCCAUCUUAAUAGUAAAACCUGAAUUUGCCAAUAUGAGAGUGAGGCUGUGUGCAUACACAUGUAUAUUCAAAGCACAUUUCCCACCCAAAGAAUCCUGGAACAAUAGUUCACCCCCCCACCACCAAGCAACAGUUCCUGGGACCCUUAACAGAAUUCACAGAAUUCUCUUUGGGAGGGGGGUUGCUUUAAAUGUAUGCUGUGUAUGCAGCCUGAAUCCCACCUGCAAAAUGGGAAGUUCCCAGAGAAAAUAAUAUUCAAACCAAAUUUUGGCAUGCAAAGCCCGUGAGAGUAAAAGCAACAGUGCACAAGUCCUCAUUUCCCCAGCCCUCCUCCUUUUACUUUUGAAUGUGUUUGCAUUGUAUUCUGUACUUUGAAAGCCCAGGUUGGUUCUUUCUUCUGACACAUAACGAGACUUCCCCUUGUAUGUAUUUACUGUCGGUCAUUAAAAAUGGAGCUAAGCAGUUUGCGGCUCAAUUUUACAGGGUAGAUCUAACUUUCUUCUCACAUCUGCGAAGACGUGCUAGCAGCCAAUAACACUUUUAUACAAUACUCCCCCCCCCCACACACACCUCCCUGCUCUUGAUUACAUAAAGAUUGUGCUAAUCACUUCGAAAAGCCAAAACACAUUUUAAACAGUCUCAGGGGGAUGACUAUUUUCAAAGCUAAUCCUUCUCUACAAUUAAACAGUUAUAUGCUAAGCCUGUGAGAAAUUAAAGGAAGCCUCGUUUUCCUUCCAUCUUCUGCACCUUGAGUCAAUAGGAGAGUGGUAGGUCAGUAGACAGAGAAUCUGUGGCACUCUGGAUGUUGCUCAACUCCAACUCUCAUUGGCUGCACCCAGGGCAGUGGGAUUCACAGUCCAACUGAAUGGCCCCUGGACCCCCAACCCUGUUAUAAGACACCAGGACAGCACUGAAUGAAUCAAAGCAAUGCAAACAGAGCUUAGUUCCUAGGCAUCAGGCAAGGCAUAUUUUAACAUAAAAAAAAAGCUAGACAGAAAACCCUUGCUGCUCUGCAGCCAGAGCCCUCAUGCUGAUGCUUAAGUAUGAAGAAGGGAAAGGAUUCAGCAGAGCACAUGGUUUGCAUGCAAAAGGUCCCAGGCUCUCUCCCCAACAUCUCCAGGUAGGGCUAGGAGGGAAACUCUGAAGAGCUACAGCCUGUCAGUGUAGACAGGACUGAAUUAGAAGGACUGAUGGUCUGACUUUGUAUACAGCACCUUUUAUGUUUUUUGUUUUGUUUUUUAUAAAAUGUUUAUUAGGAUUUUACAAUAAACAUAGGUUUAACAAACUAAAAAGAAAACAUAGACAGAAAAAGAAAAAAGAUAACAAGAAAAAUACCAAAAAUUACCAAAAAAAGAAAAAAAAUCCUAGAAGGAAAAAAAAAAGAAAAUACAAAAUACAAAAAACAGAUGGCUAAAAAAGAAAAAAAUUAAAGAAAAAUCCAUUUUUCAAUAUCUUUAGGCUCAUUUACUUAUUUCCUUGACCUCCUCACACCUCCCCUUUUUGUAUUCCCGUUUACAAAUUCCUUUCAGCAAAUCCUUACCCUCUUUCAUUUAUCUUUACUCUGUGUCUUAACCUAUUAUAACUAUAUAUUUUCGUCCAUAUGACUAUCUAUAUUUGCAUAUUCUUUUUAACCUUAUUACCAAAACCACUUAUUUUCAAUCCAACAUCAUUUUAACAUUCAUUAAUUUUACAGUAUUUCUGCAAAUAGUCUUUAAAUUUCUUCCAAUCUUCUUCCACCAACUCUUCUCCCUGGUCUCGGAUUCUGCCAGUCAUUUCCGCCAAUUCCAUAUAGUCCAUCACCUUCAUCUGCCACUCUUCCAGGGUGGGUAAAUCUUGUGUCUUCCAAUACUUUGCAAUAAGUAUUCUUGCUGCUGUUGUUGCAUACAUAAAGAAAGUUCUGUCCUUCUUUGGCACCAAUUGGCCGACUAUGCCCAGGAGAAAGGCCUCUGGUUUCUUCAAGAAGGUAUAUUUAAAUACCUUUUUUAAUUCAUUAUAAAUCAUCUCCCAGAAAGCCUUAAUCCUUGGGCACGUCCACUACAGGUGAAAGAAUGUACCUUCAGUUUCUUUACAUUUCCAACAUUUAUUAUCGGGUAAGUGAUAGAUUUUUGCAAGCUUGACUGGGGUCAUGUACCACCUGUAUAUCAUUUUCAUAAUAUUCUCUCUUAGGGCAUUGCAUGCCGUAAAUUUUAUACCUGUGGUCCACAGCUGUUCCCAGUCAGCAAACAUGAUGUUAUGUCCAACGUCCUGUGCCCAUUUAAUCAUAGCAGAUUUAACCGUCUCGUCCUGAGUGUUCCAUUUUAACAGCAAGUUAUACAUUCUUGAAAGUAUCUUUGUUUUAGGAUCUAACAGUUCUGUUUCCAACUUUGAUUUUUCCACCUGGAAGCCAAUUUUUUUGUCUAAAUUAUAAGCCUCUCUUAUUUGAUAAUAAUGAAGCCAGUCUCGCACUUUAUCUUUUAGUUUCUCAAAACUCUGCAAUUUCAAUUUGUUAUGUUUCUACCACUAUGCUGGUAUCAGGGGUUUUACACCACCAGGGCUCCCAAUCCCAAGAAGUGUUCUAAGUACAUUCAGUGAAUAUGCUCAGAAUCCCCCUUGAAGAUCAGAAAUGAAGCCGGCAGGGUCUGGCAUGUUAGGGGGAGCACUUUGCUUCCCCUCGGCAUGUUCUUUAAACAUCUAAAUACUGGCUCCAGCCCUUUGGCCCUUCAGCUUUCCUGCAAAACCAUUACUCACACAUAUCAGGGGAAGCUGCCCCCCUCACCCAGAUUUUUGAUUAAUGGUUUUAAUGUAAGCUUCAGGAAGAGAACCCUGGUGAAGAUUAUGUGUGAUGUAAAUAAGUCAGUUUUAAGUUUUGAUUCGAAUGACUGAAUGGAUCAAUUAAAUCAGUACAUGGAAGGAGCAUCCUUAAGCUGUGCCUUGUACAUAGUUUACAAUACAUUGUGACACAGAAAAGCAAUCAAGGCUUUGAAAGGCUGGAAAAAGGAUACAGUUGAAUGAUGAUCCUGUCUCCACUAUUAAAUGGAACAAAUUUAUUUAAAAUAUACAUUUGUACAAGAGUAUUGGCACACUGGAAUAGAUUUGCGUCUUAAGGUUUCACACAAUCGUGUUUUUGAGUCAGAAGUACAGAUCCUUCAGGAUUUGAUUGAUCCUGUAAGAUUUGAUUGGUUGUUUUGCUACAUCACUUGAGCUGCAGUCCUAAACAAGAAGGCAUACUUUGCUGCCUCCAUUGCAUCCUCAUUAUACUAUUCAGCAGCACUUUUCCUGGUAGUAUGAAGCCUUUUUCAGUCUGGAGAUAGCAGAAACAAUAGCUGACUGUGACUUGUUUGCAAAGCAUUUUGAGGAUAACAUUGCUUUCAUCCACUACAAUCUUUAUUCUGCUGUUACAGCAUAUGAAUCUCAAGGGGUGUCCAGAACACUAUCCUGUUGUGUUGGUCGAGUUUCAAUCAGUAAGGCUGGGGUAAAAGGACCCCUGGAUGGUUAAGUCCAGUCAAAGGUGACUAUGGGGUUGUGGUGUUCAUCUUGCUUUCAGGCCAAGGGAGCCGGCAUUUGUCCACAGACAGCUUCCCAGGUCAUGUGGCUAGCAUGACUAAACUGCUUCUGGUGCAAUGGAACACCGUGACGGAAACCAGAGCGCACAGAAACACUGUUUACCUUCCCGCCGUAGCGGUGUCUAUUUAUCUACUUGCACUGGCAUGCUUUCGAACUACUAUGGGAGCAAUGGGAGUUCACCCUGUCACGGGGAUUCAAACUGCCGACCUUCAGACCGCAGCGCCACCCACGUGGUCAAGGUGCUUGGAUCAGUCAGAGUGACUGCUUGCUCUCUGAAUCCUUGCCCCUCUUGGUUGAUAAAAACUAGCAGGCAGGGGACAGCUGGCUGGGCCAGGGAGGUGAUUAAUGACUCCUUGUGAAAGGGGGUUGUCCCUGCCUGCUUGAAGGAGGAAGUGGUAUGAUCACUCCUUAAUAAACCCUACAGCUUCCAAUCACCCCUACUUGGGCAAGGUUCUUGAACUGGUGGUUGUGGACCAGAUCCAGGUGCUCUUGGAGGAAACGGAUGUUCUAGAUCCAUUUCAAUUGAGAUUUAAGCCCAGUUUGGGCACAGAAACUGCUCUAGUCACCCUCUAUGAUGACCUCUGUCUGGAGAGAGACAAGGAAAUGUGUCUCUGUUAACUCUACUUGACCUUUCAGUGGCUUUUGACCAUGGUAUAUUUCUGGAGCAGCUGUCCAAGUUGGGGGUGGGUGGCAUGGCUUCCAGUCCUACUUGGAUGGUCUUUUCCAGAGUGUGAUGUUUGGGAAGUGCUAGUCAGCUUUGUGGAGCCUUCAUUGUGGGAUUCCUCAGGGUUUGUCUUUAUCUCCCAUGCUGUUCAACAUCUACAUGAAACCACUGAGUGGGGUGAUCCAGAGUUUUGGAGUACGCUGUCUGCAAUAAGCUGAUGACACGCCGCUCUACUUCUCCUUUACAUCUGCGGGUGUAGCAGUGGAUGUGUUGGACUGCUGCAUAGACUGGAUUAGAGCCAAUUAACUGAAGCUCAAUCCAGAUAAGUUUGACACACUGUUAGUGGGUGGUUCCCUAGACCAGAUGGAUGGGAGGUAGCUGAAGAAGAAGAAGAGUUUGGAUUUGAUAUCCCGCUUUAUCACUACCCAAAGGAGUCCCAAAACGGCUAACACUCUCCUUUCCCUUCCUCCCCCACCUCAAACACUCUGUGAGGUGAGUGGGGCUGGGAGAAUUCAAAGAAGUGUGACUAGCCCAAGGUCACUCAGCAGCUGCAUGUGGAGGAGCGGAGACACGAACCCGGUUCACCAGAUUACGAGUCUACCGCUCUUAACCACUACACCACAGCUGACCCUACACUUCCUCAGAACGUAGCUUGGGAAUACUCCUUUUGUCUAUGCUCUAGGGUAGAUUACUGCAAUGUGUUUUACGUGGGGCCGCCUCUGAUGACGGUUCAGAAACUUCGGCAGGUGCAGAAUUCAGCAGCCAGGUUGCUCACUGAGGAAAGACGAUUUGAGCAUAUAACACCGAUCCUGGCCUGACUUUACUGCCAGUUAUUUUCCUGGCUUGUAGCACUGGGAGUAAACCCCUUUGGUUCCGGCAUUUCUGAGCUGAUUUGCAUAGGAUUGCUACUGUGGGUUAAGUCAUGGUAAAAAAGCCCCCGGCUAUCAUUAGUUUUAAGCUACUUUUCUCCCAGCACUUUUCCCCUGGCAUCGAAUCACUGCAUCUCUCUGCUGCUAGCGACUUGCUUUAUAAACAUAGUGGGUGAUACAGCUUCUGCCCUGAGGAAUGUACAGUUGACAAAGGUAAUUGCAGAGGGAAACAAAGCAGCAUCGAUCGGGCUGACAGUGGACACAUGCACACUGAAGCCAUAUGCGCUGGUUAUUGGUUCCAUUUCCACUCCACACACUUCGCCCUGCCUUCACCCCUCCUCUUUCCUUCCUCAUUCAUCACGUUUGUCUUCUCUGCCUCAUGCCUGUGGCUUUGGCCUGUUCCCUUUCUAAUUCUAAAUUCCAUUAGUAAUGAGGCAGAAAGGCAGGUGUAAUUAAACUUGUGUCAAGAGGGAUAUGAACAAGGAGAAUGCAAUAUUCUGGUGAACAGGCUUUAUAGGGUAGUUUCCUAUUAAUGUACUAAAAUGUGGGUGAAGCUAACCCAGACUUUAGCUAGAGACAUAAUAUUUCUUGAAAAGCUUUGUUGUUGGGGAGAGACAUUGGGGGGGGAAUGAAAUAUAUAAAAUACUGGAUUUCUAAUCAUACUUACUUUACUACUUUAAGAAUAUGGAAUGUACUGUGUAUGACAUAGGACAUAAAACUGCAUUUUUGGAGGGGUAUAUUUGGAUCCAUUUAAAAGUAUAAAUGCCUUUGAACCAUAGAGAUCCAAAAUAGAUAUAUCUUAGUCUCUGCUUAUUAGGAAAAAUAGAAGUGUCAAAUUUGUGAGAGAAAGGAUAGCCAUAGAAUGAAGCAAAGACAAAUAUCAGAGACUGAAAGGAGAAAACUGACAUUCAUAGGACAGGCAACAAACCAUAAGGAAGAAUGGGGAAGGGGAAUCAUGUGAUUGGAAAAGAAAGAUAUAAUGCACAAUUGUUAAAAACGAGGAAGUUGGAACAUUUUUCUAUCUAAAGAAAAUGGAAAAUCAAGAGAAAUAAAGUCCUGAUAGAUAGAAAAACUUGGAUAAGGUGUGUAGGUUAGAAGAGCAGUAAACAAUAAGUGCUUCAAAGUACAUUGUGUGAGCUUCAGUAACAAUAAAUUAAUUAUUGUAAUGAUAUAUACAUAAAAGUAUAGAAACCCUGUGAUGGGGGUGGGAUAGUAGUACACAGGAGAAACAAUAAAUUAGAAAGUAAAUAGAAAAUGCUAAAAGAAAGAAUGGAAUAAGUAUAGAAAAUGGGAGAAAUGGAGGCAUUAUAACAGUUUGAAAAGGGGAAUAUAUGAAAAUGAAUGACAGCCAUCCAUAUGUUCCAUGAAAUGAGCACCAAGCCAAGUUACAAAGUUAAUAGAAUGAACUCAGUGAGCGGAAGAAUUGUAUAAGUAAGUAACUGAAAGAAAACCAGAGGCAUUUAAAAAGCAUUAAAGCAUUUUGACAUUUCACCCUGAAAAAGCAGUAACAAUAGAGGAAAGACAUCAAUAAGAAAAAGAACAGUAUUCGUUUCAAGCUAGGUCACCAAGUAUUUGAAAACAGUUCAGAGCAGAGUAGCAUAUAUAGUGUAGAAAAGAAAAGAAAUGAAGGGGGAGGAAUCACAAGCGUUGAAAAAUACGCUGAAAAAUAUUAUAAAAUAUUUAAAACACUAGGGAUGGUGGAAGCAUUUCAAGUGAGAGGGUCAAAGUUGUGCAAGAGAAACUAGUUGAAUGGGGUGGGGGAUUUUAAAUGGGACCCAGUCCACUUUCAAGCUGGGCUAAAUUCAUAAUAGAGCUUUCCUCGUAUUUCAUCUGCUCCUUUCCCCCUCCCUCUUAGUUACUUUUCAUGCCCAUUCCUUAACAGACUACAAGGACAAAAAUAAAAAUAGCAAAAUAUAAAACCCCACCCCAUAUCCCCUUGUUUUAAAUAAUUAUUUAAUGUAAUUAUUUAAUGUGAUUUGAUUUUUAUCUCACUACAUCUGAGUAAAGGGCAAAUCCUUACAAAUAGUACUGAUAUUGCAUAGAGAACAUAAUAUCAGAAAGAUCCAUAACUUCUUAUUCUUUGACCACGAAGUUCAUGGGCUUCAGAAAACAGAUUUGCAUGAAUUGAAAGGGUAAUAAUAAUAAUAAUAAUUUAUACUCCGCCCAUCUGGGUGGCUCCCAACAGAAUAUUAAAAACACGAUAAAACAUGUUUAGACAGCCAGGUUUUACCCUAAUUUACUCAGUGCCUAUUUGUAUCAUUAGCUGGACUCGACUCCUACCUUUCUUAAAGUAGCAUGUGCCUCUCUGAGGGGAUUCUCAUUUUAUUUGGAAUGAUUGAACGGAAGGCAAAUGGAUAGACCAGUGUAAUGUGGGUAGAUUAUCACUCUGGGAAACCUGAGCUCACGGCCCCAUUCUUGUGCCCAUCGCUGUCUCUUAACAUAACCAACCUCACUUGGCUUUUGAGGGAGUAAAAUGAGGCGGUGAGGUAACUAUGUGUGCCACUCUGUGAUCCUUGGAGGGAGGGUGGGGUGAAAAUGAACAUAGUUUAAUUGGGUUUGCUUUUUUAAGGGAGAAGGCAAUUGGGAGACGUGUCGUUGCACACACAAAUGUAAGGUUGUGGUCAUCCAGCAGGAGCAUUGUUGCAAAAGUGGGUUUAAAGGUAAAGGGACCCCUGACCAUUAGGUCCAAUCGUGACCGACUCUGGGAUUGUGGCACUCAUCUCGCUUUAUUGGACAAGGGAGCUGGCGUACAGCUUCUGGGUCAUGUGGCCAGCAUGACUAAGCCGCUUCUGGUGAACCAGAAACGCCAUUUACCUUCCCGCCGGAGCGGUACCUAGUUAUCUAUUUGCACUUUGACGUGCUUUCGAACUGCUAGGUUGGCAGGAGCAGGGACCGAGCAACGGGAGCUCACCCCGUCGUGGGGAUUCGAACCGCUGACCUUCUGACUGGCAAGCCCGAGGCUCUGUGGUUUAACCCACAGUGCCACCCACGUCCCUAAAAGUGGGUUUACGUGGCUGUAAUCUGAAGACUCUGAAAACCUUCCUUUAGUUUAUUUGUGUGUGUUUUUAAAGGGGGGGGGGUCAUGAUGGCCAAUCUGGUUGGUAUCAUUUAGAAGGGAGCCCAGGCACGUUAAAGAAUGAUAAACUGUCACAGAAGAUGUGUGUUAGAAUGUAAUCCUGUUAAAAAUGUCUCUGCAGUAUCACAGCAUCUUACAUAAUUGAAAAGGAACUGGUCCUCUAUGACAGAGGCGGCUUGUAAGAGAUCAAAGCCUCAAACAGUGCAUUAGGUAAUCUGUCCAUUUCCACAGGAGCACAGGGCACACCAGUGAGGCAAAAAAUGAAUUUUCUGCCUUAACCAGGUGUGAGGCUAUGAUUUGGAUUGUGCUGUGAAAAACAAAAUAGAUCAGUUUAUUUAGCUAGCUAAUGUCGGCAUCUCCCCCCUCCAUGCGCACACGAACACACACACACACACACACACACACACACACACACACUUGAUACAGUUUGGGUAAAAUCCUGGCAGCUGUUAAUUACCUACAAUUCAAUUAACAGUGGGAGCUUAAUGUGUGCCAUACUUCUCUCUGUACUUUACUCUAUUAUAUAAGUUACUGUAAGAUCAACUAAUGCCAUCAGUUCAAACAAAUGUAUUGAAAUGUAAGUAAUGGAAGCAUUGCCCCCUUAUUAGAAAAUACAAAUUAAUCAUCAAGCGUGAGAUCUUUCAUAACCAGCAUUAUCCCAGCAUGCUUUAAGGAACUAAAUAUUUCAGCUUUAAAUUUAAAUAAUGAAUAAUGCCAGAGGGAGAAAGCAAAAUUAGGACUGCUUUGAACAUUACUGGCUGAACUGCAUGGUAAAACCUUUCCAAAUGGAACAGAACACUCUCUCAUUUAUCAUCCCCAGCAUCAGGUCAUCAAAGAUACUAGAGGUAGUAUUGUCAUUGUAACUACUAGCCGUUGAUAGCUUCAUCCUCCAUGAAUCGGUCUGAGCCACUUGUAAAGCCAGUCAAGUUGGCGGCCAUCCCUACAUAAUGUGGGACGAAGUUCCACAGUUAUAUUGUACUACGAGGACAAUAUUCUCAGGGCUGGUACUACCAUUAGGCAAAGUAAGGAAGCUGCCUCAGGUAGCAGUCUCUGGGGGGCAGCAGGGGCAGCCCCAGCCAUUUCUCUUUGCAUGACAUCAGAGCUGCGUGUUCUACAGAGCCUGUCCCUGUAGGUAGGUAGGUAGGUAGGUAGGUAGGUGUACAUAUUGCAUAACAUUUAUACACAGCUUGAUUGUACAAAACUUCAAAGCUGUUUACAUUAAAAUAAAGAAAAAUUCACAACCAUACUUUAAAACAUGCAUGCACCCUCUAAACUAGCCUGCUGCUCUCAAAGUCAGUGGAGGAUGCUAUCCUAUUGCCAGUAUUAAAGUAAGAUCCAAUCAGCUUCUUGCAUGCAAAAUGGGGAGGUGCCAUCUUGUCCUCUGCUUCAGGUGGCAAAUAGUCUUGGGCCAACCUUGUAUGUGUGGUGUCACUGGAAAAGCUUUGUAUGCAGAAGGUCCCAGGUUCCAUCCUCAGCAUUUUCAGGCAAGACUGAGAGAAGACUCUCAGUCAGAAAUCCUGUCAAAAACCCUGGAGAGCCAGUGCCAGUCAGUGUUAACAAUACUGAGUUGACGGACUAUUGGUCUGACUCGCUAUAGAACGGUUUGCUAUGUAUUGGAUGGGGCGGUUGGGGAAUGUUUGUCCUGAAUCUCCCAAACACCCAACCUCAUUAGAUGACUCCACUUUCUGGCGUUUUGAGAGGAGAAGAAAAACACCACUCCCAUUUUCUCCACACAAUGCAUGGCUUUAUUAUGCACCUUGGUUGUAUUGGGGUAGCAAGCAGUACCUAACUUUGAGGUGCACCACAGUCACUGCUGCCCCCAAAAUCCUACCAGGAACUCUGUGCAGCCUAAAACUCUAACCUGAGCUUGCUGCCCACUGUUAUGUCAUUAGCCUGGGAACCAAUUAUCCUUCUUGCUUCCCCAGCUGAUUUUUCCACUUGGCUUUAGAAGCCGGAGGAGAGGGAGAGGGAGAGAAGCCGCCUAGAUUAUUUAUGUUACCAUUUCACAAAGUUAAUGAAUUUCUGUGCACAGGAUGUUUGUCAGUUAACAAUGCCACAUUAUUUAUUUUCCCUUCUCUCCCUUUCUUAACAGAUUUCUCAAAUCCAGCCUCAAGCUAAAAUGAAUGCCUUGCCGACUGAAGGAAACUGAGGACCCUGUCACCGCAGCCAACAGAAGUACUAAUCCAGCCGUCCUGUCCGUCUCUGGUUGACGUUUGGCACCUUGCUCUGGGUUACCUGUACGGGACACAGUUACCUUAGCAUUCAGCAUACAUGGCGAGAGGCAACAACAUGUGUAAGCCUGGCUAGCAGGACAGCGACUUUCCAAGUGAAAGGCCAUCCAAUUAUAAACGGAUUAUUUUGCAUUUCGCCUCUGGGACGUUACCUCUUACCUGCAUAGAAACACAGCAUCUCUUUCCAUAUUUUUUUUUUACUUCUUUUUGCUAGCAUUUCCCCCCUUUUUUCAGUAUUUUGUUUCUUCAUUUAGAAAUGGGCCCGUGGACUAGAAUGUGGCCCGUGGACAGGGUUGUUUUCUUUAAAUCAUGGCUUGUCUUUUCUCUGGGCCUCUCCAUGCAGUUCUCCAAAGCUCUGGCCUGUCCAAGUGUGUGCCGCUGUGACCGGAACUUUGUUUAUUGUAACGAGCGAAGUUUGACCUCAGUGCCUCUUGGGAUACCGGAGGGUGUAACUGUACUCUACCUCCACAAUAACCAAAUUAAUAAUGCUGGAUUUCCUGCAGAGUUGCACAAUGUCCAGUCUGUGCACACAGUCUACCUGUAUGGCAACCAGCUGGAUGAAUUCCCCAUGAAUUUGCCCAAGAAUGUCAGGGUUCUCCACCUGCAGGAAAACAACAUCCAGACCAUUUCUCGGGCUGCUCUAGCACAGCUCUUGAAACUGGAAGAGCUGCACCUGGAUGACAAUUCCAUCUCUACCGUAGGGGUUGAGGAUGGGGCAUUCCGGGAAGCUGUUAGCCUCAAGCUUCUAUUCUUGUCCAAGAACCACUUAAGCAGUGUGCCUGUUGGCCUUCCAGUGGACUUACAAGAACUACGAGUCGACGAAAACCGCAUUGCCAUCAUAUCAGACAUGGCCUUCCAGAAUCUCACAAGCUUGGAACGUCUCAUAGUAGAUGGCAACCUCCUUAACAAUAAAGGCAUUGCAGAUGGCACCUUCAGCCACCUAUCCAAACUCAAGGAAUUCUCUAUAGUACGGAAUUCACUAACAUACCCUCCCCCUGAACUCCCAGGUACAAACCUGCUUAGGCUUUCUCUCCAGGACAACCAGAUUUCACACAUACCACUUUCAGCCUUUUCAAACCUCCACCAGCUGGAGAGACUCGAUAUUUCCAACAAUCAGCUCCGGAUGCUGUCCAGAGGUGUCUUUGACAACCUUCGCAACUUGAAACAACUCACAGCAAGGAAUAAUCCCUGGCUAUGUGAUUGUAGUAUUAAGUGGGUCACCGAAUGGCUCAAGUUAAUCCCUUCCUCUAUCAAUGUGCGAGGGUUCAUGUGUCAAGGACCAGAGCACGUCCGAGGCAUGGCUGUCAGGGAACUCAACAUGAAUAUGUUGUCAUGCCCCACAACCACCCCUGAUCUGACGCUGGUUACCCAAGCUCCCUCUACAUCCCUACCAACCACAGUAACCCCUACGUCACCGGUCUUUACACCAAGUAACAAACACACUCCUCUUCCCCACACUGUAGCCACACUCCCCACUGUGCCUGAGAGGGACGAUGAAGAAAAAGUGACCCCUCCCAUUACUGAACAGUUCCAACUCUUCAUCCACAUUGUGAAUGACACUUGCAUCCAAGUCAGCUGGCAUUCCCUUUUCAACGUGAUGGCCUACAAACUGACCUGGGUUAAAAUGGGCCACAGUCUGGAAGGCGGCAUCAUUCAGGAACGGAUAGUUAGUGACAAGAGGCAGAACGUUAGCUUGGCGAGCCUAGAGCCCAAAUCCACAUAUCGGAUUUGCUUGGUCCCCUUGGAUGAUUUUAAUAAUUACCGAGUUGGCGAGGACACCGUCUGCUCUGAAGGCACCACCAAGGCUUCCCUGCUGAGCAAUGGAAGCAACACGGCUUCCAGCCACGAACAGACCACUUCUCAUAACAUUGGGUCCCCGUUUCUCUUGGCAGGCUUGAUCGGGGGGGCCGUGGUGUUUGUACUGGUGGUCCUGCUCAGCAUCUUCUGCUGGCACAUGCACAAAAAGGGACGCUACACCUCUCAGAAAUGGAAAUACAACCGGGGCCGGCGGAAAGAUGACUACUGCGAAGCAGGGACCAAGAAGGACAACUCCAUCCUGGAGAUGACGGAAACCAGCUUUCAGAUUGUCUCCUUAAAUAAUGAUCAGCUCCUUAAAGGAGAUUUCAGACUGCAGCCCAUUUAUACCCCAAAUGGGGGCAUUAACUACACAGACUGCCACAUCCCCAACAACAUGCGCUAUUGCAACAGCAGUGUCUCAGACCUGGAGCACUGCCACACGUGAUAGUUGAGGGGGUUGUGUGGCGAGACACCUGACGCUGAGAGCAAAAACUCAGAGGGAGGAAAACAAAACAAACCUACUCACACAAAACAAACAAAACAAAACAAAAAUUACAUUUGAUAAAUGUUACACAGAUGCAUUUGUGCAUUUGAAUAAUCUGUAAUUUAUAUGGUGUACUAUAUAAUGGGAUUUAAAAAAAAGUGCUAUCUUUUCUAUUUCAAGUUAAUUGCAAACAGUUUUGUAACUCUUUGCUUUUUAAAUCUUAAAAGAAAAAUAUAUUGCUGAAGUACUGUACAGGGUUGUACAAUAAGAACCCAAUGCCAUGGCAAAGGAAAGAACACCUCAUUCUUCAAACAUUAACCACUUUGCUUUCUUGGAGCUGUUUGGGGGAUAGCAGCUCGUACAUUUUCCAGUAGUUUUAGGAGAUAAGUUUGUAUUAAAUGAGGAAUCAUGUGGAAUGUCUAAGGUAGAGCAAAUGACAGGAGAAAUACAAAUUAACCUUCUCUUUUGGUUCAUAAAAUCGGAGUAACUCAUGUUAAACUUAGUUCAUCACUUCUACCUGCCUCUGUACCUUUUAAUUCCCCCCCUCCAGCCAGAGAAGAAAUUAGGGCCUUUUUGGUAUCAAACACUAUGAAUCUCCACCAUUGUUUAUGUUGAUAGCUUUUCUUCCCCCCACAGGAUGCUCAUAAUGCAUCUGUCCCUCCUCGCAAAAGCUGAUGUGAAAAUAUUCAAGGCAAAAUCUUAGUUUGUUUUUAAGUUCUCAUAAAAAUCAGGACAUUAUUUUAAAAAAGAAAAUCCUGGCCAGUCUUGUCAGAACUUUUAGUCUACAUUCAGAUUUUUAUAUUCUUAUUCCCUCCACCCCACCCCAAAAGCACAUUUCUUUAGUUCUGGCCAAGACCAGAACUAAAGUUUGCCUUGAACUUAUUGAAGAGUAUUCAUUCCAGCAAUCCAAACAGAUGUGGUUAAUUGGCCAGGGCAGCAAGCAAUACCGAUUCUUAUCACUAGAAGUAUAAUCCAAAAUGCUCUUAACUCAACAGAGGAAUUCAUGUUGCUAUUUCUCAGCUUCACAUCUAUCCCUGGCUUACUCAGACUGAAAUCUGAUAUACAUGUAGCUGGGAGUAAGGCCCAUUGAUCUCAAUGGGGCUUAAUUCUGGGCAGACAUGUUUCAGAUUGUGCUCUAAAUUUUUUUAAAAAAAAUUCUUUUUUACUUCACUCACUGAAGUUCGCCUGCUCCAUGAGGAGGAAAGUGAAUAUUGCAAGGCAUUUAAAGCAUAUAAACAAUUCAGUGAGGAGUGUUCCACAGUUCUCCAGAGAGAUAAAAUCAUCAGCCCUAAGUUCAGUUUUAGCCGGGCAGAAGAUAAUGUGUCAAGAAAAAGAUCAAGUUAAAUGUGUUUUAAAGGAUUUGUGAGGCGCAUGUCACCUUAAAUGCAUUCCACAUCCUUUGACAAUCCCUCUUUGAUAGAACGUGUUUGGUCCUUGAGGCUACAGCAGUGCUCCCAAUUUUGUCUGAUUUCCACUAAUAUUAUUUUGAGAAUGUUGUACCUCUGCAAAUGACACCCUGGGAAUGUAUGCUGUACAGUCCCUAUUAAAAUGAAACAGAAAUUGACUCAACCACUCCUCCCUUUAAAGCUUGAACACACCCACAUAAUCCCAAAAUAUGUGAUAUCAGAGCACAAAAAAAAUCAUAAAAACAAAUUCUAUUACUUGCUUUCCUUGACUUACAUUGAUUGGGGAGGUAGAGCUUUUAUCGAAACCCUUUCCUAACAUCAGAAAGACCAGACACAAGUUGUCAUCUCAAUAAAAUAUGUUUUAAUUGAAAAGUUAACCACAAUUACUUUUGAGAAACUGGAAUUACUUAAGGGGUUGAGCUGAGGGGGCAGUUAGUACUUGCUCUACUCUGUCUCUUGUUCAUCACCAAACUGAAUUCUGCACACAGCUUCUUCAGUUCCUUGACAAUCUUCACCCGCCACUCCAAGGAGAUUGAUCAGCACUUUGGCGUACAAAGGCAGAGUACAAUCACUUCCCGAGGAAUUUUGUCCUUUCCCACCCAACACCUUUUAUAACCACAUUUUGGAUUUCCAUUCUAUAUUCUGUAUAUUUGCUAUUUUCUCCAGCUAUAACAGGUAUUUUAGGCAACCUGUGUGGCUACUGUAAUAGUGAAGUCACUGAACCUUUGCUAAAUAAAAGGCUGCCGUAUGGUUUGAAAUGGUGUAAUUUUAGCUAGAAACCUUUAUGCAAAGCGUUUUCUUUUUCUUCCG